GCUGUGUGAGAGCACAGCUAUCACCGCUCUCCCCUCUCUGUCUCUGUUUCUCUCUCAUUGCCCACAAAGACUCUCUCUGUAGCUGCAGUUGCUUGGUCUCCUUGCCCCUCCUCUCUUACUGAUUUCUUCCUCUCUGCUUUAUCUCUGUGACACAGUCCAAAAAAGCAAUAGGAUCUGUUACAAGCAGCAGCAUUAUCAGGAGCUCAGGUAAGCCCUUUUUUUCUGCUAUUUGCUUUGCAGCGAGGAGCUCCUCACCAAAAACCGAAUCCUCUUUGCACGCUCAGAAAAUGUACAUGCACUGAUUCCUCUGCAUCUCUUUCUCGCUGUGAUGAAUUGAGUUCAGAUGUAAUUGUGCUCGAGUUGUGCUGUGAUCUUAAUGGGGUUUCCAGACGGGUUUUCUCAGUGCUUUGUUUCUCUAAGCUAUGACAAUGACAACUUCAGCAAUCUGGCUUCCAUUAUGAGUGUGUGCCUAAGAGGUGCAUGUAGGACUGCUGAGAUAAAACCACAGAUAUGGAGGGAAAAGGAGGUAAGAUAGGGAAAGAGGCAGAUAGAGAUAGCAUCACAGAGCCUCUGUCUGUCUAGCCUUGUGUAUCUGCAUGUUAGCAUGGAUUUUCUGCUGUGGACUAAUUGACACAAAUUAUAAGUCUAUGUGCGUGGACUUUUAAGUGUAAGAACAGAGAAACUGAAGGGAAAAUGGUAACCACAAUUUCUGUGUGAGACAGAAGGGUUAGAUCAUAGUGGAGAGGAGGGAGUGUAGUAAAAGUCAAUCACUGAUAUUUAUUGGUGAAACAGUUUCUGUUCAAAUGGCUCUGCCCUUUCUUCAGCCUCUCGAGUUUGAGAAGAGCAAUUCCAAUUUCACAAUCAGUCACAUUUGUCACCUGAAUCAUGUCCUGUGGUAUUUACUGCAGAAGGCUGGUAGAGUGAUGAUGGAUGGAGACAUUAAUGGUUUAUUGAAAGGUGGGCUUACCUCUAAAGCUGAUCUCUUACCAUCAUUUUCCCAUGGACUAAUGGCCUGUUGACUGUGCCUGUGGUAUAUGAAUAUUUAUCGAGCUGAUGAAUUAAAACCUGAAAAUAGCCCAGAGCAAAGUUGGAUUAAGUAAUGCUUAUAUUUCAUUAAUGACAUGUUAGCGUCUUGACAGUGAGGGGGGUUAAGAGACGUAGCUGUGGUUGUUUAAGGUGAGAAAAGAUCCAAACAGCACAUGUCGUUUUUUUAAUCCUGCUUUGGAAGUGUUUCCACAUCUCAGCUGCAUCCAGUGUUCUACCAUCGUCUGAAAAUGCAAUUAAUUAAGCAAGAUUUGGUAAACCUCUUUCAGCUCCAGCUAACCAUCCAUAUACACUGCAUACUCAGAUAAACAGUACAUAGUUCUAGUGUUGCAUGGGGACUAUAGGAUUUUUAAUAUCAGUUUUAAUAUACCUGUAUUAAUAUUAUCCAGAGCAAAGAGGAGCUGCCUCAGCUCUUUCCCCUACAAAGCCCUGUCAUUAAGCUAGCAAUCAUCCAGAGACCAAGAUAGAUAACCAAGUUUUGAGGAAAUAGAGUCAGGGAAAUGGCAGGAGCUGGUGCCUUUUCAGUCCCCCCAGGGUCUGGUGCUGACAGUUACACUCCAUCUGUUUUUCUGGUUGGUUGGGAAAGGUGUGACAGGUAGCCAGAGUAAUGGGGGAUGUUUGACAGAUGCAUAUUUCCAGCCUGGAAUGCUUCAUAUAAAAAAGAUAGAUGGCGUGGAUGCAGGCUGAACGAGGGACAAACUGUUGGGCUGUGAAUCAAUCCAAUGAGCGCUCAGUCUCCCAUCUUGGUUGAUCUCUCGCGUGACUCCCAGAACCUUUCUAAUUGCAUCCUACCCUGAUUAUUGAUCGAGACAUGAAUGCAGUUUAUAAGACUUCUGGAGGGAGGCGUAGGCCACACCCACAGCUAUUGAUGGUGAAGUAACAAAUAUGACCAAUCGAUGAUCUGUUAACCAAAAUUUAAAUGAGUUAUACUGGAGGUUUUGUGCGUGCAGGUAUGUCCAGGUGUGUGUGUGUGUGUGUGAUAAUUUUCUAACGACACCUUCACUGCAGGUUUGAAGUGAUAGCUGAAGCUCUAUGUGAUAAUAAUCCUCCAUGAAUCUUUUUAAGGCACACCACCCAGAGUGAAGGUCAAGAGACCACACUACAGUUUAAACAGCAAGCAGAGUAGUAGACUUGACCUUAAAACCCUCAAAUAAAGACGGCUAUUCAAUCUGCAGCCGGGCACCUUAUUAUGACCACAAGCAGGUCCUUUGAGAGUGAAUAGAGGCUGGCUGUCAAUUACUGGCUGGGCACUUUAAUAUUCCUAUCAUGGAGGAGAACUUACUGGUAAGUUCAGAAUGAAAAUGUACCAGCCAUGACUCUGUACAAUUAUCACGUCAUCAUAGAUCACGUCUGUGCAGUUUUCUCCAGAUUCGGAGUGAAUGUCAGUGUCUCCCCUCUCUGCUGCUCAGAGCUGAGCUCUUGUCCUGACAGGAGAGUCGUUAUCAUCGUAUUAAAGUCGGUUCAUGACAGAUAGAUUUCACUGUGAGGUCCUCUCACCAUCACAAACGCUGGAGUGUGAUGCAUGUGGAGUUUGGCAGAUGUCGGGGUGUGGGGCAGCUGCAGAGCCUGUUGCUUCUCACUUUGGUGCUUUUAUAAGACAACAGUCAUAGUUCCACUUUUUUUUAUUCGCUUUGAACACAACAUGACGUAUGAGCACAUUUGCCCCGCAUCCCAGAGCUCUUUGAUAAUUUUACUCCAUGAUCAGACUUGAUGUUUUUUUUUUUUAGGGCUGCCAGGCCAAAGCUAUUUCUGUUACGGGAGAGUAGAGGGGAUUGAGAAGGAAGGAGGAAACUCAGAGGAGCAGCAUGUGAGGAAACAAGAUUGCAGCUGUAGUAACUAAAAGACUAACCUCCAUGUUGUUUAUCAUUUUCAUCGUUUUGUGAAACUUAGUUUUAAUACAAGGACGUCUCUAAAAUCUGUAUCUGAUGUUUUCUAAAAUAAAAUCUCAUUUCGAUAAAUAGAAACAAAUCCUCACUGACUCUCACUGAUUAGUUUGGCACUAUGUAAAUGAAGAUUGAUCACUUGAUUGAGGCCUUAAACCCCAUUUUUCCUGUGAGAUUAGGUCAGAUUGGAGAAUUUAUGGCUGUCAGAAAAAGUACCUCUUGUCUCCUGGCGAACAGUCCGUCUUUGAGGGCUUGCCGAGGCUUUGCCCUUUGACUUGUCUGCAGAAGCCCAUGGAUUUUUCAUUGUUCAUGUCUCGUCUACUUGUAAACUUGCUUUUAGGCAGAGAAACGCUGCAACUGAAGACAAUUGUUGAAGGGAUCCAAAUGAGCUGAUCUUUAACAGUUUCUUCAAAAUGUUGGACUUCCAGUCAACAUUUUACCACAAUGUCAAGAGACUUCCUUUUUAACAUUUUUAUUUAAAUCCUGGGCAGACGGAUAAAGUUCAUCGGUCCGGGUGAAAGUGCCUCCAGGGUUGGAUUUUUCAGCCUGGAGCUGGGAGCACUCGUGAGUUUUAUCUGUCAAUUCUCUACAGUUUUAAAAGAUAACACACUUCACUCUACUUUAGUGUUCAUUAUGAUUACAUUUAAUAAAUAAUUCAACAAUACACAAUAAUAACCAAAAGUGCACUCUAAGACCUUCAGAUCAAUUAGAUGUUGCACUAGAGCACCAUCAUCUUGACCCAGAUCCAUGGGGCCACCAGGUCCACACCCUCCGAUCGUCAAUCCCUCAUAUUUCUGUGAGAAGUCGAGUUUCUGAGCCUCUGUUUUGCAGCACCUGUGUGCACAGAAAGGACCAAUCACAGAGAGCUGUGGGAGAAGCUGCACGGAGGGCCAAUCUGAAGUGAAGUUCCUAUGCAUAAAUAAUAGAGCUGUGGAGGAACCAUCAUGCUAAGAAGAAAGUUUCAUUUCACUUUGUCACGUGUGUAAUUAUACUCCACCCUGCACCCGUCCUGUGUGAGUUUUUUUACUCUGUGAUUUUUCAGCCUGAUGAAGGUUAAAUGACAAAAUGAGAGGCAGAGGAAGACGCCGAGAGGAAGAGAGUGAUUUUAGUGUCCUAAUAAAGGUGUUUGUGUCAAACUGUCAACCCAUAUUUUCAGCCUCCAUCUUUUCUACCUUGGGUGGAGGCAGAAUCAGUAAGUCUGAGUCCUGUGGCAGUCUAGGGCCAAAUGCUCCGACUGAUGCAACCUACAAUGGUGACUAGUGGUGGACUGGGUCUAAGAUGAUGUUGGUUCAAGCAGAAGAACAAGUUAAACAAAGAUCUAGACAUGACAUGCAUGACUGUUACUUGGCAAUCCAUACCGUGUUCUAGCAUGUCUCACCCCCUGAGUCUGGUAUUGUCUGACUUGUAUGUGCACUCUGGCACAGUACGCUUCUUGGUCCAGGCACAGUUGGAGAGGUUUGUCGGUACGGUUACCCAUGCAUGUGCACAAGCUCAGUGCAGGGAAGCACCCUCUUUUUCUGCACUUUCACCCAAACUCAACAUUUCACAUCAACACAGUUCCAGAGGGAGGACAGAAAGAAGUGAAAUUAGCUCAACAAUAGCAGCAGAGAAAUUCUUCUCCCUGAAAUUAAGAAGAAGACAGAAAAGAAGUGACUCUCGCAUUGAUGGAAGGAGGAGGAUCAAUGCUUGAAUCAGUGAAAGGGUGAAUCAGUGUGUCAGGAGGACAUCAAUCAACAUUAAAGUCGCCCACAAGUUGAUCAGGAUAAAGUGAAGAGAAAUUGACACCACAUCGACUUACAUGAGGAACAGGGAGGGUUAGCUGCAUUGGCUUUACAGACUAAUACCUGCUGAAAAAGUCAUGCUGACAAACGCGUCUCUUCAUCAUAUUUUAUAACAUGACGCAUGAAAUCAACAUUAUGAUGAAAUGAUGAUUUGACUGUAGAAAAACUCCAAACACUGUAUAAGGAUAAAGGAUCCUCAGGUGCAGCAGGACAAGCUGGAUUUCAGUGAACGAUUGUGUUCAUGAUAAAUUAAUCCACAAAUUUCAAUUUGUGUGAUUACAGCGUCGGUGUUCUUGUAUUUUAUGGAUUGUAAAUGUAAAUUAAUGGACAUAGUUGCCUUUAAGCUUAUUUUUGAUAGUUACAAGUUUUACUGAUCUGUUUGGACUAUGUCGGUGGAGCGUCACGUUUUUAUUGUUUUAGAGAAAAGGAUCUUUAAGACCUUCUCUAGUGAUCAAAAGUUAGGCUAAACUUUGCUAAAAGACGAGGACACAGCAGCGGGGAAGUGUGUCCAACAUGAAAAAACAUUUUCAUCAUCAUCAUAAGUUUGAGGAACUGUUCGGUUUUUAAUGUUUACGAUAAAACCUCCUGACUAAAGCUGGCGUUAGCAGCUGCAACGUCUCAUCACAGUCAGGCACAGAACCCUCUUGAACUCACGUUCACAGUCAUUUUGAGGUAAACCAAUUAUGUCUACAAAAGCAUCUUUUUUAGAUGUGAGAUCAGAGAGCCCCCCCAUCACCCCACCUCCUACGUAGAGACCCUGUGGUGCAGAGACUCUGUUCACUUUGGUGAUGAAGAGCGAGGAGAGGAGCAUCACUCUGCAGGGAGAAGAUUUGUGGUGAAGGAGUUAGACCUCUUUCCCAGUGUUUAAUAAAUACAUUAUUUAUGUUGGUAAUGUGCUCUCUUCUAAAGUAUUAUUUUCCUGUUAUUAAUCUCAAUAUUCCUGGUUUGUGUUUUUUCUUGAGCAAUCUAUUCUCAUAAGUAAGAGGGAUUAUUUUUUAUCUUAUUAUUUUACAGAAAAAUAACAAUAAAAACUUAUUUUUCCUCCUGAAAUAUUUACUUGCCUCUCCAAAUUUACUGGAAUAGGAGUUCAGAAAUGAUCAGAUGGGAUCAUUGAUAAAAUUGAAAUGGUAACUUACCCAAGCAGCAGAUGGCCAAAACACUGCAGUCUUGCCCACCCAGUCGAGCUCACAGCUUCAGUUAGAUUAGUCCAGUUAUGUGUGGUGAAACACACUUGAAGGGUAUCUGACAAGUUCCAGGACACCUCUUAAUCCUUGAACACGGAGCUCACCAGACUGAUUGUUUUUUCAUGAUGAUCAUACAGGAGAUCGAACUGACAUCUUUCUCUACAAAAAGCUUUUGACCAUGCCUAUCAUGUAGACUUCAGGGCAGGUCUCUGAGAUGUUUUCUUCAGUUCAGGUGUAGGUGAUGACAUGCUGAGUUGGAGGCAGUCUGCUAGCUUUUGUAGUGAAGGUUUUGUGGCAUACUUGACAGAUAAGCAUGUUUCGGUCAGUGUUUUCUUUAUGCCAGAUGACUGACCUGAUGCUGUUUCUCUUUCUGACCAACUUGUUUGUUUUCAUCCUCAUCUGCCGUCUCUUUGCACUCAUGUACUUGCCUGGGUUUGUGACUUUCUCUCCUCUCUCUUCAUGCCCCCGUUCCUCCUCUUCUUGUACUCACUAGUUGGAGUAUAGAAAUGUAAUACGUCCCAUGAUGUAGCGCGAUACAUCGUACAGCCCUACCUUCAGCCAACGUGACUAAUAAUUUUAUUCCAACAAAGGUUCACCACAGGCUCAGAUAAAGACCUGUGACAGUUAUGUUUUGGACGUAACUUCAGCAGAAGAAGCUCUGUGUAAAAAGCAAAGAGAGUCUUCUGAAAGGCUUUGGCUUUGAAAAUCAUCCCCGAGGUAAAGCUGUAGUAUAUUUUCAUGCUGGUGAUAUAAAUGUAGGUGACACAGAGCAAAAGCAGCUCUCAGAUCUGUGUAUUUUUGGACGUAGCCUGUUGCUGCUUGUUGUAAAAUUUGGACUAAAUGUGCUCCUCUCACCUGCAGUCUGAACUAUAAACAUUAUUAAGAUGUUGACUUUCAGCUGCAAGAUUGGGGAUUCAGUUGUGUCCUUGGUUACUGAACCCCAUAUUCCUCCUGACAUGUACAUGCAUGAAUGGGAUGAGCUAAUACUAAUUGUUCCCUCCUGCUAUUACUGUCUGGAUGUCGUGUGAAUAGGUGAAGGUGAAACGUUGUGUAGAUUUGCUCUGAGUGGUCUGAAAGACUAAAGAAAGGUUAAGUCCAUUUACGGCGCACUAGCUGAUUAGUCUGGCAGUCAUUAGUGCUUGUGCAUCUUUGUGUGUGUGUGAUAGUGUGUGGUCUUGUCUUCGUGCUUACCUCGUCCUUCAGCUCUUCAAACACACUUACACACUAACCUUCCUCCUGUUUGUCUGCCUGCUCCCCUCUCUCCACCUGUGGCUGCUGCUAGUUACUCAUCAUGCUCUACAUGAUUAACUUCAGUGGCAUCAUGUGUGACUCCAUCAAGCUCCCAAACUUUCUUGCAUAUCAACCUGAGUCCACAAUGAAGUGAAAGUGGAGGCGUUUAAGUGGAGAUGUACAGGACACUCCACACCCCAAAGAAGACGUGUUUUGGUCGACAUCAUCCUUCUUUUAACCGAAAUAAUUCCAGAUAACUGACUUUCCUUUUCUUUUUGGCAACAAAUCUUCAUUUUCAAGCUGUUUGAUUGGCUCUUUGUCUAAAUCCAACCAAGACAAUAAAAGCAACGACUGUUGAUUCAAAACAAGGAUUUAACAUUUAAUCAACAACUACAGAGAGAGAGAGAGAGAGAGAGAGAGAGAGAGAGAGAGAGAGAGAGAGAGAGAGAGAGAGAGAGAGAGAGAGAGAGAGAGAGAGAGAGAGAGAGAGAGAGAGAGAGAGAGAGAGAGAGAGAGAGAGAGAGAGAGAGAGAGAGAGAGAGAGAGAGAGAGAGAGAAACUGAGAAGUGAGUCUGAUUGGCAACUGAGUUAAGGACGAAGGCGAUUGGUGGAUCGCUGCACAGCACAUGCAGAGUCACAUGGAGUGUAUCUCAGUCAGCUACCCUUGAAAUUAAAUGAGUUCAUUCACCUCCAAUAUCGCAGGCUCUGUGAUGUGACUAUCGCACACACGUACAAAGCGAUGACGAUAGUCAAACGAUAUAUCGUUCAGGCCUAGUUUCUAGUAGCACAUUACAGAUUUUAUCCUCAUUAGUUUAUUUUGAUUGUGCACAGAAACACAAGUCGGCCAUUGUAUUCAGAGAUCUCAUUCCCACUGUCAAAAUCCAGUAAAUAUUCCCCAGGGUUUUCAUUACGUCACUGUUCUGAAACAGGUUCUGCUCCGGUCCCUGUGCCCUCUGACUCUCCUGGUGUCUGUCUGUUGUGUCCUCUUUUGCCUUCCUGCAACAAGUGAGACCACUUGAGACAUCCGAACGACUCUUUUUCCACCUGCUAGAUUUGGUUGUACACAGUUUGGCACAAGUGGAAGUUUAAGGAAGCUCUUGGCAUUCUGUUCUCUGGACUUGCAAUAACAAUCUGAGCCUGUCAGCGGUGAAAUAAAGCACUUGUAGUGGACUCAGUUUGACGAUGCAGAAAUGCCGAGUUAAACUACAUUUCAGCUUGUUUGGAGGCUGCCGGCUGCUCUCAGUGCUGGACCAAGUUUCAGAAACUCUUCUCGCCUUCAGUCAAGCACACACACACACACACACACACACACACACACACACACACACAUGAACAAUCCUCAAAUUGUUUAUGCAUGUCAGCUUGCAUUUAUAUCACUCUUGGUAUGGUUAUUUUGGAUGUAUUCAAUAGUUAAACCUGAAGGAUCUCAUUCUGGUUAUUCAGUAAUUUGUUGCUUAUUUUUGCUUUUAUCUAUCAAUUGCCUCUAUAAUAUAUUGACCUACAGUAUCAUUGUGUCAAGAACAAAUAACCAACAGAGGGACCCAGAUGCAGGACAGGAGGCCAGUCCUCAGAGGCAAACAUUAGAUUUAUUCAGUCGAGGGUUUUGGUACACAGCAAACAAUCAGCACAGGUAGGGGUUUAAAAAAAACAAGAGGUAAAAAGCAGAGUCCAAAACUACUGAGGCCAAGAAUAACAAGACUAUGAAUACAAAGAAGGCUGGACUGUGACUGUGAGGUACAACAAACUGGUGACAGGACAAUGAGAGACAUGGGGUUAAAUACAAGAGGUGACAGGGGUGAUGAAAAACAGGUGGGAAGACACGAUCAGGGGGCAGGUGUGACAAGAGGGGGGCAGGGCAGACAGGAACACAUCUGACACAGAAACAGGGGUCAGUGACUUCAAAAUAAAACAAAAAGAAAAAGACAUGAGAUGAGAUGAACUAAAUAAAGGUAACUUGACCCUGAUCAUGACAGGAACUAAAUGUCAUCUUUGUAACUUUGCCUCUUCUCAUUGAAAUGUUUUACGCUGGUUGAAAUUUUCCUUUUGGUCUAAAACAAGUUAUUUUAAACUCAGUUCGACCAUUUUUCUACAUUUAAAAUGAGCAUUUUUGUCAGAGAGUUGAUCCUGAUUUUCUUUUCUCUCAAACAUCAGCUGCUUCAGAUCAGGUAAUAACAGGCCUGACAACAACAAGCCCGACAACUAUAUUCAACGAGUUAGACAACAACCUGACUCCCAAACCUCCUACCUGGUUCACUGAGGUGAACAACAGGGCCAGAAACUCCCACCCUUAACUUAGCGCCAUCUGCUGAAGCCACCGGCAUCAAGCUACACGUCUGGGACCCUUUUACUUUAAUUAGUUAUUUUACCAUUUAUUAGAUGAGCUCCAGUCGUUUAUUUUCAUCACUUCAGAUAUAAACUUGUUCACCAUCUCCUGAUGUUUUUGCCUUGACCAUUUUGACCACUCAUUUAUCUACCUUAUGUAAAUGUUUGAUCAUUUAUUUGUAAAAGAUAUUUGCAUAGAAGCUCAUUAUUCUGUUUGUGUGACUAAGAGUUAAACUCAACGCUGAUGGAGGAUUAAAGAGCUUUGCUGAAUAGAUUUAUUAGAUAAAUAUUAAGAAUUGUGUCACUGUUUUUUAAAGAAAGCACAAUUAAUCUCAUAGCUCAUUGAUUUUGUAUUGCUAAACUUAGUGCUCAUUAAGUUAUGUCAUUUCCUUGAGGGAACUCUCAAAAGGAUAAGUCUCAUCUCAUCUCAUCUCAUCUCAUCUCAUCUCGGUUCCUAAAUGCUUCAUUUUUGGAUAUUGUGUUUUCUCUCAAUAAAAACCUUUGUAUAAUGAAUAAACAUUUAUAAAUACAUGAUUAAAAUAUUAUCGGCUUAUAUGUGAAUAAUUUGGUUAAACAACAAAAUGUAUAAUAAUGAGAAAAAAACUAAGCAGUUAAGAUGAAGUGCUAAAAAAUGUACAAGAAUACAUAAGAAAACAAAACGGUCUCAUUUUCACACAUUUAAAGUGGCAGCUUAACUAAAGUAUAUAUUAAAAGUUCCCUGUAUUAAGCGCUGUCUUCUGUACAAGACAAUAGAAGAUUUUAGAUCCAAUUUUUAAAAUGUCACUUCAUCUGGUGUGCUUCCCUCUCUGUUCACAGCCCUCUAUAUAUCAUCAAAUAUAUCAGUUUUAUAUUAAUUACUGGCUCUACUUCUACAAUAAACCAAAACAGCCUGUUUGUUUUUCAUAAUCUCUAUUUCAAAGCUACUGAAGCACUUCUCAUGGUGCUGCAGUCUCGUUUCUUUAUUUGGGCAGUAAAGAGGCUGAAAUCUUUGGUUUGCUGUUUGAGGAUAUCAAGCAUGAGUGUCUAACUCGAGGUCACGGCAGUCAUCAAUUUAAGAACAUGGGUGCAAACAGUUCUGCUGUUCAGGUUAAAGAAUCUUCAGGAACGUUGAAACAAUGAUUCCCUCAGACUUGUUGGUGAGUAUAAGGCCGAUCUUUUCCUCUUUUCUACUCUCUCUCAUGUGUCAAACUUUCUCUUUCUCUGCAGAAGCAAACUAGGAAAUGAGGAAUGUCCAGAUCCGUUUUGAAAUUGAAAAAUUAAUAUCUGCCAAAUACGGAGUCCUGAUCUGAUACCUGUGUCUGCCUCGGUGAAAGAGCUGCACACCUAAAUUAAGAAGAAAAUGUGUUGAGCUUUUUCCAUUUCUCUGAGCUGAAUUAACUUUGUAAAAAUCAUAAAUAAAAUAAAAACUCUUCCACUCAGGUUGUUGUUCAAAGCAGUGAAUUCAACCACCUUCUCUCUCAGCCUUUUUCUCUUCCCCUUAAGGACACUGAUCCUUCCUUUUUAUGUCAAGAAUGUUUCUUCAGCACUGCAGCCUUUUUCCUCUGCUGCUUCAGUGAAUACUCCGUCCUUUACUGCAUGUUUAGUUUGAAGGUGUAGUAGCGGGUUGGUGAUAAUAAAUGCACCUGUUUUACUGCUGCCUUGAUGACUGAUCGUAGUGCACGUACACUUGGACUGUUUUUACUCUUUAGUUUGAAGUAUUUCCGCACUGCUGACAUUUUAGCUCUGGGGUUGUUGAUGUUAAGUCACUCACGUCUUUAUGUUCUGCCACAAAUACUAGAGUAGAGUUUCUGACAGGUGAGAGAAAGGGUUUGGAGUGAGAUGAUAGGCUUUGGUCUAGUAAAACAUGCUGAGAUCAGACCUGGUAUAAGGGCCAGGGUUGGGACGUCUCUUAUUGAACACUAUAAUUUACAUUUACGUACCUAUCUGUUUGUGUUAUCAACAUGUUUCCUUUAUUAAUGGAUUUAUAUUCACAAACUGUAAGCACUGAGUGUAGAUGCCGGAUCAUUGUUGCUGUUUAGGUACUUGAGUACACACAUACCUCUGAUACUAUAGAGUUGGAGACAUGCUGCAUACUGUCAUUGUGUCAUGUCCUGAUCAUCAGCUGAUGUAGCUCCCACAGUUGAGAGAUAUCUGUUUACUUUGUGGUGAGCUAACAGCACUGACCUGUUUUGGUGCAAAUUGCUGUGAGAUCUGAGUCAGUUUUAUGUCUCUGGUCCCCAGAACAGGUGCUGGUCAGUUAGCUCUCGCCUCAUGUCCUCCGUCUACCUGUCAUGGCUGCACUCUGAGAAUUCAAACAGCUACAGGUGUGCCACUAAGUCUUCAAACAGCCUUUCCUGGGCCUUUAUUAACACUCAAAGCCACUGGUUUCCUCUCAACUCUGAACAUUUGAUUUGACUAAAAUCUAUAAAUUUGCUUUUGACCGACAACAAUUUCAGGCGACAUUAACACGGCCUGUACACACAGCUUUCAGUACAUUAACAGUCCUAAAGUCUUUAAGUCUUUAAGUUACUGGUGACUCCAGUUAAUAUUCUUCACUGGUAACAGGCCUGCUCAAAAUAAAUCCAGUGGCAUCUCGCUACUGCGCUUGUUUAUGCUGAUGGCUCUGUUUUUAGGUCCCUUAGGAGCCUGCUCUCAGACAAAAGUCCCACAAGAAGCCUUUACAGACUAAAAAACAACAACAGACUCACCAUGACUCUGACAGGACUGUGGUAAUAAUAAGCCUUCUAUGAUGGUGUAGGAGCACUCCUAUCCAAUAGAUCCUACUCUCCAUAACAGUGUGUGUGUCCUUCUCAUAAACGUUUUCUCUUGUUAGUCGAGGAAAUUCCAGGAAGCAGAGAUGUUUGUUGUUGGUGUAAUAUUCCCUUUUACUGGCUUUGUUACAGCCUGUCCAUUGAGAUUCUUUUGUAAAAGCAUCUAUAACAUAGUCUGUGUUUUUCCUGCAGUAUGCUCGAACAUUUUCCUACUCAUGAAUAAAAAAAAAGGGUUUUCAUUUUCAGAUUUUGUUCUUCUUUUGGUCUGAUUUAACAUGUUCUUGGAUCUCUUUUCUUGCCCUAAAUAAAAUAUUUAUGAUUUGAUAAAAAGAGGAUUUUCAGUGAGAGUUAUCUGCUGAACAACUCGGUGCUUUGUGGCUCUUUCUGACAUUGCAUUCUACUCAAAAGUCUGGUGUUUGUUUUAUGUGUGAAGUAGGAAUAUGAAUUUCCUCACUUACGUUGACGUCUGACUCCGACUGACUCUACACGGAUUUAUGAGCUUAUAAGAUGGAGAUGUAAUGGUUCCCCUGAGCCACUUUUUCUUUCCAGAUCAGACAUUUCAUUUGGAGCAGCACUGCAGGUGGAAGUGUGCUUCAGCUUUACCUGCUUUAAUUUUCCUUUCAUCAAAUGUUAAUCACCUACCAAAUAAAAAUACCGCCAAACACUCUGUAUUUUAGGAUCUGAAGGCUGAAAAAUAACAAAAAAAGGUUUGGGCUCUUUAAUUUUCAACCAUCUGAUGUUUUUGUUACAGUCACUGUAAGUCGAGGUCCUUUUCUUUAGAGUUUCAAAGAUGAUGUUACUGCACCAUAUGGAGGCUGUGGCUCAGUGGUAGAUCUGGUCAUGUGUCUGUUAGAGACUGGGUUUGAGUUUGAUCCUGGGUCCUGCUGUCCACACGUCGAAGUGUCUGUGGGUAAAACACUUGGCCCCAGGCUGCUCCCAGUCGAAGUUUAAGCGAUGUGUGAAUGGCGUUAGUUAAUACUGAAUGACAAUUUAUAUACCAGACUCUGCCAUGUGUGCACAAAUACUCUGAAAAUAGAUAAAUGUGGCAUUUAAUGUGAAAGUGCUCCAAGGGUUAUAUAAAUACAGCCCAUUUAGCAUCCCACGGCACUUAAGAGUGAGUGACGGUAGGAAGAAAGAGCAAUGUUGUGUUAGGUGCCAAAGUGAUAAACAUACAGCUGAUUGAGUUCACAACCCGGCUCCAGGAGCAGCUUCUCAGGUUGACAGACUUUUUGAGCAGCUGGAGAGAAAUGAUUCCUCAAAAGUUCGGAUGUCUUUUUGGUAUUUUUACCCCAAUUCGACGUAAGCUUUGGGUCACAGAGUAAAACUGAAGUCAUGAUAGAGAAAAUAUGGGUAAAACUUGGGACUAGGGCUGCAGCUAUCGAUUAUUUUAGUAAUCGAGUACUCUAUCGAUUAAUCUGUCGAUUAAUCGAGUAAUCGGAUAAGAAAUGUUUUGCUCUCACUGUAAUACUUUGCAUUGAAUCACGUUUGCCUCAUUAAAAACCAUCAGUAACACACAAAACUGAAAUAGGCCAGGUCUUUCAAAUGAAUAUUUUUACUGCAUAAAUCAGGAACCAAAAGUUUUACAUUUUACCAUGUAGUUCACAUGAAACUACUGAAGGCAAGGUCUGCAGAUGGUCUUUUAAUUGCUAUGGUAAUGAUCUUUGCAGUUUUCACUAAACCAGUCACAACUAUUUCCAGGCUUUGGAUCUAAUUUUACUUGUUUAAUUAAUAGGCUGAAAUAAUAUAAUUCUUGGAUACUAACAUAAUUUGACAAGCAAAUGUACAUUUAUUCAAUAUAUAAAAGUGUUACAUUUUUAUUUACAUGUUGUUGUGUGUUGGUCAUUUUGCAGCCCUCUGCUGCUCAUCACACGCCUAGCAGGUGGUGUAUAGCAUUAUCACCAUGGAUACACGGAUGUUUGUGUGAUUUUUUUCAUCCACUGCCGCCCGGUUUGUGUCGUGUAGAUGUUGAUUAUGAAAAUACUUCGCAAUAAUUUGGAAACGUGAAGGGGGAGCUGCUGCUGCCCGGUGUUUACGGUAAAUAGACGCAAACACCGACCAAGUGGACGCUUCGGUCUCCGAAAACGCAGAGACAAAUUUACAAACAGCCACUAUUUCAAACAACUGGGCUCAUAAUCGUGAUGUAAACACUUACUUUCUCGCUAGAAAAAAUAUUAUUAUUGAAUGAAUUUAUAUAAUUUGUCCGGUAUGCAGUCGUUCUAUGUAGCUUGUGGUAGGACUAUUUAAAUUUUCCCGGCGCUGCGUCCGGCCGGCACGAAAUGCAUUCUGGGGUAUUUAGUAUGUAUGUGUGUAAACGCUCGGGCAGCCGCGGCAUACUCAAAUCAUCUUUGAGUAGUCAGUAGGCAGUAGCUACUGCUUGAGUAGGUAAGUAGAUAACAGGCAGUAUGCCAUUUCGGACACAGCGGCUGUGUCCGAAAUGGCCUACUACUCCUACUACUCCUACUAACCCCGCCUCUGAAUUGAGUAGGCAGUGCGUUCACACUGUACAGUAUGCGAAUUUUGUGUAUGCGAGAAAUGCCCGGAUGUAUACUCAAUCGGCUUCGAUUUCUGAGUGUGCAACGGAGCUUGCUUCACGUACUGCUUCUGCCCCACAAUGCAUUGCGCACCUCAGCUGGUAAUAUGGCCCUCCUUCCCGAGGCUGAAAAGAAAUAGAUGGCAUGUGAUUGCAAUAAUAAUGAUAUAUAUAUAAAUAGAUAAACAAUAUUUAGUCCGUAUACAUUACACAAUUUUCAUCAUUUUAUCAUAUUUUGAUCUUUUUACCGGAUUUAUUUGUAUUUUAAAUUAGGAUUAUAGGCAAUGUUUUUAACUAUUCGUAUGAAUUGACUUUAUUUAUUUAAGUGUCUAUUAAAGAUGUAUUUAUUACAUCAAGUUUGAGCAUCUUCUCAUCUCUGAAUGCAUCAUCAAAGUGGUCGCUCAUAUUAAGCACAGACCUCUGAUUAAUAAAAAUUAUCUUUGGUAGAGAGCACAUGGUUCAGAAUAUACAAACGGGGGAGUUUCCAGUUGACAAUGUAUGUAAGCUUUACUAAUUCUUACUUGUGGUUGAAAAUCUGAUGGUUUCUGAAAUUAUCAUUGUACAUGAAAAGAAUGUAGUCGGGAAAUGAUGUAUUUGCCAAGGAAUAACCGAACAAGGUCAUAAUAAUUAUGUUGUGUGUUGGUCAUUUUGCAGCCCUCUGCUGCUCAUCACACGGCCAGCAGGUGGUGUAUAGCAUUAUAACCAUGGAUACACGGAUGUUUGGGUGAUUUUUUUCAUCCACUGCCGCCCGGUUUGUGUCGUGUAGAUGUUGAUUAUGAAAACACUUCGCAAUAAUUUGGAAACGUGAAGGGGGGGCUGCUGACGCAAACACCGACCAAGCGGACGCUUCGGUCUCCGAAAACGCCGAGACAAAUUUACAAACAGCCACUAUUUCAAACAACUGGGCUCAUAAUCGUGAUGUAAACACUUACUUUCUCGCUAGAAAAAAAUAUUAUUAUUGAAUUAAUUUAUAUAAUUUGUCCGGGAUGCAGUCGUUCUGUGUAGCUUGUGGUAGGACUAUUUAAAUUUUCCCGGCGCUGCGUCCGGCCGGCACGAAAUGCAUUCUGGGGUAUUUAGUAUGUAUGUGUGUAAACGCUCGGGCAGCCGCGGCAUACUCAAAUCCUCUUUGAGUAGUCAGUAGGCAGUAGCUACUGCUUGAGUAGGUAAGUAGAUAGUAGGCAGUAUGCCAUUUCGGACACAGCCAGCUUCUGUCUGUCCUCGGCUGUGUCCGAAAUGGCCUACUACUCCUACUACUCCUACUAACCCCGCCUCUGAAUUGAGUAGGCAGUGCGUUCACACUGUACAGUAUGUGAAUUUUGUGUAUGCGAGAAAUGCCCGGAUGUAUACUCAAUCAGCUUCGAUUUCUGAGUGUGCAACGGAGCUUGCUUCACGUACUGCUUCUGCCCCACAAUGCAUUGCGCACCUCAGCUGGUAAUAUGGCCCUCCUUCCCGAGGCUGAAAAGAAAUAGAUGGCAUGUGAUUGCAAUAAUAAUGAUAUAUAUAUAAAUAGAUAAACAAUAUUUAGUCCGUAUACAUUACACAAUUUUCAUCAUUUUAUCAUAUUUUGAUCUUUUUACCAGAUUUAUUUGUAUUUUAAAUUAGGAUUAUAAGUAAUGUUUUUAACUAUUCGUAUGAAUUGACUUUAUUUAUUUAAGUGUCUAUUAAAGAUGUAUUUAUUACAUCAAGUUUGAGCAUCUUCUCAUCUCUGAAUGCAUCAUCAAAGUGGUCGCUCAUAUUAAGCUCAGACCUCUGAUUAAUAAAAAUUAUCUUUGGUAGAGAGCACAUGGUUCAGAAUAUACAAACGGGGGAGUUUCCAGUUGACAAUCUAUGUGAGCUUUACUAAUUCUUACUUGUGGUUGAAAAUCUGAUGGUUUCUGAAAUAAUCAUUGUACAUGAAAAGAAUGUAGUCGGGAAAUGAUGUAUUUGCCAAGGAAUAACCGAACGAGGUCAUAAUAAUUAUGUUGUGUGUUGGUCAUUUUGCAGCCCUCUGCUGCUCAUCACACGCCUAGCAGGUGGUGUAUAGCAUUAUCACCAUGGAUACACGGAUGUUUGUGUGAUUUUUUUCAUCCACUGUCGCCCGGUUUGUGUCGUGUAGAUGUUGAUUAUGAAAACACUUCGCAAUAAUUUGGAAACGUGAAGGGGGAGCUGCUGCUGCCCGGUGUUUACGGUAAAUAGACGCAAACACCGACCAAGUGGACGCUUCGGUCCCCGAAAACGCCGAGACAAAUUUACAAACAGCCACUAUUUCAAACAACUGGGCUCAUAAUCGUGAUGUAAACACUUACUUUCUCGCUAGAAAAAAAUAUUAUUAUUGAAUUAAUUUAUAUAAUUUGUCCGGGAUGCAGUCGUUCUGUGUAGCUUGUGGUAGGACUAUUUAAAUUUUCCCGGCGCUGCGUCCGGCCGGCACGAAAUGCAUUCUGGGGUAUUUAGUAUGUAUGUGUGUAAACGCUCGGGCAGCCGCGGCAUACUCAAAUCAUCUUUGAGUAGUCAGUAGGCAGUAGCUACUGCUUGAGUAGGUAAGUAGAUAGUAGGCAGUAUGCCAUUUCGGACACAGCCACAGUUUCCCUCCAUGAUUGAACCAAACGCGCGGCAGCGGAAGGAGCGGAAAGAGCACGCUUCUGCGCAACAGAAAUAACCGUCCGUGUCAAACACCGUGCGCUGCACAUGGUUCCGGAUUUAAACGAUUCCUCGAGGCAUAUAAUUUGCCUCGAGGAAUUUUAUUAAUCGAGUUACUCGAGUUACUCGAGUAAUCGUUUCAGCCCUACUUGGGACAGGUAAAACUUUUCCAGUAAGGUGUAAGAAUUACCUGAUUAUUAAUGAUGUCUGGGAGAUGUUCAGUGUUCAGUUUUCUGCCAUUAACAUCAGUAAAGAAACAAAGGCCUGAUUUCCCGACUUAAUAUCAAAGUGUAAAGAACUUUUAAUUAAGUCCCGUCUUUCUGUUUUUCUUUCUAAUGUGGUCGUAACACUGCCUGGCUUAAACCCCACAGAGACAGGGAGCACGGCUAAAUACACUUUCUAGGAUUUAUAUAUAUAUAAAAAGAAGGUGUAUGUGGUGUGCAGUAAAAGUGCUUUUGGUUGUGAUACUGUAGGAGGGUGGUCACAGCUCACAGGUUGAAUUUGUUCGCUAAAGCAGAAGGUUCAGGAAGGACUAUGUGGAGUGGAGCAGAUGAAACUGUAGAAUCACAAACCUCUAAAGGUGGCCGAGUCCGUUAGAAUUCAUCUACCAGUUGAAAUGUGGAGGCAGAGACCCUCUCUACCUUUCAGAGAACACUUAAAACUUCGACCUGGUUCAGCUCUUCGUUAAGCUUCUGUAGGUUUAGACUGUCAUGGGUACUGGAACAUCGAGGACCUUGAUGAAUCGAACCCAUCCAGACCAGGUUCCAGAAAAACUGAACCUCCACUGCACAUUGGCAACAUCUACUAAGUUUUACACACUACCUCAACACACUUUUGAGCACACCUUAGAGCGCUCCUCAUUCCUCAUUUUUUAAACCAAUUAUUUUGGGUAUUUUUUUAUAUUUACUGUGAAGUUAAUUUGUAUGUAUAAACCAAAUAAGCAUUUAGAUAUAAUCAUUGGCGCGGGGUAAGCCUGCUGGAGGGCUAUGGAAACAUUAAGCGACUGGUUUAUUCUUUUGGCUUGAAUUUACACUCCUUAAGGGUCUGGGAAAAUAAGGUCUGGGUCAGUGAGAUAUGGGGUUUCAGGAGCAUGACCGGGAAGGACAAUAAGAGAGUGUGGCAGGGAGGUUUGGCCGGUGAGGAAGGGGCUGGGGGCCGACAAGGGCAGAGGGUGUUAAUAGAAUCAGGGUUUCCUCUAGAUGAGCUUCAGAACAGGGCUGGCUGGACUGUUGACAUGUAAUCAUUGAAUGUCAUGAGAGGGCAAAAACACAACCUGCUGCUGUGAGGCUGAACUAUAAUUCCCACUGGUACCAUUGUCAUGGUGUGUUACAGACCACAGAAGUUACUGAAGCCGUGGAGUUUGAUUCAAAAUUCAACCAAUCCUGUGCGACGAUACAGGUGCAUAGAUUAUUUUAACACAGAGAACCCUUUCAUUUGACGUUUGUUUCACUUCUUAUGGGCGUACAACACGAAUCAGACUUACAACAAAUUAGGCCUGCACGAUAUAUCGUUUGAAUAUCGUCAUCGCGAUGUAAGUGUCUGCGAUAGUCACGUCGGAGGUGAAUGAACUCAGUUAAUUUCAAGAGUAACUGACUGCGAUACACUGCAUGUGACUCUGCAUGUGCUGUGCAGCGUUCCACCAAUCACCUUCGUUCUUUACUCAGUUGCCAAUUAGACUAUCCUGCCAGCUGUCAAUCAAAAUCAGAUAGGAGGAAACCCACCCCUGCACCUGUCCUGCAAAUGGAGUGAGUCGCGUGUCCGCUGAGAAUUACUUUCGGAACAUUCUUCAUGACUGUUUAGCCCAACAAAUACGAACUGUAUGGGUUUUAAAUUGUAUAUUUCCGUGGACCACUCUACUAUAAGCGGUGCGCGUUUUGCGAGGUGCAUGCAAUUCUCGGACAUGCGUUUCUCAGCACAACCCCGUUAACAACAACAACAACGAUCGCAAACUAAGCAACAAGCAGAGAAAACCACAGAAGAUUAAGAUUUGUUGCCAAAAAGAAAAGGAAAGUCGGUUAUCUGGAAUUAUUUCGGUUAAAAGAAGGAUGAUGUCGACCAAAACACGUGUUCUGUGUUCAUCUGUUUCCACAAUAACGUCCCAGAACAAUAAAAGCUAAAAAUAUCUCCGAGACAGACAGAAGCCGUUCUACUAACAUUCACAAAAAGAGGUAAGAUCAGUGCAGGUUAACUGUCCUCAAGAUUUCAGCAGUGCAGCAUAACAGUAAGUGCUAUUCAGGUCAUCUGGUGAAAAUUCCUCUAUAUUUUAAUAUCCAAUAUAUAUCGCAGGGUUGAAAAAAUCGCAAUAUUAAUUUUUUCCAAUAUCGUGCAGCCUUACAACAAAUGCAAACAUCUGCACGAGUACUGGUAUUGUGCACAGUGAAAUGAAAUGGCUUGUUAUUCAUACAAGCGUCUCUGCACCAACACAAAUCCCCCUUUACUGUUCGUAGCAAAUAUAACCUCCAUCAUGCAAAAUGCACGAUAUAAAGGAGAUGUACAGUACACUCUCAAUAUUGUAGUUCCAUGUUAAAUGUUUAUGUCCUUCCUCUCUUCCUCAGACCCUCUGGCCCAGGCUGAUGCUUUUGCCAGCCCAAGAAGGAACAUCAGGGGGUAUGUACUUAACUGAGUUUGGACCAGCAGGGAUGUUGGAGGCGUGACACAAUACCAGCCCUCUACACAUUGAUUCAAAGAACUACGCCGCUCCACGAUGCAUCGGGGGAAAGCUCGGGACAGCUGAUUUACCAUCCCUGUCGGAUUUAAUGUCUUAUGAGGCUCCCUACCAUGCGACUGUCCUCUGUGGAAGGACACAUAAAAACCUCCGCUCCUCCAUCAGUAAGAGCUCUCAAAGGCAUGACUGACGGUUAUUUUGCUCAGGUAAAGUGUAUCUUUCAAAUCUUGAUUUUAUCAGUGAUGGUUAUUAAAAAAACACACAUCGCCUCCUCUAGUCACAUUACUGACUUCAUGACUGGUCUAGUUAAACCAGGCUUAGCUGCCGUUUAGGAGUCAAUCACUGUUGUUGUAAAUCAAACAUGUGAAGUUGUGGUUCAUCUUUUCAGAAGUCAGGAUGAACAUUUAUGUGAAUAUUUUCUAGCUGAAAAUAUGAUGUAUGAGCUCGAUUGGUUUCUAUUGAGCAGCAAACAGAGGGCAUUUAGUUAACCUUUGCUAGUGUGAAGUUGGACAGUAUAUUGCAUUAAUAUUAUGAUAAAGCCAGGUUGGUAUGGGCUUCUGUUAUUGCUGAUUGAUUUGAUCAUUUCUUGCUCUGUAUAGUUUUGGCAGUAAGAUAUACAUGUAUAAAGAUAGACAUCACUCGAAUUGUCAAAAUAGUAAUAGCAAUAGUAUCUGUAGUGUGUUCCAUUGAAAAUGAAUUCUGGGAUAUUAGCCAAUAAUCUCUGAAGACUGUAUCCCUGAAGGAUACAUGAUCCCUCAGGGACACAGUGCAGUUUAAUUAAAUGCUGGGAAAUAAAUGAUUUGCAGUCAUGACCAUCAUUAAAUCUGCCUCACAAAAAAAAAGAAAACUCAGGUAUUACAGACUUAAUUCCACAGUCAUUCAUUUCACUGUUGGUUCAGCACAAUUAGAGGUCCCGUGGAUUCAGAACUAAUCCUUCCAGGACAUGAAUCAUGGAUGCAGGAGACAGAAAUGAAUUACCUGUAAUACCAAGGUACUAAAGCCCAGUACAAACCUCAGCUUAAACCAACCCCUGCCUUUAAUUCUUGUAUCCACUUCUGUCUUUGGAGACUCAGAUACUCAGGUUUGUCUAAUUAUUUUUGACUAAAGAGGAGAAGGAGGCCCUCGUGGAACAAUGAUGCAUUAUGAUCCAGACUGAGUGGGAGCUGACGGUGAUUGUCCUGGUCUGUGGCUGCAGGAUUUCAGAUUAGGAUUCGUUUUAAAAAUAAACCACUGUGACUCUUACACCUUUUUGCUGUUUUAGUGGAAUUUAAAAUCACAUCAUGAGGUGAAUCAAGUGUAAGUUUCUGUAAAUUACUGAUGAAUCUCAUGUUUUUUCCCACAGGAGUAAAAGAGGCAGCGAUGAUCUCGACUAUGACCCUGAAAGAUGCCUUUGGUGCCGUUGCAUGGACACAGAAAACAGGGACCUACCUCAGCCUCUACCUGCUCUUGUCUCUCUUCGUCUUCACUGUCCACACGGAUAUAGUGUUUUCUAAGGACCAUCAUUUCUCAUGGAAAGCAGGUAAAACGUGUUUUACUGCAGUUCAUACAAUUGUUAAUCAAAACCCACUUUUGACUUUGAUUCUUCCAGAUUCAAUCAUCCUGGCAGAGGUGGGCGCUGUUGAUCAAAAAUGUAACUCUGUUGGGUGAAGCCACAGCGAGAACAGCACCCUCUGGUGACGGGCUGCAGUAUAGGCCAUAAAUCCAGCCAUCUCUAUGGAGUUGUGGACAAACUUUAUAAAUUAAUGACACAGAAUAUGAAUUUUUCUCCUUUCAUUGCAGAGACUCUCCUGCUGAAUGCGUGUAACGUUACUGCGAAAGCGGUGAUUCCAGGAAGUGGAGAAAAUCCCAGAAAUACUGAGAGCAAUUCGGCUUUAGAUACGUAUGAUUACGGAAGGCUGGGCCAAGUUGUCCAUAGCAAAUACAGUCUAUGACUUUAACAACAAUAACAGUGAAUUAGUUCUAUGUUGAAAAUAAACUGAAGUUAGCAUCAGAAUCUGUCAGGUUUGACUUUGCAGUGUGUGAGACAGCUCGGUGGUGGUUAAGGAAGCCCUCUAUCUGGUCUACAUGGAUUCAACUGGAAAUAUGAUUACAACUAAGUCAUAUACACACUUUGCACACACAUCAGAAAGGCUUUUGUCAGCUGUAAGACCAUAAACUGAUGACACACCUCAGACAUAUACAGUAUGCUCUCUAAGGUUUAUUCAGAUUCAGAUUCAGACAACUUUAUUUAUCCCCUAAGGACAAUUCCGUUCACAGUUACCCUGCCGUUUGAUCCGUCCAAACACACAAAUCAGCAGACAAACAAACCAGACAAGUGCAAGACUUUAAUAGCAGCCAGUAGACGACCACAUUCCCUUGUCAGAACUCACAGAUCAGCAGGAUCAGCAAUGAGACACAAGAUAAGAAAUAAAACACUCCUGAAGCUCCAGUUCAGCACAGGACACAUAUGACCAUCAGCCGACUUCCAGGCAUUUAAAAGGCUGAUGGGAGAGAUGGGGAGAAAAGAGUUUGAGUAUCACACACACACACACACACACACACACACACACCAAUGUUUUACCUUUAGCUUUCAUACUGGCUUGAAAAUCUAACUUUCCGUCGUUGGCGAGCUUCUCAUGGAUUAGCCAGUUUCUGUCCUCCGUAGUUGAGCCCUCAGUCUCAGCCUGAGCUUUCCUGUAGAUGAACUAACAGCUGCUCUGUUAGCGCUGGUUGUCUCCGUCAGUGUCCAGAUUCAGAUUUUUCGAAGGUAAAACAAAGUCAGACAGCACAAGACUUAACCGUCUCUUUGAUCUCACUCCUCUUACUGAGCUCCCGGAGUAUAAUUUGACGAAGACGGGAGCAGAGAGGCAUGUGAUCUGCUGUAAACACCUGUCGGAUACAGACACCUUUAAAAAGCAUGUUUUCCUCAUACAGGGAUAUUAAAAUGCUGAAGUGGAGAAAGAAAGUAUCAAGGAAAAAGAAAAAGAGACGCUGCUGCAUCGCUGUAGCCUUAAUUAUUGAAUAAUUUUAGAUCAAGAAUUCUUGUGAAGCUUCUGAUAAAUUAACCACAAUUCUUUUAAUGAUGUCCCCCGUUUGUUUAAUUGGUGUUUGUGCCCCAGAACAUCAGUGAAUAUGGAGACGGUUGGUCUUAAAUUGUGCCUGAUUGCUAGUUGCAUGUUGUAAUUUAAGAUACUUUUCUAAUUUUUGAUUAAAAAAUGUUUGUUUUUCUGCCUCUGUCUUUUCUGGUUUCAGGUCAGUGGGGUCAGUGUGUCGGGGAGAGGUGCGGCUCCGGUGGGGUUCAGACAAGGACAAUAUGGUGUGUCCACAUAGAGGGUUGGACUACCCAGCAUUCUCACUGCCAACACACGGACAAGCCAGAAAGCCAGCGCCACUGCUUUAAAGUCUGCGACUGGCAUCAGAACCUCUUUAAGUGGGAAGUGUCGGGCUGGAGCAGCUGUGUUCUGGCCCCCUUCUUUUUUAACGAGCUCAAACUUAGAACUGCUGAGUGCAUCACAGCACAACAUGGUAUUCAGAGGCGCAAAGUCCACUGUGUACGCACUUCAAAUUAUACCGCAGUCACGCCAAGGAUAUGUGAGUUUUUCUCUCAGAAACCACCGACGGAACAGGCCUGCCUCGUCCCCUGCCCACAGGACUGCAUCGUUUCAGACUUUACCUCCUGGUCUAGUUGCAGUAAAACUUGCGGCGUUGGCCUGCAACAUCGGACUAGACACGUCCUGGCUGCACCCAUGUACGGAGGUGCAAACUGCCCAAACUUGACGGACACAAAGACUUGUUCCACCCAUCUUAGCUGCCCUUCUGAGGAGAGUGAGUACCAGUACAGCCUGAAGGCAGGAGCCUGGAGCAAGUGUCGGCUUCUUCAUCACCAGGAUUCAGGGCUCAGAGGCGACAGUACAGUCGACCUGAGCAUCAGCUCCAAUGACAACAGCACAGUUACGCUGACCAAACACGUUACUCCACACCACCCCCAUCAGCACCUUCAUCAGACCCCAUCCCACGGGCAUGACAUGUCCUGGGAACUUUUAGUGGGAUACCAGACGAGACAAGUCUACUGCACACGGAGCGAUGGGAAGAACUCUCUGCUGAGGUAGGCCGAUCUUCAGUGAUGCGAGACAACGCAUUUUUCACCAAGCAGGUGAAUGAAAAAGUGUCCGUGAGACGAGUGGGGAAACAUUUACUCAGGGGAAAAUCCAUAUUUUUGAAGCCCACAAAAUUGAAGGGCUUGUAAUGACAACGAUUUGGCUGAACAAAAAAGCCGCUUUGUUGCUGAAAUGAGACCCUGACCUGAAUGAUUUUAAAUGGAUGUCACCUCCUCUACUAAAGAGAGAGAAACAGACAGACGGAUAGAUAGAUAUAGAUGGAUAGAUAUCUGCUUUUUGUGGCUCUGAUGUCGUCCACUUUUGAAAUAGCAGAGCUCAAAACUUGGUCGAUCGCUCUGCUAACAGUCGUUUUUGGGACUAGAACUGAAAACAGCUGUUUAUAUGUACGUGAAUAUGUGACAGUUCCUGCUUUGUCUGUACAGGGAACACAAUAAUGGCAAAAUAACAGGAACUAGUUAAUGUGAAAGGGUGGUGACACCAGCGUACACCGCUGUAAGAUUUAUAUCAGCCCUCAUCUCUGCUAAUACAGACGGGGAAAAAGGCCCCAUGCUGUACAGGUCCCAGGGAACGCCCACGUGGAUAGUUCCUCUUUAAGAAGCUCCCUGUCAGACGGUGAGGUCCAAAAACAUCUUCAGUCACUUUCUGUCGACAGCAGCGUAUCAUGUGUUGUGGUCUCUGACUGAUUAAAACUGCUAGAUUGAGAGACAGUGGGUGCUUUGAAAGCGCGUUUAUAUGCUAAUGAGGCGCUAUUGUGGGGAGCACCUCCUGUUUCCUCUGUUUGAUACCCCCACCCACACACACACACACACACACACACACACACACACACACACACACACACACACACACACACACACACACACACGCACGCAGGUUACUUCUUUCGAGGCGAUAACAAUUUUCUUGUCCCUUUCUGUGUGUUGAAUUAUAAUGACUGAAUAAUGGAACACCGUCAUGGAGGUGAGAAGAUUCACUCGAGGUGCAUUUUUAAGUCUGUUUUACUAAACAAUCAAUAAUGAUACAUUGAAAUGACACUGUUUUUAUCUGUAGUCAUUAGCGCUGCAGCUCCACACCACACAGCUAAGCGCUGUAUUUCAUUAUUGGUGAAUUAAGGACCAUUCAGAGCCAUGUUUCUGAAGCUCUCCAUGGAGCCAAUGAUAGAAGAAGAAGAAGAAGAAGAACUUUUUUAAUCCCUGAAGGGAAAUUCAAUUGUUUGUUGUCUUACACAAUAUGUCUCUAAAACUCAUCUACCAUUUACACAAGAGUUAUAAUGUCUGUUGGUCCAAAGAUCUUCUGAAUCUUUCUGUCCUGCAGUGAAGAGAGAGGAGCCGUCCACCACCAUUGGUCCUUUGGUCCAUCAAGGUGUUGUGAAGUGGGUGAUCCAUGUUCUUUAGAAUAGUCUCCACCUUCCUCAGUGUAGAUCUCUCCACCACAUCCUCCACAGAGCCAGCCUUUUUCACCAGUUUGUUCAGACGUCUCCAUCUUUGUGUUUGAUACUUCCUCCUCAGCAGACUGCAGCGUAGAACAGAACACUGUAGAUCUACACCACAGACUGAUAAAACAUCUGCAGCAUCUAACUACAGAUGUCUAUUGAUCGGAGUCUUCUCAGGCUAAAGAUGUAGAUGAAGUCUAUAUUCUUAGACCAGUCCAACUUAUUAUCCAGACGUACACCGACGUAUUUAUAUGUUUGUCUUGAAGUUAUUAAGAUGUUUGUCUCAUUUCUCAGACUCUGAAAAGAUGUCCUGUUGUGUCCUUUGGUGAAAGAAGCUAAACUUCAAAUUGUAAUUUACUCACCAAGUUUAAACCUAAAAACGAUGAAAAAGAACUCAGAUCAUGUUUAGUUUUUUUUUUUAAUGACUGCUAUGAACAGCAAGCUUACAAAGCGACACAAAAGACUGAAACGUCCUCCAGCGUGAAAGAAAAAGGUACUCUAGUGUGUGACCCUCUCUGUCACACUGGAGGACAACGUCCCCCAAAAGAUAAACUAGUUUAGAAGUGAUUCAGCAGUCUAAGUAUGCUUCUGUGUGCUGUGCAGAAAAACUGAGCUGAGGAACAAGGACAUGAAACAGUAACAAAUAUUUUUAAGAGCUCAGGCAUCAUAACAGUAGACCUGAUACUCAUAAUAUUCAUAAAGAACUACAUUAUAUGACAAAUAAUGCUAAAACAUUCAUAACUGAAUGUUUGCCUCUGCAGGAUAAUCACAUGAUAAUAAAUUAUUUGCAUUAUGUGUUGAAUUACUGCCCUCAACUCUCGAGAGGUUAACAGAGAGAAAACCAUGUGAAUGUUUUAUAUUAUCUCCAGAUUUCAGAGGCUGUCGCUGUUUUUCCCAGUUUAAGUAUAAAAUGGACUAAAUUAACCUACUUGGCUGAAAUAAUUUAAACUUUAAAUCAAUCAAUCAUUUUUUGUUUAUAAAACACCAAAUCAUUAUUAUUAUCAAUACCAUUAAUCAUUAUCAGCUGUUCUCCCAAGACACUUUCCAAAAGAGCAGUUCUAGACCUAACUCUUUGUUUGAUGGAUUCAGUAAAUAAGUCAUAAUGGACUGAUGUUAAAUUAACUUAAAGGAGAUUUAAUUCAGAAUUUAACAGAAGUUAAUUUUAACUGUAUGUUAUUAUAAAAUGUUUAUUUUCUCAUUAUGUGAUUAAUGUCGGUGAGGCUGUUGUUCAUGUCUGCAGCAACAGUCCAGAGGAACCUCAGAGACGAAGGAGCUCAGGGCCUGAACUAAAGAGCUUUGCCAUAUUUAAAAUGAGUUUCUAUCUAAAAAUAUCUAAAAACUGUUCAAUCCUGUGAAGGUUGUGAUAUAAAGUUCAACGUUUUAUGAGGUUUAAAGGAGAAUUUGGUGUUUUGCAACCUCAGCCAACACUGGAGCAGUUUCACCGACUGUUCUCCCCAUCAGUCAAACCCACACAAACACAGGAGGAAACAGGGCCCAGGUGGAAGUCGUGGUUCAAAUUGUGUUUUUUCCUGAUUGUAUAAUAUGAAGAUAUUUCUCUGUGUUUUUGAAUGUCACACAGCAGGGCAGAUUCAUGGUACAGGUCAGAGAGUCUCUUGUAUUUUCUCAAAAGUGAGAACUUUGUUCGUUUCUUUUUUAUGCUAUUUUAUUUAAAACAACAACAACACAUUUCUAAACUCUUACUUUCCAUCUCCUCAUUUAUUAAAGUUUAUUAUGUGUUCAUAUCCUGUUUGGAUAACAGGCUUCUUUGAUAUGUAUUGACAUUUGUUAUUCUCAGAGGCGAGGCAGAUUCACUGGCUUUCUGAGCUGAGUGUGAAGGCACUAUUUACAGUUCAGUGCCUGAUUAGCAUAAUAUUUGUCAGGGACUUUUUAUGUCUGGAUUUCCCACCUGAGUUCUGCCUCAUUAUGCUUUGCUAAUUACUUCCUGAUUACAAAGUAAAAUACUGAAAUGAGCAUUGCAUGCAUCUCUUAACCGGGCUUUCUGACUUAGCUCUGCAGAAUUCUGGAUCCUGAUUGGUCAAUACCUCAUAAACAAUGGAAAUUAAUUUUCAUUUGUGAGGGAGAAUCCAGGGACAACAAAGCAUAUCUUAUCAUAACAAAUAAAUCCACACAGUUAAGGGUCUGGAUGUUCGCAAUAAGGCAAAAAUACAAGUGGUAGAGUACAUCAUCUCAGUUGGAGGGAUGGGGGCUUUAACUCAGGGUCCUACCGUCCUGCCAAAGUGUCCUUGGGCAACGUACCUUGCUCCAAACAUAUAGAAAUGAGCCUUUCCCAGACACACACUGUAUUUUUUCACCACUCUUCUUGUGUGAUUCUGUGGAUGUUAAGAGGACACAGCAGAUUUGGACUUUGCUUUUACAUGUCUGGAGUUCUUCUUACUUUGGCUGCUUGGUUGAAAAAUGUGAAAUAAUGUGACUGUGACAUGUUUUCAGGUCAUGAACAGGUUUAAACGGUACACUAAUAAGACAGUUUUUACCGAAGAUGAUAAAUGUCCCAUUUUUAGUGUGGUUAUAUGAAAGCCUGCAGACCUGAUGAGCUUUUGGGUGAGCUGCAUGUGAGAGAGCACAUUAGUGAAAACAGAAAAAGUGCUGAAAAGGUUCCGCUCAACAAAGACAGUCACAUAGCUACCAGUUCUCCCAGUCAAAGGGGCUGAGCUGACCAGUAUCUAUUGUGGCAAAUACAUUUAUUAGAGACAACAAACUCAUUCAACCCCACCUCAGAAAUACUGUACCUCAGUGCCUCACAGCAAUGCAUGUUUGGCUGUGCCGUUUUGCUUUCUCUAAAUGUGGUCAUGAAUGUGCCGUACAUCUCCAGCGCUGUGAAAGCUGCGUCAGUUUCAUAUCCCAUGAUUCUUUGAGCUAGUUCUGAGAUGACAGAUGCUCUAACUGCUGAGUAAUGGACUUGUUACGUAAUAGUGAGCUGUACAAAUGUUGUAAAAGAUGAAAGCAUUGUUACCUAACGACUGCUAACAACAAGAGAGGCGCUACAUGACACCAGGGUCAGGGCAGAAAAGAUCCCUGAUGUGGGCUCUCAGGAGUAGAAUGUCUCGAUCCAGUUCGACCUUACCGGUCCACUCAGGCCACCUAGGCUGGGAGCUGAAAAUGCUGGAUCCUCUGAAGAACGCAGUACCAUCUACCCUCUGAAUUUUGAGAAGAAAACACCCUGACGUUAACCUGGGAGUUAAGAGAAAAUCGACUCUGAAUAUAAUCAACUCUAAAUAUAAAGUGAAUCAAAAAAUAAUGAAGUUCACUCCAAUACUUGUCAACAGGGAGGACUUGUUGCUGUUAGGGGACGUGUGUGAAAGUGAAGUCAGGGACAAUCAUUUCUGGAGCUCAUUUGUGACGAACGUAAAUACCUGUAGUUAUCGAAAUAGUGAGCAUCUGUGUGGAAUUGACUCAGUGUUGUGGACAGGUAUAGAAAAUAUGAUCAGUAAUCUGUUUUCUUUGGAGGUUACUAAAUGUUUUAUUUCUGAUUUGUUUGACUCUUGUAUUAUUGUCUUAAUUUUUGUGUCCUCUCAAUCCACAGUCUUUGUACCAAGGACAACUUCCCUGUAACGUCCCAGGCAUGUGUGAUGCCUCAAGACUGCAAGACAUCUGAUUGGUCAUUGUGGAGUCCCUGUUCGAAAACCUGCAAGUCCUCAGACCUGUCUCCUGGUUACCGUCUCCGGUCAAGGAUUAUGACACACAUCCCGGUCGGAGGGGGGAAACAGUGUCCUGUCCUUGAGGAAAAAGAAGCUUGCAAUAUCAUCGGGGAUUCACUUCCCAACUGCCCCAGGUAGUUUCAGAAGCGCUGCGGACAUGUUUUCAUUCGUCCACCGAUGAUUCACUCUGUGCGUCAUUUUUUUGGGUGGUACCUCUAAUAUCCUGAGAAAUCUUCAAUGAGCUCAACAACUAUGAGGAGUUCCAGGCAUGUGUUCAAUCUCACUACGCUCCGAGUCUUUGGGCUUUCAUCGUUAUUUGGCUGAUAUUAUGUGUAUUAAAUACAUUAGGCAACAGAGAACUGUUUUCUGUUCUCUGUUUGAUAAAUCUACACCAAAUGCCCGAGAGCAAAGGAUUUACAUGACUGGGGAAAAGUAAAAUGAAGCACUUAGAGUAGAUUACUACAGGCUGUUGUGUUGAUGCAUGUUAUUGCUUUUGCACACUUGCAUCUCUUUCAUAUUUGAAGCACAACAUUUUUUUAAAUGAAUUUUAAAUCAAAUAAUUAAACCCUCCUCCUCCUCCUCUUAAUGUGACUUUUCCCUGAGAACAAGUAGAGCUGCUGCUAUUUGCAUACUGUAAACAUGGAGGGCUUGUGCUGACUGGAGUUGUUUUUCAUUUUUCAUGUCCGUCCUGGCAGGUUUGUGUGGAGGACCACUGACUGGGGGGAAUGUCGCAUCCUACCCUUAUUAAGUCAGCAGGACCAUCGGCUGGGUAACAUCAGUAUUCUGUGUGGAGGUGGGAUCCAGUCCAGGAAGCCAUACUGUGUACAAGUCUCCAACGACACAGCUCCACAUCACAGGAAACAUGGUAAUUAAGUCCACCUCCAUCACACCACGGCUCAGAGAAUACAUGAUACAUUCAGAGUGAACUUGGGCCUGUAACAAAAGCUGUAAAUGUGGAAUUAAAGUCAGAGUUGGAGCAGGUUAUUCAGCCUGUGUUUCAUAAGCUUAAUUAUAUCCUGAGUAAGCCUUUGGAUAGCAUGCACCCCCGUUUUUGAGAAGGCUCAUUUCACUUCCAUAAAUGCAUUUUUUUUUUCAUCUAAGGGGGUUGCAAAAACUUGCCUUUUGUUAAAAUAUCAGAAAUGUUUCAAACCUAAUUUGAAACCAGAUCCUUCUGCCUGUUUCAUUUUGAAAAGAGGCCAACCACACGUCAUUAAAAUAAUGACAGCAAUUGUCAUCAGGAUUAGUCCUCCCAAAGAAGUACAUCUCUGGAUGGUAAGUGGGGGGUCAUUUCAAGAAUCAGGUCUGCCAUUUUCUUUACACUACAGCAGUGGGAGAACUGACUCACCUACCGACAAACUUUUAAUACUCCUCUCUCUCCGUUAUUUCAGUGUUGAAAAUGACAAAAACAUCCUCGAUUUUACCAUCAGACCACUUUUUACGUCUGGAUUAAAAACAACAUAUGAAGUUUGAAAACCAAAACAAACCUGAAACCUUUCAUCACUUCACAAUCAGGAAACUUCUCAGUUAACGGAGCACUCUGUGACACCUGUAUUCUCAUGUCACUGAGUCGGUACAGUGUUAGCGUUGGUGAUAUGCGAUGCAGGUAUAUGUUAUCUUUGUGUAUACAGUCCAUUGAGACUUCAGCAUCCCUGAGUGUCAGUGGGUAUUUUGCAGCUUAAAGACGUGUUUUUUUUGAAGACAUGCUUCCACAUCUGCUGUAGGGUCUGCUGCUUUCAGCUGCUCAUGGUGAGAUUACAGCUGCUGAUAAUGUGAGCUUUACAGACGUGACAGAAACAGAGUCUGAUCAUCAUGAUGAGGCAGAAUUUAUGACUUCAGGUGGUAGUGAUACUCAAAGUCCCUCUUCGAUCUUUUUUUUUGUUCUCAGUGGUCUUUAAAUUGUGAUUAUAAAGUUUUUAACCAAAAUUAUGUUACCUGCAUCACUUUCAAGGCCUUUCCUUCUGCAGAGCUCCGUAGCUCAUAAGUAAUUUACCUCUGAAAAAUGUUUGAAAGAGUUUUUCAAUCGGACAUAUGGAUCAUUUUUGUGACUCAGCCCUUCGGUCACCCAGCAGCUCAAAAAUGGCGCUGCUAUCACUACCACUCUCCUGUUUUUAUUUCUGACAGUCCAAAUGUGUUGACACUCACAUGGAGGACUCUCUCUCUCCGUCGUCUAUCACUGCACCUCUGCUUCCUUCUCCCCACAGUGACUGCAGCCAUUUGUGCGUAAUGCUGUGAAAGUUUGCACCUGCUUUUCAAAUGUGCUAAAUAUCGGCGCAAAAGAGCGACUGCGAUCGGUUUCCGGGGUUUAAUAAAACACAUUGUAGGUGCUAAUUGAUUUCAUUUGCAUCUGCUCCACCCAGUAAUUUAUGCGCUCUGAUGAUCUACAUAUAUUCUGCAUAUUCAUGAAGGCAAACACGCUGAAUCGAUUGCGUGCGCUGUUUCGCUUAUUUGACAGACGCAAUCCUCGGUGCACCUGGUUAUGUUUUUAAGUUUGCAUGUUUUUUUAUACACACAAACCUUUAGUAGAUCAGGCCCAUAGACAACAAAUCAAACAUGAUCUACAUUGGAAUGGGUCUUUAAAGGCCAUCGUCACACCUGCUGAGUGGAAGUUGUAAUUAUGUAAUUAAUGUUGUAAUUAAGUUGUAAUUAUGCAUAGAGUUAGUUCAGGCAGGUCCAGAGUCAAGCUCUGCUGUAAGUACAUCAGCUGAUCCCAGUGCCAGCCUGUAUCAGCUGACAUCUCAGCUGAUUACCUUCCAACACAUCGACCUGAUAAACGUUAAGAUGGACGCUCUCUUUUAAACCUGCUCGAGCCUGCCGUCUCUUUGAUGAUCGUAUUGGUGAAUUAUUCACGGUACCUUUCGCAGUGUCAUCAGGAGAAACGUUCUGAUGUUCAGCUCUUAAGCCUAGAAGGACGAGUGCUCCUUCCUCACUUGUACUCCCUCUCAGGCAGCUCUUCUGUCUCCCCAUGUUCAACUUAGUCAUAACACCAUAACUCUCAUCAAGUAUCUGGUUUACUCAGUACAAAAAAUUCACUUGCACUGUCUGGGAAAACACCUCAGCCACACAAGCCUCCACUUCAUCCAGCUUGUCAUUUCAUGCACUGCAGACUGCUGGGUUUCCUCUGGCCUUAAUUGCUCCAGCCUCUUUCUAGAAGAAGAUUUCAGCCGCUGUGGUUGAUGAUCGCUGAUAUUCAAUCCACAGACAAACUUCAGGUAACUUCCAAAACAGAAGGUCAGACAUAUAACAGUAGGUAUGAGUUUAGAUGAAGACACAUAUACCACUCUCCUACUGUAUUAUACUUUUAUCUGUCGUAUUUUUUUAAUGUACUUUUAAUAUAUUCUCUGUAUUUUUGCACUGUGGGCUGGAGAGAAAUAUCUUCUUCGAUCGCUGUUUAUGAUCUCACUUUAGGCAGAAACUGACAAUAAAAGCUUGAGUCUUGAAAUCCUCCGUGUUGAACCAGAGAGGUGACCUUUAACCUCUGCAUUGUUCAGGAUGUGGUCCGGUGUUGUGGAUCAGACUAACUGGUUCAUUGGUAUAAAGGUUUAAAAGGAUCAUUCUCGCUCCUCACUGUGGAAUGAAGUUCUGUGUGUCUGUCUCUCACAGAUUUAUUCACAUGAUAAGUUUUUCCUUCAGCACCACUCCGAAAGACUCUGUAGAAGAUGUUGAGAGGCUUUAUUAAAACAGAUGGAACUAGAGUAGGACCUUCAUUCUUGUCCAGCUCUCCUUCUAUUAGACUGUGGAGAUGGUCCAAAAAUGUAGGCAUUUAUUGAGGACAUCUGUGUGACAAAACAGAGAAUCCUCUCAUUCAGGAUAUCACAGGCAGUUUUACCGACGUUAAAUCAACAGAUUCUUCUGUUAUAAUUAAUAUUUAUCACCAUUAUUAUAAAUAAGUUUUAUUAACCCCUUUUUCCACAAAUAAGGUUAACGUCAAAUCCUGCUCUUACCAGGGAUGUACUUGUUAUGCUCUGAAAUAUGAGUCCAGUUCUGCUCAAGGUUUCUGCCUGUUGAAGGAAGUUUUCCCACCGUAACCUGCUCAAUACUGCAAAGUGCUCUCCUCAUGUUGGUUUGAGAUAAGUUAAAUCUUUUCCCAUUUCAAGGUUGGGUCUUUUUUUAAUACAUCAAAUAAAGAGCUGGGUCUAGACCUGCCCUGUUGUGAUUUGGCUCCUCAUUAAUAAAAAUUGAUUGAUUAAUGGAUUGAUAUGUUCUCUGAAGAAGGUGGUACUUUUGGUUGGUUCCCUAGAGCUAGGAGAGGAAACAUCAGAAUAUAUACCCGUUAAAACUGAAUGGACUCCAUGACUGUGGGGAUGCUUCAGAGUGUAUUAUUGGAUUGACUAAUUCCCUGUGUUGUUAAAAAAGAUAACCGAGCUGUCGGUAUUCGUUUCAACCUCGUCACAUGUUUGCUUUGCUGUGUCAUGCCUUCCUGUCUUCAUGCCCUCAGCUGGCUGUUGCUCCUGUUUGUCUUCCUCAUUUAGACAUGCAGAUGAAAAGAGCUGCUUCCUGUUUUGCUCGCCACUUUAGAUCCACUUUGAAUCUCUCUCUCUCACACACACACGUGCAAACACACACACACGCACACACACUAAUCUAGAGUCCUGUCUGUUUCCUAGCUUUUCUACAGCCCAGCUUACCCUUGCCUUUCAUUUGUUCAGUGUCCAGGCCUGUGGAUGCCAGGCUGUGUGCUGGUCUGGAGCCCCCCUUAGCUGUCCAGCAAUGCUUCCUCCCUUGCCAGCUUCCCUGUCUGCUCUCCCAGUGGUCUCCCUGGAGUUCCUGUGUACAUGACAACUGCAAAGAACCACAGGGGAAAAAAGGUAGGGAUAAAAAAAUGGACAUCAUCAUCAUCAAGGUUCAAACACAAAAAAAAAACCCUGAAAUAUUUCACUUUGUGUGUAAUAGAUAUAGAAUCAGUGGAAGUCUGACUUUAGAAUUUAAUAAUGGGGGAAAUAAAAACUGUUAACCUGAAUGUUUCCUUGCAUGAUAAAAACCCACUUACACCCCAUGAUGAAAUGAUACGAGUCCUUAAUAAAUGGAUGAAUGGAUAGAUGAAUGGAUGAUUAAUGGAUGGACAUAUGAAUCAAAAAUUGGAUGGAUGGAUUAAUGAUGGAUGGAUGGGGUGAAUGUAUGAAUGAAUGAGUAAAUUAAAAUUUAAAUGGAUCUAUAAAUAAAGGGAUGGAUCAGUGUUGAGUGAAUGGAUAAAUGAAUGAAUGAGAGAAUGAACGAGACAAUUAAUACAUGGAUGGAUGAAUGGAUGAUGGAUGGAUGGAUGGAUGGAUGGAUGAAUAGAUGGAUGAAGGAUGUAUUUCUUUUCUGCACUGGCCUGAAAGCUGAACAUAGAUUGGUCAUUUGUUUGUUCUGUUCAUGUGUUCAUGUGUUCAUGUGUGUUUGUUCAAGCUCAACAUUACAGGUCUGUUAGAUUCUUGUUUAGCGACUUCUCCAGUAAAUUCAGUGACUCAUAAACAGUCUAAACUCGUCUGCUCAUCUGACUAAGAUUCAACUAUCAUCAUUGUUCCACAUUCUGGACAAAACAGCGAAUGCCAGAGGCCAUCAUUUAUAAACAGGAGGUACUGCUGGCUGGUCAGCCAUACUAUUGUUUCCAAACUAAUAACAGAAAAGACAGAGAAAAUGAAGUGCAGCCUGAAGGUAUUUCACAGGGCUGAAACUGUGCUUUAUUCGCUCAUCAACUUAGUGCCUAACCUCUUCCAAUUCAGAGAAAGAACACAGCAGCUCACUCAGGACCUGAUCUGCUAUGAUUCCACAAAAGGAGGACUAAAUUCUGUGUACGUCCCAGGAAACUGCACACUCUGUUGGUGUGCAGUUUGUAGGUGAUCAUUUAAGAAGAACUGCAUCAAUGGCAUCAGGUAUAAAUACUGGUGGUGGUAUUUAGAUCAGGGUUUAUGUGUUUAACUCGUUUAUGUCAUUGAGAGUUUGGACAGAAGGUAAAAAGUCAACAUUGUCUGUAAAACACAGAAAACAAAACAAAAUAAAAAGUCUCAUGAUAAAACCUCAGCAAAUAAACAGUCCAUCCUCACCUGACACCUAAAAUCAUCCCAGAUCAGCAGACUCUCUACAGGCUACAAUUUAGAGCACAAAUCAAAAACAGCAGCUCCUAAAGAUGGACUGUUGGAUAUUAAGUUUGAAGUAUGUGCCGUGUCCUCUGUGGCACCAGAGUAUUUGAGCCGCUGUCAUCUAUACCAGACCGCUCAUCAGCCCUGUAUCUGGUCUGGAAAUGACCAUAAAUGCCUGACAAAAGGCAGAGAUGAGGUGCAAGCAGAGGUGAGGUUCCUCCGUUGAAACUGAUAUGUGUCUGUAACUCUGUCUCCUUCUCGCCAAAGUAACAAUAGCCAUCUGUUGGCAACAAUGAGCAUCUUCUUUUCAAAGUUAUUUUAAUUACAUACAGUUAAAAUCAGGGAAACUCUAUCCAAGCCUGUGAUUAACUAAGGCUGGAAAUAAAUGCUCUGUGAUGUUUAUUCAUCCAGAUAAACAGGCUGCAAGGCUGGACCCUCAAGACCUCCUCAGUGCUGUGAAACAGGGUCGAGACUCUGCAUAAACUCACCAAAAUAACUUUUACCACCAAACCCAAAAUGUCACCUCAAAAGGUUUUCAUAACCUGAAUCAUCGUCACCAUUAAUCAUGUAUUCACCUGUUGCUUUUAUUGGUGAUAAACAUGAACAUAAAGCCAGAAUGCUGUUUGUGCUUCUCUGUCAGGUUGAUGUAGAAUAUUUACUAACUUUGGUAAUAAGAUUUAUAAAACUAUACUUUAAUUUUUCCAGGAUCUGUGUGGAUGGUCCUCCUAUCUUUAUACCAGAUAUGAUCUGAAUUAGAAAUGUCAUAACUAUUCCACUGUUUAUUCUUCACCCAUUAGUUGAAAUCAGGUCAAAUGAUGAUCAGUCUCUCUGUUAUACACGUGUGAAUGGGAAAGCCCAAACAAAGCUGCUGCACAUGUCCUGCAUUAGAGAGAUUAAGUGGACCUGAUUCAGAGAAGCUGCAUGUGAGGAUGGGUUCUGCAUACUUUAUAUCACACAUGUUCCAGUUCCCUCUUUUAUUUCUGUGCUUUGAAUUGGCUGGGAUAAAAAAAAUAUCUGUUGAAUCCUUUCUCCUCUCUCUGUCAGGUUUUAGGAAGAGGAGGAGAGAGGUUUUAUGGGAGUCUAGCCGUUCUCCAGAGACCUGCCCUCAUCUGGUGGAGUUUAUCCCCUGUGAAGACCCCACCUGCUACCAGUGGCAGGUCCAACAAGAAGGAAAAUGCAUUCCCCACAAAAGCUCUUGUGGUCCUGGAACGGAAGCCCUGAAGGUGACCUGUGUCAGCGCUGACGGUAAGACUUUCAUUUCCAUCUCAAAGGAAGAGUUUGUAUGGAAUUAAAUCCUCAUCCGUAGUCCAGAUAAGCCACUUAUCAUGGACUUUUACUUCAGCUGUCUUUCCACAACUAAAUCCUAUUUAAGAGAUUAUCUUUGAUAGUUUUUAAUAACUUUCUUUCUUUUCAACAAACGAUCGUUGAUAUAAGUGAUAUUGCUGGUGGGCCGAUAAAGAUUAUGUUCCCUAUUUAAAUCAUCCUAAAUCGAUGGUCUGAGGCACAUCGCACAGAGUGAAUCAGGGCGUGCUGACCACAUUUUCCUGCUCAAGCAGCACGUGAUCCGGGAGCUAAGUGAGGUGCAUGGAUAUAAGAGGUUGUAUUGGGUCCUUUGACUCUUCACCAUAACAUGAAUGAGACCAAUCGAUGUGUCUGCUCUCGUUCCCUUUAAAAAGAAGGUGCAGCUACAGACAGGUGUAUAUUAUAUUUUAGCCUCUGUUCUAAGUGGACCCAGCUCGAUCCAGCAUGUGUAACUUCUCUCCUUUCACUGUUCCUUUAACUGUGUGUGUGUUCUGUUCCUGCAUGGAUUCAUGUUGAAUAUCUACUAAUGUCAUAUAUCUACAGAAACAAUCAGGGACAAUGAAAGCUAACAGACGGGUGAACAUUUACAUAUAACUCAACGGUUUGAACCCCGGGACAUGCUCAUAGUAUUAUGCAGGAUCUAAUGAUCAUCAUCCUGUGCACUCUCACUGUAUCAGCAAAGACACAGUUCCAUCUUUUUUCCUAAAAUGAAAGCAUGUGGCAGCUGUUGUAGCCUGCCACUGACUGAAGAAUAUGGGCCAAGUUUUUGUUUUUUUCUGCUUCCUCCAAUAAAAACAAAAAAAACACACCACCUUUUUGCCAGACCAACACACUCAUUGGCACCUCUCCAUUUACACACCGUGGUUCCUGGGCACAAGUUUGCGCCAUUUUUUUUUCUUUGCUUCUUGUCAGAGUUGUGUCAUGCCGUCUGGUUUACUGUAAAGUACUAAGUUACCACAGUCUAAAACUUGUGCAGAACUGGGAUUGGACUGCGUCAGGGAGUUACUGUAAAAUUCACCAAACCCACAGUAAAGCCAUUAGUGCUGAGGUCUGCAUAUGUUUGCUUGUCAGUAUCAUUGUGAUGCAUGUACCACUCGACUCGAUGUGAUCCAUUGUGCUAAGCUAUAUCAUCAUGUUAGAUGGGAACAUCGGUGUUAAUGAAGCAUGUUUAAUUCAUGAGCAUCCAUCUGUGCCCAGUAUAUGCACUGCAAACACUGACCUGAUUAAAGAGUCAGAAUCACAGCUUCUUACGAGGAAUUAAUUGCUCAUCUCCAUAGAUUAUAAAGCUAAUUGCACAAUUUUUGGUUGGUGUUUCAUUAUUCUGUCACAUUGUGUAUGUUUAUCAGGUAGGCAAUUAAGGGUCCAAAUAUGCUAGGCAACAAGGGAGACCAUCGAGCUCUGAUAGGACCACAUGGUUAAUUAUUUUGGGUUGGAAAUUUAUUGACAUGUCUUUCUCAUUAGCUUUUCAGACCGACCAUGGCUUUGCUUGUUGGCUGAUUUCACUCACAUUAAUAUAAUUUAUUUCAGUGUCAAGACCUCAUGGCCAAAUUCAAAAAAUCCUUCAACGUGUCUGUUUUUUUAAGACACUGUGUCUAUGUUUGAAUCUGAGGUCUAUGUUUGUAUUCACGAGGUCUAAUGUAGAAACACUGAUGUCCUCUGCAAACAAAGGUACUGCAAAACUGUUAUAUUUGUUUAUAUUCUGGGUUUAGACUCAACUUUUCCAUAUCAAGGACGUCCCUUUUUUUGAGGUGUCAUGUACAGAAACAGACGAUACCCUGAUUCGUUGGGUGAGCAUUACGCCCUCAACUGAUAUGUUUGGUAGCCCAUCACUUGGUUCCUAAUGUGCCCCACAGUCCCAGAUAGACGUGAAAAAUGAGCAGGAACAGCCAGUGUGUUAUUGAGGUAAUGAAGUGGGAACCUCCCUUUGCCGAUAUUUCAUUGAGUCAGGACCACAACAGUUAGCUCUAUAGAAAAGAACCCAGCACCCCCACACAGACUGGAGGAUCUGAUUUACUCCGCUGUCACUUUGAAACAGACUAAGCUGUGGAUCCACCAAUAAUAAGAGCUGAAAAGUCCACUCUUUAACAACUGUUCCUAAUUCACUAGGGGGUCCCGUUCUCAUCCCCGGACUGGAGCUCUAUGGAUAUCCAUGUUUUAUCUGAUGUUUACGCCACAAGAACGGGCUUAGUGAUUUUAAUGAUUUCAGACUGUCGCACCAAUUGCCUGGAACAUUUUCAUUUCUGUACCUUCAACUUCGAUCAUCUAUGAUAGCGUAUAGACUGCCAUAGAAUUCUCUUACUGCUCACCCUCUGCACUCCAUUCUGUACAACAGAGGUUUGGUCUCCUGAAUUUACUCAUCUAUCCAGGAUGCCUCAUAAAUCACCACAUCACUGGACUGGAAAAAGAUUUGGUCCUCCAUCGUCUUUGCUUCUAAAAACCCAGAUCAUCAACAGAUCCAGUUCAGUUACAUCCACAGGACUUCGUUCACUCCAAGGAGGAACUUUCUCAUGAAACGCUGAACUUCUCCACUUUUCACCCUGUGCUCAGAUGGACUCGUAGCUCAUUUAUACAUAUAUACUUUACACAAUGUUCUGGAAGUCACUGUACUAUGUUCUCCCAUUAUGCUACUCUUGAAUGACACCGCCUCACUGAAGGUGUCACGCUGGAAAAGAAAAUUCGUCCUAACAGGCAUCACUGCUGCCAAAAAGGUGUUACGCUGGAAACCUCUGCUAGUGAUGGGAAGAACGGUUCUUUCGACUAUUUAAAUGAUUUGUUCAAAAGAUUCGUUCACUGAAUCAGUCAGAGCUUAGGAGCCCCGUCCUGCCGACUGAAUUCAGAAACAACAUAAGAGCGUUAGUCUCUUUAAUUAGUGCGAAAACACUGAACAUUUCUACUUUCUUCUACACAAACGAUUGUGUCUUAGCAGUGUUCACUACAGGAAGUUAGUUAAACUACAACCUCAACCACAACAACAACCAACUGAUUUAAUAUGAAUUAUUAAUUACAGAAUAACAGUUGAAAAAAAAAACCUCACCAGCUACAAGGAGUCAAGGUAAAGCAGCAGCCAAUUACAGCCUUCAGUACAAGGAGAAAACACAGGACAUGUUAAGAAGCUCGAGCAAACAACAAACCUCAAUGACUGUCUGUACAGAGCGGGCAGAACAGGAUUAUACUAGGAUACAACGGUGUACUAAGAACUCACAAUAACUCACAACACUCGAAAGACAAAACAACUGCUGUAAAACAUAACGAAGCAAAGGUCCAUUUGCAGCAAAACAAUUACGUCUCAGUGCUCCACGGUAAAAUGAUGCUUCCUCUGUCCUUGGUCAAACCAAGAGUAAUUACAGAGCGGUCAUGUCAGAGAGCGGUCCACAGCGCUCACUGCUGCUCAGAGAAAGAAGGGCUGAAAAGAGAUGAAGGAAAUGUGAGGAGCAAUGAGUGAGGAGACACAAGAGCAGCCUUCACCGAGGUCCUUCAGUGGACAGACUGCCCCUGUAUGAAAUGACAGCACCUGAUUAAACUCUAGACAGGGAGAUUAUCCAUGAUGGUUUCUGCUUUGGAUCAUAAUGUAAAUUAGUAACAACAAUACUGUGCCAUACUGUGGUCCCUUUGUCCUUCAGUAUGUAGUGAACAGGAUGCAUCCUUCCUUCCUUUCCUCACAGCAGAGUGUCCUUUUUCCCUCUAAACAAACAGGAGAGAGUGAAAUAUGACCAGGGCCGGACCAUUUACUUAAAAAAGGUAUUUUUGUUGCUCCUGUAGAACAAAGAGGGCAGCAGGCUUUCAUAUAAAUACUCAAAAAACUUUUAGAUGGAUAAUUAUGUCAAAAACGACCUCCUUUUCUUGUGAAACCUUUGCAGCUAAAAGUUUCUAAUAUUUCAGACUCCAGCUAUUUCUCAAAAAACUUGUUUUUGAUUUCACAUCACUGAAAUUUUGAAUUUACCUUUAAUUCAUUUUAAUAAAUUACUAAUUAUUGUUUUACCACCUCAGAGAUUCCAUAACUGGGUCAAAAACGGCCCACAUUAUAUUUCUAUGGGAUAUCAGAGAAACCUCCUCAUCAAGAUAUCAGAUCAGAGCAAAACUGUUUGGAAGUUAUGAAGCUGCAAAAGUAGAGACUACUGCAUCAUCAUCUACAAUUCUACAAACUAUUAUCACGACCCUAAUUAGGUAUAGAAACAUGCUGCAUGUGCAUAAAUGUUAUUACUUCAAAACGACAUACUAAAGUCUCAACUAAAUGAAAUGGUGGAAAAACGCUGCAAUCAGAGAAAGAAAUUACUGCUGCAUUAACUUCUCUCACAGCCUGAAGGAUAUCAUGUAAGAGAAAAGAUUGAAAGUUUAAGUGUUAGUGUCCACUUGCUGCUUGUUAUCGUUUACACGAGCCAUGUCUACAUAGAAUUUCUUGAUCCGAUUAAAAUUGUGAAGGAUUGGAAAAUCCAAAUCCACUGUUUAUAUGGAGACAAAAUCAAAUAAUCUGAUCAUGAUGUGCAUAUACAUGCCGCAAGCUUUAUUCAGAUUAGAAUCAUUUGGACAUGCGCAGAGUUGUCUAGUUUUGCUAAAACAACCACAGAAGAAGAAUUGUAUUUGUACCUGUGCUGUCAACAAACCAACAAACGCCGGAGUGGCUCACUUUAUCUGAUUCAGGAUUUUUCCCUCCACUCAAAGACCUGAGCCCGGUUCUGAGAGCGGUUGUGUUUCUCCUAGCGUACAUGAUCAUUAAGCGAGCCCAGCAGCACAUCCAGCAAGAGCGUGUCAGACACAGACCGAUUGCUCUUGGAUCCCGCCGUGUUUGCGGCUUGUAGGGCACACAUGUGCAGUCAGAUUAGUUUUGCCCCAACAGAGAGUCAUAAUCGGAAUAAGUGUUUACAUGGACGUGGUUCUGAAUAAUGAACAGCAUAAACCACCCCUCUCGAUCGGACUACAAUCUCUUUCCGUUUGAGCCGAUUUGGAUCAGAAUCUUCUGAUCAACAUGUUUACAUGACACAUUUUUUGUCUGCUUAUUUGUGUCCAUGUAAACGCAGCUGCUGUUUCACCUUGAAGAGUAUAUACUGAGAGUAUACCUGUAACCCUUUGAUUCUGCUGCACAUGUAAACACUGUACUGUAAUGGUGCUAUGUUCUCGCUCCAUCCUGUGGUGUCAGACAAAGAGAGACUGGAACGGCUGUCAGAGUCUGUCAGAGCUGACCCAGUUAAGCACUUUGAGUAAAAGUAUCAACACUCACAGUAAAGGAUAAUACCUCUGAUAAUAACAUUGACAGUAUUUGAUUCUUGAUACUCUGUUUUUAUGAAGCUGAAAAUCUGUGGCUUUUAAUUAGUUUCUGAUGAACUCAAAUAAAUCAGUGAUGGACUUCAUUCUUUCUACUGUAUCUUAACUUGUUGAUCAAAAACGAUCUGUUUCAAAGGCUUGUUGGUUUGGUUGUUUUUUUCUGUGAUUUAUCACCUGGCAGCAGGGGUUGUUACACACACACACACACACACACACACACGCACACACACACACACACUCUUGGUGAAAUGGUCCCAGAGGCUUAGGGCUGAACACGAAGUUCAUUCUUUAUGAAAAACAGAAAAUAGCACCGAAAGCGUUACAGAGGCAGCUGGACUUCCAAGAUCACAAAGAUUACUGGAGAACAACAAGACCUGAUAACAAGUCCUCUGUACUGCAUCAUGUGUGGAUAGUGUGCUCUAGUCAGCAGGACAUUUGACACAGAUACGCUCUGGAGGUCCAACCAUCGAGCAUAGGUUGGACUAUCUCUACCAAAUGUUACAGCUAGAAAUAUUGCAAAGGUAAUGAGCAGCCAGAAUUUCCCACACAAAGACUUUACCCCUGUUUAUUUAUUUGUUUAUUUAUUUAAUAUGGAGAAGGAUCAGAAUAAAAUCCAAACACUUGCAGCCUGACACUCUCUGUGCUGUGGAGCUGCUUUUACUGGAGCUUUGUGGGUCUUUACAAUUCAAUUGUCUUUAAAGUCAUCUACUGUUUAUGUAAGAAUUGUAAACGGUCUGUCUGGUUAAAGUCAUUUUCUGCUGUUCUUGUAGUCAAGUAAAGCCAUUCCCACACUAAGUUCAUUUGGAAACGUGAUAAAAUCAAAGAUUUCUUCAUUAGCUGGUUCUGCUGUGGUGUAGUUGGACUUUAAAAACAGAUGAAAACUGCUCUGAUUUAUGGUUCUAUUAUGAAAACAAAAAGAAAUCAGUGAAUUGGGACGAAGAUUAUGGUGAAAAAAAACGGAUACAGAUUUUUCUCAAACAUUCAGCAGGUACAUGUUGCAGUUCAAAGCAUCUUUUUGCACCUAAAUUAAAGACUACACCUCAGUGACGUCCUAAGGUAUCUGUGUGUCAUUAUAGUCGUAUUUGUAUGUUUUAUUUGUUUGUGACUCAGUUUUUUAGUUCAUUUGUAUUUAAGGCCACCGUAGUAUUCUGUAAAUCACAUGAAGUUCAGACCUCUAAGACAUUUUUCUUUGGCCAUCAUAAAUUUUGGUGAGCUUGUAAAUGUCUCAGUUUGAUUACAGACCAAACUUGAGCUGAUUUUCAAAUGUGGAAAUUACCUGAAACUCAUUAAGUCAAAUUUGAGAUUCAUCAAACGAGGAGGAGGAAGAAAUAAAUAUGAAUUAUAGUUUCUUGUUCUCCAGCUGGGUCCUUACACCUUCCCAGUACUCGGGUUUUAUUUGUGUUAGAUUAUGUAAAUUAUGUUUUCAGCAUUAGUUUUCUUUCGUUCUUUUGUAUCAGACAGAACAUCAGCUGUCAAAAGUACGCUUCACACAAUCAUCACGUCUGCAGAAACAUGUCAGGUGAGAGAAAAUAAGAGAGCACUGUCUGAUACAAAAGAACGAAAGAAAACUAGUUACCUAAAAAGACAGAAUGAACCUGAAACACUCAUAUGUUUGAGCAUUUUCAGGGUUUGGGUUUCUUAUAUAUGGAAAAAAUAGGAGCUGAUCUAAUUUAAGAGCCCAGCUGACCCAUACGAAAGUACAAGCUCCUCAAUCUCCUGACUCAACCCAGCCUGGACUCGAACAGGCCUGGACACGAUUCCCUACAUCAUUACCCGACAGAUACACGGAGGAGAACAAGAGUGCAACCUCAGACUUGGUGUCAGAGUUCAGAGCCUUUUUUUUCUGCCAUCCGUCACUUAAAACCCAGAAUUACACAACAACUACAGAAUACAUGCACUCUGAAAAGCAAGUUAAUGAACAUUUACCAGCGCUGAAGGACCAAAAACACAACGGCCACACAAUAAAGACAGCUAUGAGCGAUGGAAGAGGAAAUCUAGAGCCUGAAAAAUACAGAAUACCCCCUCUUGAAUCCUCGACCCCACCUUCAAACCCAUAAAAACACAGUAAAAUAAAGUGAUUCGAAAUGGGCCAUUGAUUAAUUCAAUUCAAUUCCACAAUAUGUUAUUGGGGUUAUAUGUAACUAUUUGUGAUAGUGGAUCUGACACCAGUGACCCCUGUUUCCGUCCAGUGGAGGACUACCUGGACUCGGAUAGCAGACUGGACUGGUCUAAGAACUCUGAACAGUGGCGAUUGCUCUAAGACUGCAAGGGAAGCUCGGCUUCCCUUAAAAUGUCACCCCCCAAAAAAAAAGAAAAAGUGGUGAAAUACGUACGGCUGUGUGUACAUUUCAUUAACUAAAUACGCACUAGAAAGCCUUCAUCUUUUGUUCAGACACUGUGAUAAGAAGCUGAUAAUCACAGGUAAACGGCAUAACUUCGUUCUCAUUCAUCCUCGCAGCGCCUCAGCGCUUUAAACAGCCGGACGCUGGGCUUCUGCUGACUUCAAUGUGGAAGCUUAAAGUGGGUUGUUCCAGCAGCGAAACUAGACGCUCAUUGGAUAAAUGCUGGGCUUUGUCCCGCCCAUCGGAAGCCCAGCUUCACUGGAGUUCUAUGGCGAGAGGGCGGUCCCGACUUUCUCCCGGACUCCAAGCUUCUGCAUUCAUGAUUGGAUGAGCUGUCUGAGGCGAAACCUUUUUUGAUUGACAGCUAAACAAGCGAAUCAGCGAUCUUGAAGAAUAAAACAUCUACCAGAGCAUUUUCCAAGUUAUUCAUUCCGUUGUUCUUAACUGCUCCGGAGACUUUACCGAUCCUCAGCGACUUUUGUCUUUGUUAAAAACGACUGCUGUUGUGUUUGGCGACUCUGUUCUGUUACAUACUAAUAAACAAAUACAAUUAUGAUGUAGGCCAGAAAAAUGAGCUUCCCCUCCUUGAAAGACCAGCAGCCGCCACUGACUCUGAAGUAGUCUAUAAAGUGGUCUACAAGAAGGGCUUCAGCCGCCUCUAUGUCCUCAGGAGGUCCUUCAACAUUUACAGGACCAUGCUGAGGAGGUUCUAUGAGUCUUUGGAGGCCAGUGUGAUCCUGUUGUCAAAGCUACAUGUAAUCUUGGACAGCAUCCACCAACCCCCCCGUAACAUGCUGGUUAAACACAGGAGAACAUUUCCGCUCAUUCCCCCAGAGUCCACCACAGAGCGUCACAGGAAGUCAUUCUUGUCUGUGAUCAAACAUCAUAACUCCUCCCUCUAACUGUCCCUGGACUUGACCUCAAGCUGUCAACUUUCCCACUACAUUUAGUUAAAUUCAACCUUACAAUCUGUUUGUAAAUCAUCAUAACCUCAAUAAUCUAACGCUGAUAAUAACAUUUAUAAUACAUAAUAACAUGACAUUUUGGAUUUGAUAGAAACCGGACUAUUUCAAUGAUUGGUUCGUCAUUUUUCUUCCACAGGUGAAGACGCUCAUACUGCCCUCUGUCAGGACAACCCUCCACCCACAGAGGUAGCCUGUGAGCGGGCCUGUCCUGCAGACUGUGUGGUCAGCUCAUGGUCCCUCUGGUCGCCCUGCUCCCACAGCUGCACCUCUAAGUCGGCAGAAGGUCGACAGAGCCGGACUCGUACUGUGUUGGCGAUCCCAGGUGAUUGUAAUAUUCAUCAGUUUGUUUCCUCAUGAAUUUCUCCAUGUUCGUUCUUCCUCCAGAAUAACACGUUAAAUUUUACAGCAGUCACGGUUUCCUCCGAUCAUCUCCAAACUGUGAUCUGUUACACCACUUGUCGAUGACCUUAUUGACUUCCAUUAAAACCGAGCACCCUGUGAAAGGCUCGCUAUUGUUCCCUUGUGCAUUCAGGUCAGUUCAGGGUCAUUGCCGACUCUCUUGGAAAUCGGAAAGAGGCCCCAGUUAAAGAGCCGGAAUGAAAAAGGAUCUGAGCAAUAAUCUUAUUGAGGGGAUAUUUCAGCGUUGUUGUAGUGGAGGUCUAUGAGUGUCAUGUUACUAUUAAAUUUACUCGCCACAAUGGAUGCUAUUCAGUUGUGAGCCUUAAAUAAGAAACUGAUGGUACUUGGGCAGCAGAUUUUUACGGACAGGGUCAAGUUGGCCGCUUCCUUUAUCCAGUUUUGUGAGGAAACACUCAUCUUCAUUCAUGUACUUGAAUCCCACGUCAAACAAAAUGAAAUAUCCCUCCAGGAUUGUUGUAUAAAUGUGGUGUGAGUGUUUUUAAGACUACACAGCCAGCUGCUGUUCAGGUCAUGUCAGGGUUUCAUAGACUGGAUAAACUAUAGACGACUUGGCUCCACCUUCAGUCAGUAUAUGGAUUUGAAGCCGAAUUGCUCUCAGUAUUUCUGGGAUUUUCUCCACUUCCUGGAACCACCACUUCAGCGGAGGAGUGGCUCUGCUCAAACAGAGUAUCCUUCAGGCCAGCUACGUGAUCUUGGUACUCCCAUAGGCUGUAUCAGGUGUCAAUCAUGGUAAACAUGAACCUCCUAAUAACUUUUAAAAACUGAGCUGCACAGAAUAAGAGGACUUGAGCACAAACCAGUCUGACAGUAACUACAUGUCAACAUCACAACCAGGGGGGAGAAACAUUUAUAUUCUGUGUCAUUCAUUUAUAAAGUUUGUCCGCAGCUCCAUAAGGAUUGCUGGAUUUAUGACCUAUACUGCAACCCCUCACUAGAGGGUGCUGUUCUCAGGGUGGCUCCAUCCAGCGAGGAGGCAGACGGCGUCCAUAUAAUAAAUGUACAUAGAGCAAGUCGGCCACAACAGGCAGGGGAGAUUUCGAUUUAUUAGACGGCAAACAGUCAUUGAUAUUCGCUCCAGGCUUCUGAUAACUAUCCAGAGCUUGUUUCCAUAUGUAAAAUCUAUUAUGGAUUUGUGCAAAACCUGUAAUUUCUGCACAGCUAGGAUUCAGUGAUGGAAGAGCACCAGUUAAUGCUUCUCAGAGACAUGACAGAACUCUGAAACCUGUUCAGUUACGCAGUCUUAUCUUUGAAUCUUGUGUUUUUAUGGCCAGAAGGGAAGCAGUGUGCAUCAAAUCUAACCCUAGAGGAGUGGAGGGUCUGCAAUGAUCACCCCUGUGGGGUGUUCUACUGGGAGGCCUCAGUCUGGGGUCCCUGUGUUGAAGAUCCCCCAGUGGAUGCUAAUGGAACUGGCCACUGGAACAGGACCACCACCUGUGUGAUGGGUGUUCAGAUGCGAGAAGUUAUCUGCAUGAAGGUGACCUUUGGACCCGUCCAAAAUAAAAGGUAGGAUCUCCAAACACGUAUAAAAAUGUUCUUCUGAUUUCUAUAAGGAGUAAUGUUUACUGUGUGUUUACAGUGAGUGAUUUUGUACACCAGGUUAGAUCCUCAUACCAGAAUGUAGGCCUGUUAUAAUUCUGAUGUGAGGUAGUAGCUGUGGUGUUGGUGGUAGUUAAUAUGUUAGAGGAGAGGCAUGUCUUUGAACGCACCUUAACAGUCUGUGGGGAGUGAAACAGCAGGUCGUCUCCUUUCUUUCUGCUCUUUUGUCCUUGGAUGGUGUUCAGCUAAAUGUGAUUAUCAGUUUCACAUGUUGGCUUUCUUCAGUGCUUGACUCCCACCGUCUGUGUUCUUAGAUGAAUCCAUUUUCUUUUCUUAUGUCGUGUUUAAAGCUGUGUAAAGCUUUAAAAAAAAAGGAUCAAUAUUUAUUUUAUUAUGUUGUAAAGAAAACACGUUCAGCCAGCAAACGUAUUCAAAUAUUCGCAUCAGAGAUUUUCCAAACUUAAAAUUUGGCGAGUACAGCUGGUGGUAAAAGUCAUUUUAAGGUAGUUUUUGCUUCAUUUCGUUCACCUUCUCUUGGCUUCAUAUGUCUUUGAAUGAUAAAAAUAAAAUAGAAUACUUCUUUUUCUUAUAUUUUAGUCAUUUUUGGGGUGGAGGCACAACCUCUAAUGUCCCAAAGACCCCAAAACACCCUGGAUUUGCAUGCUGGACAGAAACAUUUAACUGUGAUCUCAGCUGCAUCUCCAUCAACAUUGAUUUAGUUACUCAUUACUACACAACAUCUGACUAAAUAUGAUGUCCAGGACCCUUUCACAGGCGCUGUGUUGAGUAGUACAGACAGCUGCACAUGUAAAGUUGAGCAGUCCCGCUCACUUCACAGCUUUUCUGAGUUUCUGUGUUUAAAACUACAAAGAAUAUCAUGAACCAUCUCGGCGAUUUAAAUGAAGAAAUACUCAGAAAUGCAAUGUUGCUCUUACUUUUCUCAUUACAUGCCCUGUAGCAUCAGAAAAAUAUCAUAUAAACAUGUAAAAAACAAGAAAAAGAUGAUUUUCAUCAGAGUGGGUCUUUAAGCAGGACUGUAGUGUAACCGCCUACAACUAAACCAGAGCGAGCAGAACUGAGCCCUCACACUAUUAUGCAUGUGGGGAUGUGGUGCAUGUGGGGAUGUGGUCUGGCUGCAGAGUAAGUUUCCACUGAGGUAUCUUCAUCAGACAUCAGACUGGUCAGAAGCGCUCCGACUGUUUCCCUGAGUGAGAGAAUUUCAUGUUUAUUCACUGCAUGGCCUUGUGCUGUGACAGAAAUUCAAUGUUAGCAUGUAGAUGUGCUGAGAAGAGGGCCAGCAUGUCCAGUUUAAGGCAGUUUUGACCCUGUAGGUUUGACUUACAGCAUUAAAUCAUGAUAACAGACUUUUUUUGCCAACAUGGAAUGGGUCUGUCAUCGUAAACGUAAACUGUCAUGAAUUACAGAGAUGAACUGAUAAAAAGCUUUAGUUUGAAGAAUCCCGUUUUCGAUGUGACAGUUCUGAAGCUCGUCUUUGGAUGACGGUGAAUACACAGCAAACUUAAGUCUCUGCGGUUACUAAAAAAACAGACAAAAGGGUCGACGUCACUUAUACACACCCACUUUAUAUCUACUCCGGCUGCUCAUUAGUAAAUCUGAUAGCUGCUUGUUGUUCACACUUUGUUAACAACAUGCUUAGGCACAGGAAAUUUUCAACACUUCUGACGCAACUGCAAAGUUUGUUUGUUUCAAGGACGUGUUCGAGCCCCAGAUGUGUUAAUUAUUUGGCACCAUGUAAGGCGGAGUUAUUAAGAUUUGUUCCAGUCGAGUCCAAGUGCUAAUUUUAGAGUUUGGGCCCAAAGUCUCUCAACUCAAACAUUCAGCCAUUAUUCAGGUAAACAGGGACGGAAAUCCAAAACUGGAUCCGACUAGUUUGGAGUCAUCAACCUUAUUUGCCUUCAUGCUUAACAAUCCCCCACCGAGUCUUUCCAUUUUGUUUGAAACAACAAUGAAUCAUGAGAGGCAGUCAGGGGACAACGGCCUCGGGAGUAAUCGUAGCAGACAGAAGAUAUGAGCAGACCAAAAGGCUGUCGCAUAAAGAUAAGUGUUAUUGUGAUAAUUAAACCAGCUUCAAUACUUGAAUGGUUGGAUCGAUAUGAGUAAGUUUCAAUGAUAAUUAAAAUCAACUGUCUCCGUUAGACCGUCAGCUUUUCAGUAAUGAACUCUGUGUUUCUGUGACAUCCAUGAGCUCGUCCAAAACAAAGGUGAUCUGUGAGGGUUGAGAGUUUUUUCAGCAGUGGUUGAACUAUUGCUUUUUUAAACUGGUAGGAGCAGUUGUCAGUGAUUAUUAGUGUUAAUUAUGAUGAGGAAACAUGAACUAAUUGGCUCAUAAUUCUCCUUCAGAAAUCUCAUUGACAGACUGUCAAGAAUACAGGAGGAGUGUUUCAUUUUGACGAUCACCUGAGUUAACGAAUCAACUUAGACAAAAUUAAAAGACUGAGAGACAUCUGGAGUUGUAAAAAAAACUGUUUAGUUUCAAGUAGGAGGAUAAAAAAUGUUGAUAAAAAAGUGUAAAAUAAUUCCUCACAUUUCUCAGGGUCUAACAUCUGAUCCAGCUGUUAGCUGUGAGCCUCUUCCUGUCCACAUGGAGAACCCUGAAGGGUCCAUUUGAUGUGUUAUUCUUCAUCUGCCAUCUUUGUUCAGUAGUUAGUCUGGAUGACGUUUUUACUAAGACACUAAUGUCAUUUAUAAACUUUACAUGAAAUAUUUUAAAGAUACAUCAUCAAACUUGGUUUUACUCUUGAUGAUAAAGGUGAAGAUCAGUAACAGAACAGUCAGACGUGACCAACAUUAACCUGCUCACCAAAGCGUUAGGCAUUAUUUCCCAAGCUGCUUUGCUGCCGCGCCCUCUGGCAUGCAUCGCUGCAAAGAGGGAGACAGAACAAGGUAAAAGGGUGUAUUCUGUCAAUCUGCUCUUUUUAUGCUUCGGCACACUUUGAUCUUAUUGAUGUGAAUGCUGCCUUAUUGAUGUUGUUAGGAUGUGGCACCCUGCUGUGUCUCCAGUAAGACCCAGAUCUUCAUGUAGAUGUUUGUGUGUGUGUGCGUGCGUGCAUGCGUGUGUGUGUGUGUCUGAGUGGAUAGGUGGGCUUGUGAAGGAAUUGUUGCUGUUGGAGGAGACAUGAAGGCUUGGACUGAGUCGAUUUUCAGUUUACACUUAACACUCAACAGCCUGGAUGAGAGAGAAAUGACACCCUAUAAUAUAUAUACAGUAUAUAUAUAUAUAUAUAUAUGUAACGCACAUGACUACAAAAGUCCGUGGAAGCACCUGCUGAUGGUGUCUGUGACGUGGCGGAGAGGACAGAUUAGUGAACCACCAGCAUUUCUUUAUUUUCCCAGUUUAUACAUGCUGUGCUGUGCUGUGCUUCUACACCCAUGCUGUGAAUAAAAUCAGUGAUUGGUCUUUAAACGCUCCGUAUAUUUUGGAACAAAGUUGUCAUUUACAUGUGAAAAUAUGAAUUUGAAUUAUAGAUUUUGACCAUUAAAAGUACUUUGUCACCCGUAAUCCCAGUCUCUUUUAUACUGGGCCAAAUGGGGGGCUUAAUGAUGCACUGGUACUCCCUUGUAUAACUCUGCAUGACUACACCAUCAUUCAGUGUCUUGUGCCUCACCAACAUUUACUGACAGGCUGUCAUUACAGUCUUGGUCUCAGGCCUGGUAAAAACUGACAGCUGUGCUGCUGACUGGCCCUUCAACACUCAGAGCUGUGGAAGUGGGGGAAUCCAUUCCAGAGCAUCUGUGCUGUGUCUUGCUACGCUGUUCAAAAAGUCCCUCUUGUUUGCAUUCAAGACAGAUGGACUUCAAUUAGAGAAAAGAAAAAAACAGAAAAUCCUCUCCGACUCUGGAUAAAAAUAUCUUCUCACAGUAUUUGUGUCGGUUACUCAACAGUGUGCUUUAAAGGUGUACUCAAUAACUCAAUGACUCCUUUACCACAUUUACCUUCACCAAUCAUACCCAUGCCUGACAGUCAGUAGUGAAACCGUGAUUUGUUCAGAGUGUACACACAGCAUUAUUAUUAUUUUGGAGCCUGGACUGCAGAACUCCAGGUCACCAGUCAAGAGCAGGGCCCUACUUCAAGACCUCAGCCAGGAAUCAGGCUCUUUGGGAGGCAGCAGCUGACAGAUAUAGGCACGGGCCGGACUUUACAAGGCGUUAACUGCGAGCAGUAAAGUCUUCGGUCAUUAUCACAAAUGAUGGUCCAGAGGACUCUGGGUUAGCGACACUGAUGUGCUUUCAUGUGGUGUAGUUUGAUUUACCUGGACAGAUCACAGAACAGACAUCCAUCCUCAAUGACAACACUAGAGUUAGGAUGUCAUGUUCAUUUCAACCGCAGCAUCAAAUCCAAGUGGGAAACGGUUUCCUGAGAAUAUUUCAGAAAAAUCAUUUCCAACACCAACUCCUUUUUGUUUUCCAUCUCACUGUUAUCAAAGUUUUUGUCCUAGUUUGUUAAUCUCUUGCCAAAACUGUCCAACUUUAACGCUUUUCAUUUUUUUUAACUGCCUUUUAUAGAUCCUUAACCUUUUAUGUUGGAUUCAGUUAGAUAGUUAUUGUAUUGUAUUGUACAUACAUACAGGGGUAUUUGUGAUUUCACUAUUCUGUCACCAUUGUGGGACAUUUUUUAGUUAUUGACUAGAAAAACAAGAAUUUCACUUUUUAUUUGCAUGUUUAGGUGUUCGGACUCUGCUCGUCCAGAAACCGUCCGACCCUGUCUGCUUCCCUGUAAGAAAGACUGCAUCGUCACGCCCUUCAGUGAAUGGACAGCCUGCCCUUCAGCCUGUAUGCCAGGUAGCUCUCUCAUCUUCAUCCAUUUCCAACACAACCUUUUAAAAAUGAAAGAGGACACCAUCUUUUAAAAAUCACAGGUUAUAAAGAAGUACAUGUGAUUGAAUUUACAAAGUUUUAAAUGAGUUUCUAUCUCUUAUCUACUUAUAUUUAAAAUAACAUCCUUUGUUCCUCUGCUUACCAUCAAGAGUUCUUUAGAUGCUUCUGUGUUUGAUAAUUUUCUAUUGAAACCAUCUUAAUUUUUCUGAACUCUCAAAUGCUGUUGAACUUUAUUUAGUCAUGUGUGUUUUUAUGGAUCAUCCUGAAGUGCUCUGUGAAUGAACGUAGACCUUCAUGAAAAUACGUUUCUGUGUACUUCAAAAAAACACCUGUUGGAGGCGCUCUGAGUGACCUGUUUUUAACGUGUUUUCACAAAACAUAUCACAUUUCUUCAACUCCACAAAAAGAAUGAUUCUGAUUAUUAUGAUGAAUUAUAUAUGAUGGUAUUUAUGGUUAUUCAUCCUUCCAUUAAUAUUCACUGUUAUCCACACCCAUAUCACUGGAUUACCACAGACACAACACUGUGUGUGAAGUCCCUGUUAGCUUUAGUGAGCCGUUCUCUCUCUGUGGACGAGGUUGGACAGAGGAUCUUCUGGACAGGUUCAGGUUCAGGUCCCUGUUCUGUGUUUGGGUUGUAUAUUUUCUAGUCAGAGUUGGAGUCGUUGUUCCAGCCGGGGCUGCAGCUGAUGCCUUUUGUCCUCAACAUCUCUCAGAUUGCUGAGCCACUCAAAGCCCCAAAGACGAAAGGAGGACAAUCAUCUGGUCAGCGCUCCGUCAAACGGAGAUUAACCUCAAACAGCAUCUGGUGGAACCACUUGUCCUGGGCCAACCCGACUUCAGUGCCCAGAGUCUGGUGGAUAUAAAAGCCAGCGAGGUUGUAUUUAGGGUGGUACUGGCCUAGAAAACAGACCAUGGAGCUGAAGAAGUUCUUGCUUUUGCUGGUUUUAGCCUUAAUCUAACUGGGAGAAAAUAUGACCCCACAUCGGCGGUGGUGUGAGCCCAGAAGGAGAGAACCUACUUGGCAGGUCAGCACCGUGUUGACUGAUUUUACUCUCUUCUGUGAGAGUUUAAAACAACCACAUCCAGAACUCGACUCAUCAUCCAGAUGCUCUCCAGGCUUCAAGAGUUCACCGUCACCCUGUGCCAGAUGCUCUCUCUAAAUCCACAACAGGACCUUCUCCUGUUUGUGCUGCUAUCAUGUUUUUCCUCUUUUUAACUGAGGCAAGAGUCGAGGGUUCAGCAGGAAGACUCGACGUUCAGUACCAGAGACGGGUUAGAAAUGGAGAGGUGGUCAUCAGUUCAAACGCCGUAAUGGCUGCUCUCCCUAACAUAACAGCCGCCCACCCCGAUAAAACCAGCCGUCAGAUUUUCAGAUUUCCAGUUAACCUGCCAUCAUUCACCAGUGGACACAAGGCGUCAGUUGGUCCAUUUCUCGAAAGCUCCGUUCAUAAAUAUUCUUUCUACGAUUAUUUUGAGUGUUUGCCAUAAAGAUGGACACCACAGAGACAAUCUCCCAAGUCCUGAUGAAAGAGAUCCUGAGAUCCCGACUUCAUCCUCUCUGAUUGUAGGACACAAGUUAACAGCAGCCUCAAACCUCAAACUACUCCAGGCUCCCAUGUGUCCCUUUGGACUCUGCUCAUGUUCAUCAGAAGAGGAACUACGACAAGCAUCAACGACAAAGUGUCUUUGGAAGAAUCAGACCUGAGAGUUUUCUCACAUUGUUCCUCGAACUCUGAAGAGGGAUCUGCAGAGAAACACCAAGAUCAUCCAGCUGACAGCUCAUCUGUUUUAACAGUUUAAAGAUAAUGAUCAUGAUAAUAACGACCCACAAUAACGAUCAGCUGGGGUUGGAAUUCCAGGUCAAAACUGCACUUUGGUAAGAGGGGAGGAUUUUCACUUCUGCUCACCACCAACAACUCAUGAAUUCAAUCAUCCUGUCAUGUUCCUGUUUUUUAACACCUGAUAAUAACCUCAUAAUUUCAAAGUACUUCCUGUAUAUUUGACCAUUCUCUUGUCUUUUCUGAACAUGUGAUGCUGUUUAGAUUUUAAAUUAAGGGAACCUUCCCAAAUGGAUAAAUACAGUUGUAUCUAAUCUAAUUUAAUCUAAUCUAUUGCAUGUAGUUCAGUCUUUCACCUGCUGCUUUUUUAUUCCAGGUUGAGCAACAAAAUAUAUCACAAAAUUUUGCUUUUUAACAAUCCAGUCCUUGAAAGACCUGGAAUUAAUCUUUUGAUCCUCCAGUCAAUGAUUGUGAAGUUGUCUCCAAAGUGCAGAGAAGGUCCUAAAUGUGCAGCAUCCUCCAUUUUCAGUUACCGUUAAUGUGAAGGGGUGAGGGCGAGAACACUGAGAAUAGUGAGAAUAAAGCGUUUUCAUUGGUUGGAUGAUGGAAGCUCACAUUGUGGUUAAAAGUCUAAAAGCAGUUUUCUCAGACUGUCUGAAAUAUAGGGCCACAUUUCCAGAGAAAGCAUGAGUCACUCUGUCCUCAGAAAAGCAGCAUGGGAUCAUUUUCAAAGACUGUUUUGGUCUGAUUCUCUCAAUAGUCUGCUGCUUAUCGAAGGAACAGCAGAAAAAGAUCAUUUUUUUACUCUUAUCACAUUUUGUUCGACAUGGAAAAGCUGUUCGAUGAAGUGUCUGUAACAGGUAACAGACAUUUAGCACAUCUUUGAUCAUACAGAUCAUUGUUAUGUUGGUAUUUUUUCAGGUUCUGUAGGUCAUUUUGGGACCUUUUCUGAACCUUUUAUGUUUAAAGGAAGAAACACUUGCAUGUGGAGAAACAAGAUUUGGAAAAUAUAUUUUGAAUUACAAAUAAAAUGUGUUUGUAGGAUUAACUCUGUCCUUGAAUAUUUGCAGAUCUGCAAACUUUAAUUAGGACUUUGUGUAAAAUGUGAAUAAAAACCAAAUAGAAUGAUUAGCAAAUCAUUUUCUACCUUCUUUAAUUAAAUACACUAAAAAUAAAGAUAUUCAAUGUUGAUUGUUAUUUUUGAAUUCACUCAUUUAGGCAAAUAAUUCAAUAAUUUAAGAAGAAGGUCUGUCAACGUACAACUGCAGGAAUUUAAAGAUUGGAUCAUCUGCAUAAAAUAAAAUCAUCAAAAGAUUUAGAGAAUCCAGAGAAAUCUGUGCAGGUCAGCAACAAGACCCCAAACCAACAUUGAACAUACAAGUUCAAACUCUACUGUGCAAAGACAAAGACAGACGUCAACAACAGCCAGAGACACCAUCAGCUCAUCUGAGAUGGACUGACCCAAAGUGUAAAAUUCUGCUCUGGUCUGACGAGUCCACGUUUCAAACAGUCUUUGGAAAUCAUGGAUGUGGAAAAGUACCAUCCAGACUCUUCUCAGGUCAGAGUUCAAAGCCAGCAUCUGUGAUGGUCUGGGGGGUGUGUUAGAGUCCAUGGCUGACUGUCACAUCUGUGAAGGCUUCAUUAAUACUGAGAGGUACAAACAGGUUAAGGAGCAACAUCUGCUGCCAUCAGGUCCGUCUUUUUCAGGGACACCCCUCCGUAUUUCAGAGAGACAACGCCAAGACUCAUUUUACACAAAGGCUUACAGAGUGUUGUUAAAGGAAAGGUGAGAAACAGAGAGAAACAUGAACCUGAACCAGCUUUUUAGAAGUUACAGCAUCAAAUUCAACAUGAGUGAAUGUUUAAAAAAAAAAAACAAUCAAGUUUAUCAGUUUAAACAUUUAAUAUCUCUGCCAUGAAUCUGGGGUUUGUAUCAUAUUAGUUAUUUAUGACACUGAAGAUAUAAUCACAGAAUACUUAAAACAUGACAAAAAGUCUAUUUUAAUCAUCAUUUUAAUGAGUAGGCUUCAUAUCAUUUAUAACAAACUGUUUACAUUUCAUUUUAAGCAGUUUUCUUAAAUAAAUUUCAAAUAGCUGUAUGUUGAACUGAAGCAUCUCUUGAAGAAAAAAAACACAAAGUUGUUCUAGAAAAACAACUUUACCUGAAAAGAGAUCAUCUUUAGUGUUCGCUGGGGAAAUUCACCAGGACCAAAGAGCAGAGGGCGAGAUUAUCUCAAAACCUUCCAUAGAAAAAAGGAUGAAUCUGAAUUUAAUUAUAGAGAAGCUCACACUAUGUGAUGGAAAAUUAUUUUUUUUUACCUUGAAUAUGUCCCAUAAUAAAUAAUUUAUUCCAACAUUUAUGUAAAUGAACGAAUAUUAAAAUCACGUUCCUCUACAGUUAAUCCCAAAAAGUGACUUCAUGACGAGUCAAAAAACUCGUUAGACUGAAAACAGAGUGAAAUUUUUCUCUGACAAAAGGAGGAAUAAAUUCAGUGAAUUUUAAUAAAACGACUUUAUCUUAGAAAUAAUUUUAAACAACCGUGAUUCAGUCUGAAGAAGAGAGCUGACACAGUACAGGUACAGGUAGGGGUGGACCAAGCCUUCCAAUGAGGAUUCACAACAUUGUCUGUUCGGUAAUCAGAGUUGUGUAAUGAAGCUUUGAAUAUAAUCCAGAUGAAGCUCUUCCACUGGGCUGAGUCGAACAAUGACUCAAGUGGUGACCGCCACAAAGGAGAGGAGGGAGAAUCCACUUGGAGAUACUUUCUUUUGAAACCUGUCUUUAAGUUAUUACUCUCUGGCAGCAACACUGGAGCUCCAUUUAAUUAAUGCACACUAUAAGCCUCAGAACCAUUUAACUUUGUCUGUCUCCUUCAAACAUUUAAAUACAACUGGCAAACCAAUUUUCUACUUAAUGGGAUAUCCUGGUGCUUUUGAAAAAGGGUUUUGGGAGUUACAUGUUACUCGUACAUGUGCCGGUCCUGCUGGGAGAAACACGACACAGAGUAUGCUGUGUUUUUUUGUAGGAGCUGACUCUGUGACACAGUUCAGGUGCUCUUUUUGUUUGCUGCACACUGAUCAUCCCACCACUUGCUGUCAUGAGUGAGACCAGUGCUGUUCUGAAGAGUGUUCAGGAGUUAAAUCAGAAAAGCAGCAAGAACGUGUGUCUUCAGAGUGAAUGUUUGACUCUCAUUUUCAGUUUCCUUUUGGAAAUACUUCGUCUUGUUUGAAGGAGAUCCUCCACAGACCAUUAUGUGAUAUUUGAUUUUAAUACUGUAAAACAUGUAUGAAUGAAACCCAUCUGUAAUAAAAUGACGUGUUUAUUUGUUCUCAAUCUCUCUUGACUCCACUGAACUCCUCAUCGUUGCACUAUUGCGCGACUGUCUUGUACAUACAAGUUAAAUGUCCAGUUAAAGCUGUACAUACUUUGUCAAAAAGAGCAAAGUUAACCAGAGUCAAAUCCUUGUUUGUGUUGACGUAUACUUGGCCUAUAAAGCUGAUUCUGAUUCAGGGGAAAUACACUGACUAAAAAGACUGAACUGUAACUCUGUGCCCAUGACUGUAUCUGCCAUGUAAUCUUAAAUAUGGAACUGGGAAGUAAAACAGUUUACCAGUGACUCACUCAUCAUAUACAGGAUUAAAAGAUGGGCAGAGCCAACAGACAUCCACUGUGUCUAAUACACUUAUCUUUGACAUGUCACUCAUACAACCCCACCUCUAAAGUUCUGACGUAUCCCCUCAGCCUUCUCCUAAAGAUUGUGUUUGUCAAACAGAGAAUACCACUGCCACGACACAGUCUCGAUACAGGAUCAUCAUCCAGAGGUCUGCAAACGGGGGUCAAGAGUGUCCGGACACCCUGCACGAGGAGAGAGACUGUGAAUUACUCCCAGUAUGUCCAGUGUACAGGUAGGAGCAUCUUUCAUAUAUGUGCACUGUAUUUAUAUCUGAUAUCCUGCAAACCUCAUCUGUAUGGUGGGAUGAUGCUCAUGAGAAGUCACAAAUGAAAUGAAGUAGUAAAUUAUUAACAACAGGAGUUCAGGACCUUCCUGGAUUCCUGCAGCGUCAACAACACCCUGAGUUCUCUUCUUCACUAAAGGCCGAUGUUUUGCUGCCAUGAGCUAAACUCUUUGGAGACGAGACGUUUUCCAGCAGCUGCUGCACUUGUUUCUCGAGCUGAGAGGAGUUUAGAGGUUAGAAAACAGAAAAACUCAGGUUUCAUUAACUGGACUGUAGUCCUUGUGACGGUUUACCAUCAUCAGGUGAAACUGGAGUUAUAGACAGAAGCAUGUUUGCCUCCACUGUAGCGACAGUGACAGUGUUACAGUAAUGAACACUCUACAUUAAUGCUUUACAGGUUUUUUUGACAGUUCCUACAAUCCUCCUGAUGUAAAUGCUGUGUACAGACACACAGCGCUGUACGACCUACUCUGAAGUUUCUCUUUGUUGGUUUGUUUUAGGUGGAAGACACACAGGUGGCACAGUUGUGUUCUGGUUCCAGAUUCAGUUGGACAAGGACCUUCAGGACCAGGAGAGACCUGUGGACAUGGUUUAGAAAAGAGAGGCAAGUCUGACCUGUUUUUUAAUCAAUGAAUGACCGAUGAAUUGAUUAGAUGAAUAAUAGCCAUUCAGUUCAUCAAUGUUAUCGUAUUCAUUUAUACGUCUGCUGAUUGCAGAGAAAUAAGGAAACAGUUUAUUUGAAUGUUUGGUGUCGGUGUGUUUAAUGGUGGAGCUACAACAUGACAUCCAACCCUGUUCAUAAUCAUAAUAAAAUCACGUCUAUAACGUAAUAAAGUCUCAGCAGAUAAUGUCAUAAUGUACCAAUUUAUUACAUUAGGUACUGAUUAUUAAAUUAUGAACUUUUAUUACAUUUAAGUCAUUACAUUAUGAGCUGUUAUUACAUUAUUAGUAGCUACAUGUACGCCUGUACAACACCUUUAGUGAAACUGACUUUCAUAAGGAGGAACUCUUGAUAAAGGAGUAUUUUUCCUAACAGGUUAUAAACUUAAAACAGUACACUUAAGAAGACUUAAUGGUCCUUUCAGUACUUCUCCACAACAUUUGAGAGAAGGGAUUUGGUCCAGGUAAUUUGAGGAGAAUACUGAUCAGUCUGUGGGUAAUGAUUUCACCAUGGCCUCGAGCAGCAGAUCGUAGAGCCCCAGGCUCAAAUUGGAAACAGGUUUGGACGAAACACUCGGCGAUGUAACAUCACACUGGUCGGUUUGGCCCUCUCAUAAAAGUCUUAUGAUGAAACGAUAAAUAUGUACCAACCAGCUUGGGACAACAGAGUGUUAAAAUGAAAAGGGAAUUAAAUUCUACAUAAAAGUCACAGGAUAUAAAUAAUAAUUAAAUAAUUAACAGAGAGAGAAAAAAGGUACAGGAGCCAAAAAGAUGAUUUUUACUCUCAGUCCCUUUUGAUUUGAAGCUCCAUCAGUCCUUGUUUGUCCCCAAAACAGACAUGCAGAUAAGUGCGAUUAAAACUGAGCAGCUGAGUAUGACCCCCUCUCCUCGUCCUCGGCCAAAUCAUAUGUGGGUGAAUUCAUCUGUUCAUGUUAACUUAAUCUUUUUAUACAGGCAUAUAAAAUCAGAGGAUAUAUGCAAGAUGGGAAACAUUUACAAGUGCUUUUCCACCUCUAACCAAAAUAUGACGGUGAUUACAGUGAUUAUGCGCAUAUAUGAAUUUACUGCAUAUUUGGGAUAUGAUAUAUUCUGAUUUAUUGAUCAAAAAACCAGACAUCCUCAUGCAUGCAUCCUAUUGCUAAGAAAUGAGGGCAAAGUUGAAAUUGUUCAAACGUCUCCCUCUCUUGGUCCCAGACUGCAGAACCUGCAGUUGUAUGUUUGACUGUAAAAACAUUAGAUGCAGAUUUGCACCCGAGCACACAAACUUGUCCUUAGACAUGUAGCCCACUCUUAGACAUCCAUAUCUAGUGGCAUGAAUUGUUUCGUUUAGUUUUGAUGAUGCUGAGUGGAUGAGAAAGUGCUUCAAACCCUCAGCAUCCAUGGAUGAAGCCCCAUGUCUGCAGCACCAACAGGGUUAAAAUAGAGCGUCGGCACAAUCUGCUGGAUCACUGUGGAACAGUGAAGUCUACAGCUCUGGUGAUCAGGUGACUGCUUAGAAAAAGGCUUCUUUAUGUCAUUUUAGUGCCAGUAACACAUGGUCAAAAAAACAUGCUUUUAAGGGAAGUCUAUUGUCCACAUUUUGGACAAACAAGGCUUAAUUUGAUCCUAACAUGAUGGUUUAAUCUAUCAAAAUGUGUCAAUCAACUCAAAAUAAUGAUGAUUAAAAUGAUGAGUGUCCUCCAAACGGAUGUAGUAGAAACUGAGGGUGAAAACAAAGUAAAGGAAGUGUGAAAGUGAAACUCAGAGACAAAAGUCCAACACCAAGUCAGAAUACAUGUUCACAUGAAAUCCAGCUGUAGCUCCUCUUUUAAAAACCUCCUAAAGAAGUGACUGUUUCUCCUCUUCUUCUCAAACACCCUCUGUUGCCACAAUGAAGACAAACUGUCUCUGUCAGAGAGCCCCAAGCUGAAAACAUCAAUCUCCUUCUCUGACUCUGAGGAGGACAAACAUUUACUGCCUGAUCCACUGGUGAUCUACCGGCUCAGGCUCUGAUAUGUGGCUCUGAACACUCACCCCUCACUGGAUUAACCACAGCACUGGCUGGAUGGGGGACUUCUUUUUGGUGCCACACCUCUCGUUGCUGGAGCUGCACCCCGGGUCUGUGAAAAUCAGUGGAUCAGUAAAAUUAGACACACUUGGUCCUUUUAUACUGUGUAUGGGACACAGAGUGGUGUGUCUUAAAGAGACAACUGUCCCAGUAGGUCCGUCCCUGAACGAACGUGUGCACAGACCCUAACCCUAACUUUGACUGGGUUAUUUUCCUCCUGUCCGUUCCUUCCGGGUGAUAAAACUGGUAAUAAAAGAAGCUCUGAGACUCCUCUCCUCAGAUGGUUCGGUCUUGUGUGUCUGAGUCGUUACCUGUUUUAUUUCGUAGAUCAUGUCUCUGAGUUUUUCUGUAUUUUGUUGAUUAUUUUCUGUACGACCUUUUAGGGUCCCUGCGUUACCUUAUAUUCUCCGUUUGUGUCUGCUUUGGUCUAACCUCCUUUAGGAAACCUCUUGUUCGUUUACUCUCAUUGGCUUCACCUUCUUCUUAUUUCCCCUCGUGUUUGAUUGCAUAUUAUUAUUAUUAAGUCUUCAACAAGAUGGUGAAUCAAAGGAACACUCAACACUUUUAUUAGUGAUUCACUGAUACAGCCCAAGUGGAUGUUACCAGAGCUUUACUUUGCCCUCCUUUCUCCAUUCUCUCAGUAUUAAUGACAUUUCUGGAGAGGGUCUCUGUGACUCUUUGUCGGUGACGGGAAAAGCUUCUGUUUUGUUCUCUGUUAAAAAAAUAAAUAAAUAACACGCCUCCUUGACCUUUAGAGAUUUCUAUUUGAGUAUGAUUAGAAAAUGGCGAAGUUAAAUACCUGUGACAUUUGAGAAACUCGAGUGUUUGUUUGAAAGUUGAAUAAAGAACAAAGAGUUUAGAUGAAGAUGAUGAACAGGAGUUUUUACAAGGUGAACUUUUUCUUUUGUUUCUACAGCUUUUUCUUUUUUAAUGAUGUCUUUCUUUUCUGUUUGGAGGUUUGAAAACGACAUUUUGAUGACAAAGUUUGCUGUAGUUACUGCUCUGACAUCCUCAGGGACAAUAUUUAUUUAUAACACUUCCCUUUAUUGCAGCUUAAUAUGAAAAAGCAAAUUGUGCAGAACUGCGAUGUCUGAAAUUCAUACAGUUUGACUGAAUUUUUAUGGAGUGUAAUUAAUACAUUUACAAGUUAUGUCCUAUUUGUAAAGCUUAAAAAAGAAGUUGAAUAAAUUAAGAAGUUGAACAGCUGAAGAACCCUAAAUUCUGUUGAGACAGUUUGAGACUGGUAGGAUUAGUGAUGUGUGGGUCACGAACGAACUGGUUCAAAGAGCCGGUUCUUUAUCGUAAACGAUGGGAGCCGGUUCCCAUCUGUAAGUGGUUUUUUUUUUGUUUGUUUGUUUAUUUGUUUGUUUGUUGGUUUGUUUACUUUUUGUGGUUCCACAAGUGAGUCAGUGCAUUUAUCGGAUGGUUUCAGAGAGUUACAAGGGUCUGUAAAUGUAAUCAAAACAAUUGGCUACAGCAAUUUACUGACAUCAGAAAAUGUUUUUUUUUACUUGUGAAUAAAGGAUAUAUUGAAUAAUUUAAGAGGUGUGUGUACACAAACGUACAUAUCAUAAGCCAAACUGAAUUAGGCUGAAUUAGAAAAUGUUUAUGUGGUAAAAUGAAGAGCCGUUUCUGAGCCGAAUGAUCUGACUCACUAAAAAGAGCCGUAAUUCCCAUCAUGAGCAAGGACCCAGUUUUUUAACACUGACUAUGAAGACUGUUAGAAGAACUUCAUGGAUCAUGGUGGGCUGGAUUUACUCUGUUCUUACUGAAGUAGAAUUUUAUCUCCUGUCAAUAAAAACAGAGUCAUGCUGAUGAUCUGCUGCAGAGAGCUGACUGCCUGAAAGUUAAGAAUAUGUUUAAUUGGACGUGUUUACAUCUUAUCCAAACACCUUGUCGAGGAAAUGUAACACAUUGGUCAGUGUGACGAAAACUGCAGUGUGACUAUAUGUUGGUAUUUUGGGGACAGUCUCUCUCACAAAGUCCACAGUGGUAAAAAUCAGGAGUGUGGCACGGCUGUCCUCACACCUGGAUUUAGAGAAUAUUUACCUGACAAAGUAACAGGAUAAUUGGAAAGAUGAUCCCUCUCAGUGGCAGUGAGAAUGUGACACCAUUGUGACACACUGACAACACUGCUGAUGGGGAAGGAUGCUGAAAAGGGUCGUAUAUCAGCGCUUGGCUUAUAUAAGAUGUUGGGGAUAACAGUCUAAGUGUUGGAGAGUGUGUGGGAGUAAGACAUAAACAUGCGAAGUAAACAGACAGAAACAGAAGUCGAGGAAAAGAAGAAGAGGAGCAAAGUUCAUCCCACUGGGGUGUAAUCUGGAUUAUUACUGCUGCAGCUAAUGAUGACUGUUUUUUCAAGCAGGUUUGUCAAAAGAGCAAAAGACUAAUCUUUGAAAGUCCGUCAUAAUACCUUCAUUUCUUUGACCCAUGAAUGUACAUCCAUCACAUUAAAUAUCUAUUAUUAGAGCAGCGGUUGUGGAUGUUACAUAAUUGAGGAUCUAAUCCUCGCAGUUCUGUUAGAGAUGUAAAUGACCAUCCCACAUAUCCACAGUGGACAUGCAGGAGCCCACGUCUCUGUCAGAGGGGAGGAUUUUUAACUCUAAUGGAAAUCAAUAACAUUGACUAAGCGGGGGGGGGGGUCUCUGUUACAACCCAGCCUGGGAAGGAAAGGACGCAACAUAAAACCCGGUUUAGUUGUUGGAGAAACUGUUAUUGAAGACGUGCUGUUUCAAGAUAAGUUUGAGGUGAAAAACAGAGAAUUGUGGAGUAGAAAGAAACAAACAAAUGCAACAAAAGGCAACUCUAAACUGGAGUGAAGAAAACAAGUCACUUCAUCAAAUUUACUCAACCAGCAGUUAAAGCGAUCGAACGGUGAGCAGCACCUUAAUCCUGUAAAAUAUAAGAAAAGAAGUGUAACAUAAUCGCCUCCACAGCAAAUGUCACACAGAACUCCCUAACAAAGAAUCCACUGAAUUAAUGCGUUUGUUUGCCCCCGAACGCUCCAAUCAGCACCCUCUUGAACAAUCCACUCCCCUCCGAUUGGUCCUGCCGACUCAGCCCAUUACCCAAUCAACAUCUGUUCCUGUAUAGGGUCACGUCCACUCACAGACAUAAACAAACAUGGUAAAACAGGGAACACAGGUCGUAUCCCCGAGAGCGGGGACGCGGCUGCAGCCGUAACAGGAGCUCUGCUGGAUCCUUAGAAAAAUAUCAUCUAAAUAUUCUCUGGAUCUCAGUGAGUGUCGGUGCAGUAAUCUGCAAAAGAAAUGUAAAAUGAUUUAUGCUGAGUCAUCAUUUCAGAGUGUUCUGUGAAACACGGAGAAUCAAUUAACUUUUUCAGCAACAGUCACACCAGAAAUCUGAAACACACAGAGGAACGUAUGAGACUCACAAAAAGAACCAUGAUAGAUACGAAACUGAUGACAAGUCGACAAACACAGAUAAAAACACUUAAACUGUGUCAUUGAAAGAGUUCUGAUGUGCAGACUGAAACUUUAAUAUUAAUAUUUGCAGGUAGAAAAACUUUAAAAACAAACGAAUCAGACUGAGUCCUGCCAAAACCGUGAAAGUCAUUUUAGGAGAGAAACUCGACUCUCUCACUUACAAUAACAAACUCAAGAUCUUGUCUGAUUUCAGAACCAGUAGUUUUAACUUAGUUUGUUUUCUUGUGAUGACAGAAGUGGCGUUUUAGCCAACCUUUUAAAAAACGCCAUCCAGGGUGGAAUAUUUCUGAAACGCCGCAGCCUUUGUUGUCACAGCGAGAUACGAGAGCGCAAGAUCACAAGAUAAGACUGCGCUGUUCUGGUCCUCUGUAUGUUAGACCCACUUCAGAAGCUGCGACAUUAACAGUUCGAUAUUUUAGUUCUACAUCAGGCUUCUUUUAAUCAACAGAACCUGUUGGUUGGACAGUAGACUUAUGUUCAGACGGGUCACAGUGAGUGAAGGUUAAUGGCUCUCUGUCCUCUUAAUUAUCCACAGGUUCCCCACAGAGCCGUCUUCUCCUCACAUCCUUUAUUAUUGUACACACCAAUGACUGGAGAAGUCCUCAUAAAACAGGCGUCUUGUGAAAUUUGCUGCCGGUCUUUUAAACGAUGAUAAAAUUCGGCACGGUCGUGUAGAUUUUCCAAGGUCACAGCCUGGUGUCGCCCGGACUUCAGUCAGGCAGGAUGAGGAUGUAAAGAUGGUCUCUGAUCAUAAUAAGGAACCUUUACUGAAAAAAAAGGUCCUGCAGUGCAUGUACUUUGGGAUGAAAAUGAACUGUUCUGUGGACUUUAUCUGUUUGAUUGAGAACAUACUUAGGUGUUCAGAGCCAACGGGGGGUAAUACAUCAGCUCUUAUUUUGCAUUCAAAUAUGCUAAUCUGUGAUUACAUAAACCGCCUUUUUGGUUUCGCUGUGUUCUUAUGAAACAUCUGCAGUAAACACUGGCUUCGCCUUCUGGUGGAUUCUCAUAUCCUUUUUCCUUUUUGUACAGACACAGUUUCAGUAUUUAUAUUUCACUUUAAGCUGCUUCGUAUGAGCUUUUUAUCUGGUUUGAUGAAUUGAAAUGUUUGGUUAGGUCAUGGUGAAUCCAGAAUUCCACUAAUUUGACUGAUUACUGUUUGAAAUUGAUCAUCUUUGUAUAUGAAAGAUCUGAAACAGCUUCAGUGUCCAAAAAUCAGAAGAUAAACUCUGUUGUUUGUUUGUUGUCUGUGUAAUUGCAGUGACAUUUUUCCUCUUUCUUGUGUUUUUAGGAGUAAGUUGUGUUCAGGAGAAUGGUGAGCCCACUAAUAUGACAGACUGUCUGCACUGGGCUGGCCCCUUGCCCCAACAGAUAAGAGCAUGCCGAGUGCCCUGCACGGAGGACUGCACCCUGACCACGUGGUCCAAGUUCUCUGAUUGCUCUGGAUGCGGCAGCUUCUGCAGCCGCACGCGCUCUCUAACAGGUAAAGACACCAGCAUCACUGAUUUAACACACAGGGGUGUUUAUCUGAGUUUUUAUCUCCAUUUUCAAGUUUCAGUGAGAGAAAAAGGACAAACCUUCUAAACUCCUGCCAGAAAGCACAGACGUAUUUCUUGAUCCUGCAGCGAUGCCCUCGUGCUUCGACUCACAGCAGCCCAUGAGCAACAUCUUCUCCUCGUCUGGAAGCGUUAUUGUCAUUCUGUACUGUUACUGUAGGGUUGUUAGAGGUCCUUAUGUUGUGUCUCACAGCAUGUUAUCCCUUUUUAAGUGCUCAUGACAAAACCUGUGCUGAAUUCUGCGCCGUAGUUUUACACCGAGCUGGAUACUAUUUGUCUUCAUGAAUAUUUGAACCAGCGCCAGAGGGUUCGUGGUAAACAUACUCUUAAAAUCCACCUGCUGACAUCAGCCUUCGCUCUGUCGUGGGUUUUAAACCAGAUGAGUUCAAAGAAACACAAAAGUCAUAAUGAUAAACAACAACUGCCUGGUAGCAACUCUGAUAUUUAUUAAAACCAUGUUGUUGAAUAUGGUUAAAGAAGACUUCAAGCUGUGUCAUAUAGACUGUAGAAAUCAGGGACAGAAAAAUGGCUGUCCUGGAGGAAACCAUAAUUUUUAUUUUAUAUAAUUUUUUUUGUAUUUAUAUAAUUUUUUUAUAUAAAUUAUUUACAUAUAUUUUUUUAUUUUAUAUAUAUAUAUAUAUAUAUAUAUAUAUAUAUAUAUAUAUAUAUAUACAUACAUACGGGAUGUUUUUUAUUCAAACGUUGGGUUGUUGUGUUAAACGUGAAUAAAAAACAGAAUUCAAUGAUUUGUUUUUUCCACCAACUGCUCUUCAAAAGUUGUCUCAGAAUGAACAAAAGACUACUCUGAAAACCCUGUUCAGAUCAUUCCACGGGUGAUCAGGGUUCAGUGGAAACAGGUGUCAUGAUUGGGUAUAAAAGGAGCAUCCACGAAAGGCUCAGUCCUUCACAAGCAAGGAUGGGGCGCUGACCCUCCACACGAACACCAGGAGCUGCCUUUAAUGACAGCCAGUGUGGGCUCAGACUGUUAAAGCACCAACAGUGAUCUGAAGGAGAGUGUCACACCACCACUAACAGGGAAAAUAAAUCCUUUUUUCCUGCCUUCAUCAGUCCACAGGAAGCUCAUGUCCACACCUCCUUAUACGGGUUUUAUCUAGUCGAGUAUUAAGAUCCCAAAUAAGGGGCGCUAAAUUGUGUGUGCAAACAAAAGAAUUGCAUGUGUUCUCAGUUCAUAACAGGUGCAAAAGUGGUGUAGACUGGCCUGUUUAUACGAGGAGUUUGCGUGUGCUAGCGGCUGUCACCAGGGGGAGUUUUGGAGAGCAGAGUGGCCAUAAAUGAAAAAUAAAAUCUGAAGCUAUGGAGUUGCACUUAUCGUUUUGGGGAAGCCAGCAACUGCAUGGAAGUCGUGUUUCAUGUCAUUUACUGCAUCCUGAGUGUGUGAGAACUGGACUUACUCAACACUUCGGACAGCACAACAGAAAAACUACUUUGGGAGACACACUAACUGAUGGUGAAUGAAAAGCAGUGUUUAAAGAGUGUUUUUUCAUUUUUGUGACUGGCUCCCAAUCGGCCCUCGGGUCAUCCAGCUGCACUGGAUUGUGGUUGUUGUUGAUAAUUUAUUGCUCAGAAAUGUGGAAACCUGACACUGUGGAAACCUGCCUGCAAGGCAAUGAUGGUGUGUGCAUCCUGCUCCACCAGUCAACCACUUCACCAUUUGACCAGCGUUGCUCUGCCUGCACUGAGAGCUGACCAGGUUUGGAUCGAUGGGCUUUUAGCCCACUUUCAGCCCACUAGCAGGUUUGAAUUUGUGAAUAUGCCAGCCAACUGUGUCGACACCAACCCCUCUCUCUCUCGGUCGUCCUCAGACGAGCCUUCCAUCGUCAUCCCGAUUCUCCAUACAUCUCUCCAGUUCGUUGGUACCCUGAGCUCCUGUGUCCUUCUUGAGUAUGUCCACGUAUGUUAGUGUUGGACAUCCUCUUGACUAAAGCCCAUGUGUUGGUUCCCACAGCACCAAUUUGCUGGCUGACAGUUCCCGAUGCCUUUGACAGUGUCCUGCUCGUCUCCUUCUCCUUACAGCAAUCUUCUUGCUCACCCUUGGUAUUCCCUCCUACAGUGUUGUGUUGGUUACAUGUGCGUUCUUGCUGAUGCUCAGCGCUGCACGCUUCAUCCUGGUGUAGCACCCAUCUAGGGAUUUAGAGGAGAACGGACUCUACUGUCGCGUAGAAGAAGCUGCGGUUGGAGUUCCAUACACCGGUCAUGUCGUUCAGGGCUCUCCAUGCAAGUGCCUUCCUCACGUUUAGAUCUUGUUCAGUUGAUGGUGGACUCAGGUGGAGUCUUGUUUGCUGAAAACUGUCAGAACAUGAAUUUAAGAUUUGUGAACAAUUUGGAAUUUGUACUAUUAAAAUCCCCAAAUUUCAACAUGGCGCACCUUUUCCCAAUGCAUUAUUUUGAUAAGAUUUGCUGUUAAAGCCCCAUUUGCUCAAGAACGACAAGAAUGUGGUGGAUGAUAUGAGUGAAUUCAACAGUUUGUUGGUUUUCCGAUCAUUCCAUCCAGUUCAUGUGUUCAUUUCUGGUAUAAAGAUGAUAUUCGUGUUAUUGUUGUACAGAGUGAUCAACCUCUGAAUCAGUCUAACACCUGACUCAUUAAAUUUGGGAUGUGCGGGUGUGAAGUUAAACUUAAAACGUAUUUUGAUCCCUAUAUGCUGAUAUUCUAAUGUACUUACAUUACAUGAAAGAUACUGGGAUAACAAAGAUGAGAGUCCUUCAUAAUUACACAAAAGACACAUUUAUGAUCCACUUACAAUUUUGGUUUCCCCUCCAAUUGCUUUGAAAACCUAAAAUCACACAGAAAUAAGAGGCUGCUCUUCAUCGAGUCCUGAAAGAAGAGUCCUCUGUGUUCUCAGGUGAGGGAGGGGGUAUUUAACUGGUGAAUGACUCAAAGUAAGAGAUGGAGUCCUAAAGUGGUGAAGGAAAUUAGUCAUCUGUUAUCUAUUAACAUCACGUCGAGCCAAUUCUUCCACAGCCUCAGCCCUCAGCUGUCAGGGGAACCUCAUUCAUACAUGCUCCUCAUGCAGAUGAUUUCAGCAGAUAUCUGAGGUUGGUGCGAGGAGAGCACCAACUAUACAACUACUAUACUACUAUACAAAGAUCAUUAAUAAGUGGUUUGAUUUAAAGGGCAAAGAUUUCAUACAAGCAUGAGAGUCUAUAUUAAAGUAAAUUGUUAGUCUUGCUUGUUGACCUGCGUGGUGUUGACACUGGUAAUGUUCUUGUCAAAGUGAAGGAACGCUGCAGACUGCUGUUCUUCAAUCAACCACCAGCAGUGUUGUAAAGUGAACAGAUUGCUGUUGAAUUACGUUGGGAUGGUGGUGAGUUUACGCCCGGUGAAGAAUGCUUGCAAUCAGACCCACUCAGGAACAGAUGGGCUUCUUGCUGGGCACACAGGAGGCAGAGGACACACAGGAUCCAUGUAACAAAUAGUUAUGCAGUCGUGUAUCAGGGUAAACAAGACUGCACUGCAGCUCUUCACCAGGCUUUGGGUUUCUAUCUGUCCUUCUCUUUCUCCAUCCGACCUGUGCCGAUACAUUAAUCAGGAAGGAAGCGAACUCUCCUAAAUAUUAAAUUGAAGAGACAAAGUGUUGAAUUACAUUUUGGAGAAGGCUUUUAAUCUUAAGAGACCGAAGAAACGUAUGAGUGAGGGAGGGCACUGCAAACAUUGUCCUUUCCUGUUGUGCUGUAGGGCUUACAAAAUACAUGAUGAGAGGUCUGUUUAUUUGUCUUUUAAAAACUUUACAUUCCACAUCUGUAAAACAGGACAAACUGAGGUCAGCUGGAUGUAUUAGAAAAAGGAUUAGAGCAGUAAAUCACAGAAACACCCGACCCUAACAUUACUAAGAUGAAAACACUUCAUGGUUUUCAACGGUCUGCUGUGUUCGGUGUUGUCUACCCUUUACAUCUACAUCUGUCUACAGUGUUGAUCAUUAAAAAUGAACAGCAGCGCAUUCAUGGUGUGGAGUCAUGAGUUAAAAAGGAACAACUGAGCAUCAGGAGAAAAAGGGCAAAUAAAUUCAGGACAGAAAAACUUGUUUUCGUGUAUAAGAACCAUCAGCUGCAGGAAGUUUUGUUUUCUUGGAGACGACUUCCUUCCACUGAACUUCAGUAAAUCUGACAUUUUAAUCAUUGGCUCUAAAUCACUCACUAAAUCAGAUCAGAACUCUCUUCCCUCUCUUCAUCAUCCACCAUCUGUAACUUUGGAAUCUUUGAGACUCACGUUCCAACAGGAUCUUAAUCACUUUACCCCGACCACAUUUUUCCACCUCAAACAUAUCAACCAUCUCCGAGCUUCACUUUCCUCCUUAGCUGUUAAAACUCUAAUCCACAAUUUUAUCGCAUUCAUAAUCGAUUACUGUACCAGUAUCUUGUAAGGUUCACCCUCAAUAAUUAUCAAUAAAUUACAUCCAAACUCUGCCGCUCGCCUCCUCACCUACACCCGUCCACAUGUGCCGGUGUCAGCAUCACUCCUGUCCUCCAAAACUUCCACUCCAUAAUCAGACCCCCUCCUACCCCACUGACCUGCUCCACCCCGCUCCCUCCUGCACCCUCUGAUCCUCAGACUCUAACCUCCUCUGAGGACCAAGCACUGAUCUGAGGGGGACCAGGUUUCCUCUAUAGCUGCCUCCUUCCUUCCCUCUGAAACACAUCUAAGUCUCUGGAGCAGUUAAGAACAACAGAAUGAAUAACUUGGAAAAUGCUCUGGUAGAUGUUUUAUUCUUCAAGAUCGCUGAUUCGCUUGUUUAGCUGUCAAUCAAAAAAGGAUUUCGCCUCAGACAGCUCAUCCAAUCAUGGAUGCAGAAGCUUGCAGUCCGGGAGAAAGUCGGGACCGCCCUCUCGCCAUAGAACUCCAGUGAAGCUGGGCUUCCAUUGGGCGGGACAAAGCCCAGCAUUUAUCCAAUGAGCGUCUAGUUUCGCUGCUGGAACAACCCACUUUAAGCUUCCACAUUGAAGUCAGCAGAAGCCCAGCGUCCGGCUGUUUAAAGCGCUGAGGCGCUGCGAGAAUGAGAACGAAGUUAUGCCGGUUACCUAUAAUUAUCAGCUUCUUAUCACAGUGUCUGAACAAAAGAUGAAGGCUUUCUAGUGCGUAUUUAGUUAAUGAAAUGUACACACAGCCGUACGUAUUUCACCACUUUUUCUUUUUUUUGGGGGGGUGACAUUUUAAGGGAAGCCGAGCUUCCCUUGCAGUCUUAGAGCAAUCGCCACUGCUCUAUAGCUGCCCCCUCCCUCUGAAACACAUCAGAGACUGUACUGAUAUAUCAAAGAACAAAUCCCUCAUCAAAACCCGCCUGUUCAAACCUGCUUUCAAAUACUGAUGCAGCUGUACUGUAGCCUGUCUUUAUAAUCUGAUUUUAUCCUAUUUACUCUGUUGUUAAAUGUCUUUUAGUGCCAUGAAAAUCGCUGUAUAAACCAUCAUUAUUAUUAAUGUUCUUAUUAUAAUCCAGACUUCGUACUUCAACAGGGACUAAAAUGGGCCUUUGAGCUGGUGAACUAAUAAAUGUCAGAUUACAUUUGCUGGAAUUAUGUGAAUAUAUUCUUCUUUCCACUAACACCACAGCCUGAGAUGAGUUUGUAAGAUACGAUUAUUACAUUUGCCUCCUCUGGUCUGUUUAUGUGAAGUUUGGCAGCUGCGCUUCUCUGAGUGAUAUGCUGUGUUAGUGUGUGGUCGGCCCCCGUUGAAGCAGUCUGAGGUAAAUUAGCUUUAGCUGUAGCUGGCACAUUAUCGUUAAAAAAGAAAGAACCUCUGUUUCCUGCGGUCCAGCUGUGUAGGGACAGAACACAGACAUUUGUACGGGUUUAUACACCCGAAAAAGAAACAGAGCAGCUGGUGAGUCUGGCUCUAACUGUUCGCUCUGCAGCACCAAAGCGAAACUACAAUAGCACUUUAGAAGUGGAGUGCCCAAGGAGUGGGAGCAGUUUAGCAUGCAUGCCUAUUUAAUCCGCUGCUGUCAUGAUGUCACCUCAGGAGCAGAUUCACAUUGCCCCGCAGAAGCUGAGUUUAAUGGGCUCCAGAAACUGCAAAGAGGCUUUUUUACUCCUGUCCUAUCAGGGUUGGUAGUCAGACUGCUGGAUGUCCUGAGUACUUCUGUAUCGGCAGAAAAAGAGUGUUUUUCAUUAGAAGGGACUCUCAGGUUUGAAACUAUUAAAUGUUGAAUUAAGUGAGGGUGAGACAAGGCAAUAGCUCCAGUGUUCUCCUCACCUACGUCUCCAAAGAAAGAUUAAAUCCUUGACUUUUGAUGUUGUCAUUGGUCUUCAAGUUAAUGAUGGUAACGCUUUCUUUUACGGUACACUUAUUACCAGGUAAUUAACAGGUAAUUACCAAGUAACAACAUGAAAUUAUCUGGUAAUUACAUGGUAACUACUAAGUCAAUACUGUUUUUCUUUUUUCUGUGCAGCUCCAUUUUCAAAAGCUAUUUGGGGUUCUUAUUUUCUAUGAUUGACACUUGAUACAGCCUAUGGGCGUGCGAAGAUUGCGUAGCGAUACGCUGUUUGAGCCGAGCGUCAUCACAGCGACUCACCCGCCGAAUGCGUACAACGCUACUGCACGAGUGGUGGUUCAAGGAAGCGGAGAAAAUCCUGGAAAUACCAGAGAAAUUCAGCUUCAAAUUUGUAUGAUGAUGGAAGGUUACCUACCUGGUAGCUAGACAGUAUUGACUUAGUAGUUAUCAUGUAAUUACCAGAUAAUUUCAUGUUGUUACUCGGUAAUUACCUGUUAAUUACCUGGUAAUAAGUGCACCCUAAAAGAAAGCGUUACCAAUGACAAAAUGUUGUUGCCUGUGUGACAUCUGACUUUGACAUUUCUAAUCAAACAGAUGACAGUUGAGGUACUUUGGUGAACUGCUCUCAAUGUCUGAUUACAGAUCAAUAAUGAAGGGUUAUCCAUAAACGACCUUAAUCUUCUCCACAGGCCGCAGUAAAAAAAAGGAGCAUUGCCUUAAUAAGGACUUGUACCCACUGGAGGACACCGAGACCUGCCCCUGUGAUGAGUUCUUAUCUCAGCCCUUUGGGAACUGGUCUGCCUGCAUCCUUCCUGAUCCUACAGCCUUCAGCCAACAGGGGUGGAUGACCCAGAAGGAGUUACUAGAGUGCGGACCAGGCCUGCGCUACAGAUCUGUGGCAUGCUUUGACCAGCAGGGGCACCUGGUUAAUCCAAGUCUUUGUCCAGAGCCAGGUAGGAUUUAUGUAUAUUGUGACAACCACAAAGGUCAGACAUUAGGUCCAGACAAGCAAACCAAGUUUUUACCUAUAAAAGAUGUCAUGUGUUUUAUUGUGAUUAAAUAUGAUCGUAUUUGGAGACCUUUAUAGUUGACAAAGCUCAGUGAUCAAGCUUUAACUGGAUUACUGUGUUUACCUUUUGCCCACAACAGUCCUUGGUGAAAACAUAAAUAUAAAUCCCCCACAGGGAUGGCUAAGCUAAAUUCAUUCAUAGAGUCAUGAAACGGUGCGGUGGUGAGUCCGAGGUCUGGGGGACAGGGGCGUCCUGGUCUGAAAUGAUUAAUUUGAUCAUCAUUGAAGCUGCUGACCAAGUCUCAGUUUCAGGCUACAUGGUGGAGGUCUGCCAAAUCCCCUGCCCCUUGGACUGUAAACUCAGUGAGUGGUCGCCCUGGUCAGCCUGCAGUGCUUCCUGUGGCAGUGGGUUAAAGAUCAGGUCCAAGUGGCUCAGGGAGAAAGCUUUCAAUGGUGGACGCCCAUGCCCAAGGCUGGACUCCAAAAAUCAGGUAAGGUUCUUUCAAAGGCAUCUUGUAUUGUACGAGAGGGACCACACCAUACUAUGUGACUGUGUGCAUGUUGAUGUGCACGCUCAUUUCUAUUCAAGUUAAUCCUAAACAAAAAAAAAACAGUCGAAAACAGUGUUACUGUUCAUUUUCAGCACUAUAUUGAUAUUUUCUAUUUUAAUUAAUAUGGUUACAGAUUAAUAAAGGCUACACUUUACACACUUUACACACUGAACACUUUAUUUUAUUGAUUUUUUACACAAAGAUGAACUCUGAGUCAGCUUGCAGCUCUUCAUUACCACGCUGUUUCGAAGUAGACCUGUGGACUUCAGAAAUGUUCACACGUGUUUUUUUAAAUGACUUUUUCACAGAAAUAGAAAUAAAACAUGGAAACAGUUGAGACUAUUUUAUUCAAUACCAUGGUAAUGAAACACUCAUAAAAUCAGGCACUGGUGUUUUUAAAUGUUUGUCUAUAACAUCUAUCAUGUCCACAGACUGAUACCUGAACCUGACCUUCAUUGAAAGGUCUUCAUCUGUUAGGAUGAGUUUCUUUAACCAGUCAUAUCAGCCUUUAGAGUGUUGGAGCUGUGCCUCCGACAAACAUCCCUGACCGAAGAACCUGUACACAUUAUUUACAUCAUGUAGGUCCCCAAAAUAUGUUUAGCCGUGAUAUUUCCUUCUUUGGACCCUCCACAUGUUCACCUAAGGCUUCUUGAAAUAUGUUGUUCUGACCAUACAUGGAUUUUUCUUAGGCUCAACUAAAUAUCAACAACGUGUUUAGAGUUGUGGACCGCUAUAUAUACUUGAACGGUCUCAAACCAAUCUUUGUUACACUUGUGGCAUGUUGAAGUUUUAACCCAGAUCUGCAACCAGUAAAGCUUGUCAAAGUGACCCUUCGUGUGGACCUUCCAUUCUUUCAAGUGUGAACCUGGGCGAGGCGUCCUUACAGGGCCUCAGACAGUUUUUUGGGGGAGAGGGGUGAGCCAAAACGGCUCUUUUCUUUGACAAGGUUCCUAACCCCUGAGCUGGUUGGAGUCCUGAGUGGUCAGUUCAUUUGAUCGACCGAAUCCUAUUCUCUGGGAGACAUGCUCUUACCUUGUUCUAAAAACAGGGUGAUGGGUGAAAACUCUAAGAUGGAGGAGAUUGAGGAAGGCCGAUGAACAGAUGGAGUGAAGCUUCAUCUAUAGCUUGGAUUAAUCUCUGACAGCAUAUUCUCCAUGGGGUCAUGGUUCGAAGAAGGGCGGUGCUUUAUGAAUGCUGUUUAUAUGCUUGAGAGGACAUAAAGGACACUUGAGUUUGUCAAGGUCAAUGUGAGAACGUGGCUCAGCAGAGAGAGAGAAAAACAUUCUCCUGUGUUUGAGUCGAGGUUUGUGUACAGAUGGUUAAGUGCCCACUAACGGGGUCUUGUUGGCCUCUCCAGAUAUGACCUCUAAUAACCUUUGCCACUGAAUUUGGAGCUUGCUGUUGCAGAUGUCCCUGCAGAUACAUCCUGAUGGUCGACUAGAGCUCAUUGUGAACAUAAUAUACCGACUUCCUUCUAUUGUAAUAGACAGCGCAGUAACGUUUGAUGGUCAAAAUGUACAUCAACAGUCCAGCUCAGCCUUCGCACUUACAUUUGGUUCUUAAACGUCAUAACUUCUACAUCUCUAAAGGCUUCCCACCUCUCUCACAAACACAUGCUCUUCUGCCAUGACAUGUGAACUGUCCCCCAGUUUGAGUGUGGCCCUACUCACAUGAACAGAUGUUCCCCCAGGAGUCAUGCGCAGAAGUGGCUGGCAUGACAGAGAAGACAUUGACUGUGCUCCAGAACUCAUCUGCUCGUCUCAUAGCUGAGUGAGCAGAGAGGGGAAAGGGGAUAAAAACCAAGACAGAAAGUGGCACUGUAAAAAAAAAAUCACCCCAGGCUUAAAAAACAGACGGUGAAAGAGAUAAGCAAACAUUUAGCAUGCUAGAAUUAGGUAGUUAGCAACAUGUCGAACAUUGGAAAUAUGAAGAUGACAGGCGGAGUGACAGAGAUGAAUAAUGGAUCUGUAAGAGCUAACUUUCAUUAGAAAUGUCCCGUUGUGCUUUUAGACCGGCAGCUAAACCUGUCAUCAGAACAGAGAGAGAGAGAGAGAGAGAGAGAGAGAGAGAGAGAGAGAGAGAGAGAGAGAGCAUGCUAAGGUUUCAGGGUGAAGGAAUCAACCCUAAUUAUAUUUCAGCUUCAUGCUCUUCACCAGACGUUCACAGAGCUGCUGCAGAAUCGCCUCCAUGUAGAUUUAGAUCAGUCUCUUCAUUUGAGCCUGUGCUGCAUAUUUAGAUCUAAUCAUGAGCCUCGAACCUUUGACUUCUCUAUGAACGGGGACAGCGUGAAUGGGAGCCCAGCAAGGACUUCUCCUGCAUGAUCCUCAUACACACAAGAAUCCUCAUUUCAAUUUUCAGUCAUCUCAUAGAGAAGCAGAAGCUGAUCAUCCACUUUUCGAUAUAGUUCUUCUCUCCAGGUAAAAACAUCGAAUGACUAAAAAGAAAACCAUAAGGACAUUGUUUGUUUUUUCAUCUUUAAACCAGGCUAAUGAACCCUAGUUUGGAUGUCAAGCAGCAGCAGAAUGUAGUGAUGACUCCAGGCUCUGACCUCUUCUGUCCCUCAAAUUUACAGUAAAAGCAUAAAUUUGAGGAUUGAAAAGAUAAUAUCCUGACCUGUAGCCAGAGUCUGAGCAUGAAUGCAGCGAACACCUACCUGAUCACCUUUCCUGCGUCCACUCAGCAGAUGUUCCAGUCAGCGGUCUCUUUAAACUGCUUCAUUAUAACCAACCCUUCACUCACUGAGCUCAUCUGCCUCUCCAUGACUCUCCUCUGUAGUUGUGGCGCUGAUCCUCUAAACAAAGUCUUUGACUCACGACACUUUAUGGCAAGUCUGUGUGUCAUCCAGCGUUUUACUUUCACACCACUGUAAGCUGCUCAGUUAUCUCUCGCCUCACCUGCUCAGCCUUUCACCGACAACAACCUGUCUCAGUGUUUUAAAGAUGCCAUCAGGAAAUGCAGUCGCUGUUGGUUGCAAAAUGAUCCCUGAUAAAACCAACCAUUCACCAACUAAUUCCUGGUUCCUUCCACAUAGAGGUCAUAACAUGUAUGUUAGGUUGGUCAUGUAUUUAGAUCCUACUUUUGGAAGAGUUCAUUCCUGUACGGCCUGCUGAGGUGGAGAGAUGUUUCACCUCCUGAUUCUUCUCUAAAUCGGCAGUUUGGUCUUAAACUGUUCUCCAAGAACCGGCUCUCUUACACACAAACGUUUAUCAAAAGAUAGUUUUGCUUUUAUUUCACAUUUCCUUUGGUGACCUUAAAGAGAAUGUAGUCCGGCUGUCGUAACUCCUCUUUGAUAAGUAGCGAUAGAUUGCUUCGUAAAAUUCGUCCAUGUUUUUCUCCGAAGAACUACAAUCCCAUGAAACCCAAUCUGAUGAAAACCGCUUCUGAAAUUUGUCUUGACCAACCACAAUCUUCUAUGUCAUCAAACCAACUUCCAGCCAAUCAUAUAGCAUGAGAUCAUCAACAGGUACCAGGCAGCCCGAGCAGAUCUGGUACCAGAACCGGCACUAAACACUCCCCAGCCUCCUUCAGCGAUGAUCAGGGUCAAGUUACCUUUAUUUUGUUCAUUUCAUUUCUUGUGUUUCCUGUUUUAUUUUGAAGUCACUAACCCUUGUCUCUGUCCUCUAGAUGUGUUCCUGUCUUUGCUCUGUCUUGUCACACCUGCCUCCUGAUUGUUCAUCCCCACCUGUCUCCCUCCACCCUCAUUACCUCUUAUAUUUAACCCCACGUGUCUCACUGUCUCGUCACCAGUUCGUUGUACCAAACUGUCACAUUCCAGCUUUCUUACUAUCUCAUAGCCUUCUUGUUUCUGACCCCGAUAGUUUUUGGCCUUUUUUGGAUACUUCUGCUCGGGUUAACUGCCUGACUUUGUCCCGUACCUUGGACCCUGAUAAACCCCUGAUUUUUGCAUCAAGAGGACUGGAUCUGAGUCCCUUUUGUGAGCCUGUUCUUAACGCCCUCAUGAGUUAUCGAAGCAGAAAACCCAGAUGACAGGAACUGAGGAUCUCGACAGUGUCGGGUCUGUGAGUAAUUAGCCCGGUAAAACAAAUAGCAGAGAGUACUGCAACCUUACGGCCAGCAAACAUGAGAUGCUCUGCUGUGAUCUUAUCUCAGCCUCUUGCUUUACUAUCAGUGAGCUGUAACAUAGCUUAAAGGACCUCAGUGGCUAUAAAUCCCUCUAUACCACUGCGAACAGUUUUCUCAUUCAACAAGGUUCUCCUUUCAGAUAAUGUCGCCUCCAUAACUCUGUUUCUUUCUGCUUCAGGUUUCCUCUCUGUUGUGUGUGAGACUGUUCUUCUAUACCUUCUUAUAGAAGUCUAUAUCAUAGUUCCCCUGAAGUGUUUCAGCUGUUGAAUCUGCUUACAUUACAUACUAGAUUCCACACAAAAUAAGGGACAUCAUAAACGCAGCGUUAGUAACCUCUUUCUAAUCCAGGAGAGGCCCCUGUAUGGAUCAGCCUGCAUGAAGCUUCCUUUGGUGUUGCAUGAUGUAUACCUGUAUGUUGAGUGUUGUGUGCGCUCUUAGAGUAAAGUAUGGUCUACCAGCUUAAUCGUGGCUCUUCAGAAACUAUCAUACAGGCUGCAGAGGGGUUCCUUUACGGCUCACACUAAAUCACAUGAUAGCAUCUUUGUGUAAAUAUACCUCUCCCAAAAGAACAUCAGAUUACCACAAUACCACAACAACUCCUCAUUAGUGAGUGUAGUCCAAUCCAACUGAGUGUCUACAGUCUACUGACAGCCCAACGCUACAGUCAGCUUUAAGGAUCAUAACAAAUGAACAGCAUGGAUCGCAGGAUAUCAGAUGGUUAUCCCAAUCAGUCUUCUUUAAACUAUCCAGACAGAGCCAACCAUCUGUUAUAUCUUUAAAUAUGCCUUUGUCUUCAUUCAGGGUUAAAUUAAGGUUAUCUCUUAUUUCCCUCUAUUGGCAGUUCUUUAUGAAUCUGAAGUUUUAAGAUCAGAUAAGAAGAUAAGAAGCACAUUAUUGAUCUCUGAGGGGAAAUUCAUUUUUCUGGAUUCUCAUGUCUAAUCUCGUCUACUAUUUCCAGAAGAAUUAAACAGUCUGAUGGCUGUUGGCACAAAAGAUCUUCUGAAUCUUUCUGUCCUGCAGCUAAGUGAAAGGAGCCGUCCACCACUGUUUGUGUCCCAUUUGUCCAUCAAGGUGUUGUGAAGUGGGUGAUCCACAUUCUUUAGAAUAGUCUCUUUUUUGAGAAAUAAGACUUUUUUGCUUUAUCCUUAACUCUUAUAUUCAUACAUGAAGCUCCUGAGACCCCCUCUUUUUUGGCGUCCUACACAGGACUUGUUUUGUAGAAAGUUCCUGUUCGUUGUCCCUCCUCAUUAUAGUGAAGUUAGAUAUCUUCACUUGCCGCCUGCUGUCUCUUCAUGGGUCUUUAUGAGACAAAAGUCCUGGAAGAAAUUUAGUUCAUUGGAUCAUUUGGUUUUCUUUCCCAUUUUGUAAAAUGAGGAUAAUUCCUAAACUUUUUGAGUCCAUACCUACAGUCAUAUAAUUUAGAGUUUUGGAAACUAUAUAUUGCCAAGUUUUGGUUUAAUCAAACUUGAUUUAAAAAAAUAAAAAGACAUUGAAAAUGAUCAUGCAAAACAACAUGAAGUUCCAAGGAUUAAAACCAUCAGAUAAUCUGUGGCCUGAAGAUAAAUACGGAGCUUUGACGGCGUUCUUCUCUCACAGCAGAGUCUCGCCUCUACAGGAGAUCAUCCCUGUUAUCUCCUCGUCUCAAACCAUCAGGAUGUUUAAAAGACUCUGUGUGACAGGAGGGCUCAAGAGCUGCAGACUAAUUCAGAAUUUUAAUGAACUCGCUGCAGAGUCCCUCAUUACUUGAAAUGGAAAAUCUGGAGUUUGGCUUAUUGGUUUCAUUCAGGUAAAUCAAAUAAAAGGGUAAAUUCAGCUUUGAAUUCAGCCCUGUGACCGACCUACCUACCCACCUACCUACAUACCUACUCACCUACCUACCUACCUACCUACCUACCUACCUACCUACCUACAUACCUACCUACCUACCUACCUACAUACCUACUUACCUACCCUCCUGAGUUCCCCUCCUAAAUUUCUGUUUUACUUCUUCAGCUGAAAAAUAAAAACCUGGUUUUACAUUUACAAGUUUUCAGUGUGUGAUGUAUUGCCAAAGUAUGCUAAAGAAGUGUUACUAACACUUUACUUGACACCUAUCUUUGUAAUGCUUUAUAAAUAUAUUUAUCAUGUGUUUUAACCAUGUCAUAGCAUUGUAUAACUAUAGUUAUAAAUACUCAUAAAUGAUCAUAAUACUGUAUACCAAUAAUCAUAACACAUUAUGAAGCAUUUAAUCAUGACUUACAAGGUCAGGUGUUAUAAUGUGUUAUGCUUAUUGUUAUAAAGCCUUAUGAUAAUUAAUGAGUGUUUAUAAUGAUAGUUAUACAAGUUAAUAAGCAAAUUAUGAAACAUCAUAAAUAUAUGUGUAAUGCAUUAUCUAUGUCGGCAUUGUCAGUGAGUUGUUAACAGUUAUAACACAUUAUAAUACCUGACCAUGUAAGUCAUGAUAAAAUGCUUCAUAAUGUGUUACGAUUAGUGCUAUAAAGCAUUAUGAUCAUUUAUGAGUGUUUAUUACUGUAGUUAUAAAGUGCUAUAAAGUAACUAUAACACAUGAUAAAUAUAUUUAGAAAGCGUUAUAAUUAUAGGCGUUAAGUAAAGUAUUACCAAAAUGUUAAAUUUUACAACUCAGUUGAAACGUAGGCCUUUGUUGUUCAGUUAAUAUUAUUAUGUUUAUUCUCUGUCUGUUUGUUUCCAUCAGUAAUAAAGAUAUAGUUUACAGUUUACAGUUUGGAAAAGGUUUUAGGUUAAAGAUUGAAUAAAGUGAUUAUUUCUACUAAAUUAUUGAGAUGUGAAAGAUUAUGAACCGUGCAUGAAGAUGAAUGUUUGUCAUCAUCUUUCCGGGGUACACAUGCUCUUCUAAUGGCCAUCUUUCUCUGCAUAAAUUACUCAUCUGUUUAUACAGUGUUGAGCCAAAACAGGCGUUCUAUGAGUCCAGUGACUGUCCAUGGUAUCUAUGUAUACAGCAGAUGUUUGUUCCUCAUGGGUUAAGGGAUUUAAAGUGAAUGUCUUAAAGCGUGAAAAAUAAAUUUAGAAACCUUGAGCCAUGUCUUGCCAGCAGUGUUACAACCGCAUACGUCAAAAUCUCAGAGAGUUCAGAGCCUCUCUGAGCAUAUGCUUAUUCACACCAACUUCCUACUUACCAUCUCCUCUGCACAGCUGUUGCAGCCAACUGCAGCACUUAAAAACCGCCUCAGCACCAUAAAUCAUUUAGUUUAGCAAAACAUACAAGAGUGCUCAAUACUCCGUACACUAGGCACUCAGUCAUGCCUUACUCGAAUCAAUGAAGCACGGAGCAGAGUGCACGUUUGUAACGCUUUAUUUUCUAGUUGUUAAAUGCUGGCAAAACAUUCUGAUCACUUGAGGCUUAAUCAAAACUGAUGAUGAUAUCAUUGUUCUUCUCUCCCCUACCCAACUACUGGCUUGUCAUGCACUGCUACUAUGGACACCCACGCAGGCUCAGGUCAGUGCUACAUUCUACUUUGUUUUAGCUAAUGAAUAUAAAAUGCAUGCAAACUCUGUCUGAGCUGUACGAGCCUUUUUGUUGUUUGGUUGAACAGAGAACAGUAUCAUGGGGAUUCAUCACACUGCCAUCAGACUUUGAGAGUGUGCUCGUGUGUGGAGGAAAUAUGAGAGCAUAAAAGAACACCGAUGAGCACUGAGAGAUAUUGCACUACAUAAAGAGUUCCCCAUUUAGGUUUUGAUGAAAGCCCCCUGUAACUCUGAGUCCCCUAACAAGGAGUGAAUCUGUGUACGGUACACCGAUCAACAGAUCAUUACACGUCUGUCAUACAUCUUAUAUGUUGCAGCACUUCAUCCUUUUCGGUGACACUUUCUCUGGUUUUAGUGGUCGAUAAAAAGUUAAAAUGUCGUGGAAAGUUACAAGAGAGACGUUUUGCGGCUGAUGAAAAUUAGCUGUUGGGAUAGAUUUUCAAUGUUAACAGUGGAUAAAAUGGAGACAGUGCAGUUGCCAGGUUACCCAGCAGGGGCAUCUGCAGAGACAGAUGGGAGAUGAUGAGGGUGUGUAAUAGGCAUCUGUGUGGCCCUUAGGGGAAGUCAUACUCAUAAUCAGUCUCUCUGUCUGCACACACUCACACACACACACACACACACACUCACACACAUUUACUGACACCCAUUACAGCAUGCCACAGCUUUUUGCGCAAAUUGUCCUGUAGAGUAUACCUUUUACAGUGGCAGACUGCCACUCUGAUUGAGAGUAAACAUUUACUUGUGAGAGCAGUGCCCUGCCUGUUCCCUUAGUUAUACACAGACACAAAGAGAGGUGACGAGUUAACAGGCACAAGGUCCAGUCAUUCAAGGUAGCCUGUGCAAAGAUGUUAUAUAGAUCUCAGUACAGACGGGGUUAUUUUUGUUUGUUUGUUUGUUUAUUUGUUUGUUGGCUCCUUAUUUUUAGUCUCUCAGCAGUGAGCCACGCACUUUUCUAGGUUUGGUGUUGCACGGUUAUCUUUCAUCCAAAUACUUGUGGUGUUUUUAGUUUUUAAUUUCACGUACAGAAAAGUAAAAUGCCUGUUAAAGUAACAAGAGGGUAUAUAACACAGAGUAAAGUAGGUAAUGCUUGUAUUGCACAGAAAUAAAGACACCAUAAACCUGCUUUUUAAAGGUUACCUGACGAUGUUUUCAUUCUUCAUCUCUCUCUCUCUCCAUGCAGCAUACCUGCCUGUCUGUUUGUCUUUCUGUUUCUUGUUUGUCUGCAUGUUUGAGCCACACUGUGCUGUUUAUCCCUGUGCAUUAGAGCAGUAUUCACCUGUUCAUAAGUGUGUUUAUCUGUGUACUCUUUCAGGUGUAUGAGGCUGUGAGGUGCCACAGUGAAUGCAACCAGUAUGAGUGGAGGAUUGAGCCCUGGUCUAUUUGUGCCAUUAAUGCUGUGGACCGCCUGCUGGGGUGUGGGGAGGGAGUCCAGAGCCGCAAAGUCAGGUUAGUGAGCGAGGGAAACACUUAGGCUCAGAGGACCACACGCCUGGCAUCCCAAUUAAUGCUAGGAGGACUCAAUUGGCACCCUUCUGUAGCUGGCAGUUACCCUGUUAGUUACACUUUCAGAGCUGAGGAAACUGUCGAAACAACUAGGCGACUCAAUCCUUCUCAGGAUUGUGGGUGGUUUAGCCGUGCCUUCUCAGUGGUUCCUAUAUUGACCUCAGCGUAUAGGCAUAAAACUCCAGACUGGCAGUGAGCUCCUCGUCAUCAUGUCGACUAACUCUGAUGUGACACUGAGAACGACACCCUCCAGCACAACUGUGGGGCACUUUUAUAUAAAUCCUCAAACAAACCGCUGUCACUCAUUAAACUCUAUUCAUCAGUAUUUUAACCACAAUGAAUAAUACAACCAUGAGAUACAGCAGCCUAACAUGAUAAUAAUGUUGAUGCAAAGAGACAUAAGUGAUGAUUAGAUACUGUUCAAUACUGUUGGAGUGUCCUUAAUUCUUGAAAACCAGUGAAGGAAAUAAAAGAGGACAUUUAUUGAUUUGAUUGAUUGAUUUGAUCGAUGUUUGCCUCAAACUCCAUACGAGCUGUGAGCGCUCCAAAGUGAAAGUACAUGAUUGCACAACAGUGGUUUUUGUUUUGGCUCAUUAAAAACAUCAAUUCCUCAGGGGGGUAAUAAUUUUGACCCUGGUAGUUUUUGGUUUUUGUUAAAUGAUUUUGUUUCUUUGUGCAAAGUUCAAUAAUGUAAGGAUCCAAAAUAAAACUAGGAUGUUUGGAAAAGCUGUGUAUAAAAAAUCAUUAAUCUGUUGAACAGCACUUAAGAAAUUUCAAAGUUCAUAGGGGGGCUAAUAAUUGAUAUAAUUACUAUAUCAUAGAAAAUGAGGUUUUAAAAUAUAGAUAUAAACUCAGUCAAAUCUGAAAAAUCUGGUGGGCAGUACCGGCCUAUUUGAGUGAAAACUUCAGAUUUAUGAUUUUCAUACACCGGUCUACAACAGUUGCUUCUAUGUGGUUAAAAAAUUAGUUGUAUAAAUGACACUGCGUGGUCUCUCCUGCAUGGUUACAUAUCUGACCUUGUUCUUUUUCACUCCAAUUAUCUUAAAUUGGUUUCUUUCCAUCCCCUGUGAAAACUGCACAACAAAACGCAGCAGUGAAUGUGCGGCUACUGUCUUAAAACUCACCUGUACUCCAGACUGUCGCUGUUUUUUAUAUUGCUUUAUUUCUCUGAUAUUCUAGUAUUGUAUCUUACACUUAAUAGAGACAUAGAAGAUAUUAGCCUCCAUGUAAUUUGGCUGCAGGUGAAAACAAACCAAACGUUUAAUAAUUAUUUUCAAGAUACUCAAAAGUUUAACAAGCAAAAAAAAAAAACACGUCCAACACUUUGUGUCACUUUGUAGUCAGUUGUUUUUGCAUUUACUGUAUUAAUAAAGUUAAAUUUUAUUUAGCUUUUAAAGGUCACAGUUGGAAAUGCCCAAGAGACUAGUUACACAGCUGCUAUUGCUGGUCUGCUAGGUGUGUUAUCCAAGGAACAGGUGGUGAGGCCAGCGCUGUGGACGACAGUCUAUGUGACCAGGAGGAAGUGCCGCCCAGAGCCCAGGUCUGCUUUCUGGCCUGUCCAAACGACUGCGUCAUGACCCCCUGGGGACCGUGGAGCGACUGCCCUCUGGUGAGAGUUAAGACUCGCGUUCAUAUUGUCUGUACUGUUUGAUAAAUGCAUGUAGAGCUGAGGCAGGUAAGAGUGAUUUAAAAGGCAAAGUGGUAAUCAUCAACGUGUCGCAUCAAUAUUUCAGUUUGAUUGUUUCAAGGUUUGUACUGGAGGAUCAUUUUAAAGUCAAGUUUAUUUGUGAUUUCUGAGUUUUGGCUCCUCUUGGAUUAUAUUAGAUUAUUGUUCAAGGGUGUUUACUGACGUCACACAGCAUUCAUGGUGCCAUCUUUGGACUAACCUGGGUCAGAGUCAACAUUUAUUAUAACUGAUGGACUAUUAAGGACACUUGAUUGGAAAAAAAAUGCCAGAAACUCAACCCAUAUAGAGUUAAUGCAAAGAGCAGAUGUCACCUACAAACUCUGUGGUUAUUGUUCGAGUCCCGACAGUUUUUAUAUUAUUAAAGUCAGUCCUCCUCGUAGAUUUAAGUCUCAGCAGGUCCUGAUGAAACCUAAUCCCCAGUGUAGACAGUGACAUGUGUAAAAUGUGCUAAUCCACUGCAUUCAGUGACAGUGUGUUGUUGUGAACCACUGCUGUACUCAGCCUCCAUGAAGAUUUGGUGGUGCAGUGUUCACAGGAUUGUGACAAGCUCAGUCCUGGUCAGGAUCCAAGACUGGCACACUGAUAUUUUUACCAGCCCAGCCUGAUAUAGCAGGCUUAAGCUGUUCCUGUCACAGAUUAUCAAAGAGGAAUCCAGGCUGGUGUUGAUCUAAAGCACAAAUGCUGUGUUGGAGUUCAGUAUUUGUUACACACAGGAGGCACUAAGCCAACAAUAAAGACUCUUAUUAGUAUAUUUUAGCUUAUUUCACGACCAUCGUUUAUGAUUGUUUCUUCACAUACUAUGAUCUGAACGGAGGAUGGACUCGAAACAGUCGCCUCUUCAUAUUCAUGAUUUUUUUGACCUGACAGAAAGGGUCACAGCUUUAAACCAUCACUAACAUUAGCUGAAUGUAGAUUAAUCGAGUGUGCGAUAGUAUAACAGAGUUCUGCCAACAUCACACGUUAACAUGGAGACACUCAGACAUACACAGCUCUGUUCCUUCCAGCUCUGAUUCUGGACAAGGCCUUUAUAUUAACAGUCCAAGAUUGUCUGUCUGCCCCCAGUUACAUUGAUUUUAACAAUACCCACUCUAGGAUUUGUUGUGUUUGUAUGAUGUGAGCCCUAAACCUGGAGAGUGAACUGUAUGUAGAGUGUAACCUAAAAAUGUGUGUACAGUUUAUGUGUGUAUUAAUAUAUAUGUAUAUUAAACACGGAGCCCUCUUUUUAAGAGGCGGUGGGUUUAGAGGGAGAGUCUUUGAGCACAAGAGGAGCAGAGAGACAAUUGUAUUUAAAUUAAGAACCUUUAUUAAAUGAAGCUUUCCUCUCUGCUCAGAGACAGUCGUCUAUUGACUGAUUCAUAUUUUGCAUGAGUCCGUUUGUUUGAGCGUUUGGGUUUUGUGCCGCCAGCUCUCCUCUAAAGCAGUUACUCCAGUUUAUUCAGCUUUUCCUCCAGUUUAUGCUUUAAUUAUACAAUAACUCUUUUAACAAGUAUUCAGAGAGCACUAAAGGCGGCAGUCACGUGAUUUAGUACAUAUAUAAAAUUGUGUCAGAUGAAAGGUUAUUAAAGGACGUUUACAAAACUGUGUCUCAUUGUAUUGUUAAACCUUUUGACACCAAAGCCUGUUAACAAUUUUGCCAAAUAUAAUUAUCAUUCAUACCAGAUUCACUAUUUGCUGUAAGGGUUCAAAUAAGUAGCUACUAGUUGGUUUCACCAUGAAUUCAAGCGACACGCUGGCUCAUUAUUAAUCAUUUUGCUGCUCCUUUAUCCGCCCUGAUCUCCAUGACCACACUCUAGACCACAGUGAAAGGGUCAGCCCAAGUCUGUGGCUGAAGCUCAUCUUCUUCUCUGAACCUCUGAACAUGCUGAAUACACAAAGGUUAUUAGAUUAAGUGUGACAGAGCUUUCAUUAAUGUUACUAAAACAGUCCAGACGAACUUUGAAUAUAAUGAUCUUCCUCAUAAAGGAUCCAUCUCAUAGUGCGAUUUAAAAUCCGUCAAGUCAGAAGGCAGUCAUCAGCAUCUUUGUCAUUUUUCUAUAGUUUAAUCCUCCAUCGUGUUGAACCCUAACUUGUACCAGUUUGGUUUAUUUACACAGCAAUGUGACCAAGAAACAGCGAGAAACAGGACCAGACAUAUCCUCCGCCUCCCAGCCUCAGGGAACUCCUCCUGUCCAGAGCUGGUCCAGUCAGAGCCGUGUGUUCUCAACAGCACCUGCUUCACCUACCAGUACAGAGUCUCAGGUAGGAGGGUCUGUGGUCCAGGUGGAGUCUUUUGCAAACGUACAGCCAUUUAAACAUUAUACAUGUAGCACAGUGGUAGUUGAAGCUCAUAUGGUGAUUUUACUGUCGUUUGUGUGUGUUGAUGUUUUACAGACUGGAGCACAUGUCAGCUACAUGAACACGCUGUCUGCGGUUGGGGGUCACGCCUGCGUCUCCUGGACUGUAUUCGAAGCGAUAGCAGGAUUGUGGAGCUGCAAAAGUGCAAGCAGGUAAUCCCUGUUUGGUUCGACUUCACCGUAAUAAUCUGAUAAACCUCAUGUUGGAUUUUACAAUAACUGCUGUAUCAGAAAUUAAACUUCAACACCUUUAGUGACAUUUGAAAAGAGUCAAACUUGGAUCACACUUUCUGUUAGUAAUGUUUGCAUAAAAAGUGAAUCCUAAUACUUGGAGGACAGGAAUAUCGAACAUCCAUAUUUGUUCUUCUUUGAGUAUAGAUGGACUAUUGCUGCAGUACUCUUGUUUUUAUAUCAUACAGCAUCACUGAGUUGAGAGGUAUGAAAAUUGUGAAAUUAAAAAUACGAGUUUUUUACACUCUUUUCGACCUCCUUUCAGAGAAUUUACAACUUCUCCUGAAGGCGUUUGAAAGUGUUAAAUGUCUUCAUUUCCACUCUUGUUUGGCCUCGAUAUUGACUCCAGUCAUUUUAGAGUAGAGGGAAGAAAAGACCCUGUCCUUGUGUGUGGACAUCAUUUCUUCUUGCUUUCUACAGUUUGGUCUGAUCAACAAGCUGAGGCUCUCUGAAAGCUGUAUGGUCGACUGUCCUGUCAGCUGUAUCCUCUCAGAUUGGUCAGCGUGGACUGAAUGCUCACACACCUGUGGUAGCCAAGGUAAACCUAUCAUACAGUCUCCAUGAAGAUUGGUGUCUCCUGAUCCUGGGGUUGAACAUUUGAGUGGGUCAGCAGUGGGAAUGACUGAAAAUCAUCCGUGCUUAAACAGACCCCAGCGGAUAUUUUCCGAAGCCUAACUAUAAAGGGAAUCAGUCUAUGACGAUGUUUGUAACGUCUUUUUUAAAUUGUUUUUCUGUUUAUUAUAAUGACAAAGACAUUUUCUGUUAGUGUUGGAAACUUCCAUGUAUGGUACAUUUAUUCAGCAGAUCUAUUUUAGCGAAACAAAACCAGUUACCUGAUUACAGUCAUACAUUUUUCAGUGUGGCUAAAUAAAACAUAAUCCUGCUCUGCAUUAUUAAAAAAAGCAAUUUACUCUCAGUUUGUAAAACUAUAUUAUUGACCCUUUACAGUGAAGAAAAGUAUUGAUUAAAUUUGGAUGGAUUCAUUAUUUCUCGACCCUCAGGCUUCUACCCUGUUAAUUAGAGGGAGUCCACAGUAACUCCAGGUUCAGGUUCAUUGUUGUUAAUUAUUCAUCGACUGACUCCCCCUUUACCGUGAACCCCUGUUCCAAUAAGCUUAAACUAAGAUAUACUGUCUGCUGGGAUUGUAAACUCAGAGCCUCGUCUGUCUGCUCUGACUCUGUCGCCGUGGUUAUCUCCAUCACUCGGUUUCUUCUCACCCACUCUGGAAAAUGUCCGUCAGCCUUCAAGAGAGAUUUGUGCCACUCCUUCCAUUGUUCCUCCGUCAGGGGCGUAAAAAUUGUUUGUUUGUUUGUUUGUUUGUUUUGAAGAUGCUACAGGGAUGUUCAUGUUUCAAAUAAGAAAAUAGCAGAGUUGAGGUCCUUUUGCUGUAGAGCCCCCCAGGAGAAAGACAGACACAUAGAGGGACCGCUGUAACGGGCAGAUGGAGGUCCUGGCUUCAGUGAGCCACAUAAGACCUACCUCUGCACCCUGCAAGUGUCAACAUAUAAUGUCACCGUAACACAGACGGAUCUUUACCAACUGGGAGGUUGAAGCCUCUACUCACUGAAAAAUCUCUGUUCGAUUCAGAAAUUAUUGGUUUGUGAGACUUUAUGUGUCUGUCUCUGCAUAAAUAAAUGAAUAACACAGGAUUUGAUAUGAAAAUAUAUCCCUUUAUAAUGACAAUCAGACAUUAUUUAAGGCAAAAAACUCAUUUUAUUCAUGUCAUAUUUGCACACACACAUCAUGAUUAUUUCCUGUAUUUAUUACAUAUUGUUCUUUAUACUGAUACUAUACUAUGAAUCCACCAGCACAUUUUAAAUUCAUCUGUGAGGCUUUAUGAUAAUUCUUAAGUGUUUAUAAGCAAUGAGUACAGCUGAUAAUACUGUUUAUAAUGUGUUAUAAGCGUUGUGUCUUAUAAAGGGAUGGUUUACAAUGUUUUACACCUUGAAGCAGAUGAAAAACUCUUGACUCUUGAGAUAAGACCUGCCUCUAAAAGACUCGUCUCUGACUGACAAUCUGGGCCUUGUUCACCCUCUCUUGUCUGUAUUUCCGUCUCAGUGAGAUUCCUGUUGGCUCAGAUCAUGUGUGUGACUGUGGCUCCUUCAAGUGUUCUUUAAAUUUCAUUUAAACAGAGAGCUCAGCCUGAAAUGUUAAAAUGCAGAUUAAGACUUUGGUCUAACGGUGUCUUUGUAUGUGAUGUUCUGCAGGUCGGUCCACACGCACUCGGAGAAUCCUGCAGGACGCUCAUGAGGGAGGCCGUCCCUGUCCCACUCUGCUUGUUCAGACCAGGCCGUGUCCAAUAAUGCCUUGCUACACAUGGCUUCUGAGUGACUGGUCUCCGUGCACUGUAGAUGUGAGAGCUGCUAUAAACACUCAGUCUGAGUUUUCUAGGAUAAAGUGUCCAAUGAGUUCCUCUAUUAGGACUAUCGUGAGAAUAAAUCUGUUUAUAAAUCUCAUAUAUUGUACUUUAUAUUUGUGUGUGUGUGUGAUACGCAGGGUGCAAAGUGUGGAGAGGGGCUUCGAAGAAGGAACCUGUCAUGUAUUGUCCACUGGGAUGAGUGGUCAGGGUCCGCCCCUCAGCCUGUGGAGGCGGGGCUUUGUGGAGAUCAGCUGCGGCAGCAGCUCCUGCAGGACAUGGAGCAGCCCUGUUUCAUUCCCUGCCCAGGUCAGUCUGCACUCAUAUGGACUAACACUUUCCAACAUGUUGACUCAACGUCGUCUGUUGGCCACAUUUAGAUCAUACUCUGAGUGAUCUAAGAAAGGCAGUAAAGCAUCAUUAGAGUAAAACCAGAUUUGACUGAAGAUGUAAUUCAUCUAUAAUUAUUAUUUUAAAACUAAAGAGCCUCGACAAAAAAACAUACAGUUAUGACACAACUAGUGCAGCCCCAAUUCAACAAUAACGUGAAUAAAAUGAAAUUUGAUGAUUUACAAAUCUUUACCUGAAAAAAGUGCAAAGACAACAAAAACUCCUCAGUCCUCAGAUCUUCAUCCAACAGACCAUCUUUACGAUGUGGUGAAACAGGUUUGAUGCUUCGCUGUUAAUAUGGAAAAAACACUGAAGCAGGAUGCUGCUGCUGCUUCCUCUCCUCCACCUGUGGCGGGGAGCCGCCGUGGCCUGUCUCCUCUGAGGAAGAAUUUACCACACCUGAACUUUACCUCAGUGAGCGGCGAUAUCUUGCUGCUGUGCUUCACAUUUUUCCAACAAUAGCAGACCAGAUGAUUUCCCGUUUUAUGGUCUCAGGCAAAGUGAAAACCCUGUUUUUAAAGCAUGUAUGUAGGUGUUGAGAGUGGAGAAUCAGAGGCAAAGAGGGCGCAGCAGAAGACUGUAUUAUUAAUAACCUGUCUUGGAAGAUUUAGCAGAUUAAUCUUUUUUUAACUCAAAGUUUCUUCAUCCUUUCAUUUCUCUUUUUCUAUUUAUAUGCUGCUGUAAUUUGGAGUUUCCCUCUGUGGGACUAAUAAAGAAGAACCUUAUCUUAAAAUGUCGAUAUAAAGGUCUUCUCUCUCCUGUACCCUCAGGAGACUGUCAUUUAACUGAGUGGUCAUCAUGGAGCUCAUGCCAGCUGACCUGCCUGGAGGGGCGGAGUUUUGAGACCACGGGUUACCAAGCUCGCUCCAGAGCUGUGAUCAUUCAGGCCACAGAAAACCAGCUCAGAUGUCCAGAUCAAAUCUUUGAGACACGCCCGUGUAAAGGUACAGUGGACAUUUUUUAUUGAAUAAAAAAAAUAUAUAUAUAUAAUACAUUUAUUUUAUUUUAUUUUCGUCUUAAUCUUUAAUGAAAUUUGGCUGAUUGUGCUUCUUGACAGGUUUGAGGUUUGUUUAUCAAUUAUUUUGAGACAGACAUUUGCUGCACGGCAGAUCUGCACUGACUCAAACUCUGGUCGUAUCGUACGCUCACGCUCAAAUUGAUAAAUGCCGAUCCUUGCGUGGAAAUGGUCGUACAGACCGUUUUCUGCUGCACGUUCAUUUGAUAAAUGAGGGCCAAUGUGUCCCUCUCAAGCAGCAGCUCGCAUAAACAGCUGGUCACCCCAACAGUUACACAUGCAAAAUGAAUAUGGAUGAACAGUUACAGUCCAACAUGGAGAGAGAAAAAACUCAGUAAUCAUGGAACAUCCUGGAGCUUCUCCUGCAGGAGUCUGUGUCUGUGUGGUUUCUGGCUUUAACAGAGAUUCUGGGUUUUAAAGGAAUAUCUCGUGUAAGGAUAUUGUUCCUGUUAAUUUAUCAUAUUGGUCAAAAGAGCCGGACAUCAGGGCUGGAUGUCUCAGUCAAUCCACUCAUGUCUGUUAACCACAGGAGGAAAAUGUCUCAGCUACCAGUGGAGGACAGGGGGGUGGAGCAACAAUGAGAGAGCGGUGUGGUGUCAGCGAUCAGAUGGUGUCAACGUCACAGGUGAGUCCAGGCAGGAUCACUGGGCUAUCCUGAGGUUCUCCCUACGAAUAAGUCGCUUUAUUCAGGCGAACUCAAAAAACUGUGGAUCACAUAGACGUCUCCUUCAGCAUUAGAUUAUUCUACACCUGCAGGAGAAAUUUCAAAGCAAUGCCAAUGUGCACACACACACACACACACACACACAAACACAGAGAGAGAGAGAGAGAGAGAGUGAGAGAAGUGUGUUGAAGUUGAAUUUAGCACUUUAUUUGAUCUUCCUAUUCUCACUGCAGCCCUCAUUGAUUUUCCCUCCUCCUCUUAACAUAACUAAUCAAUAGGCCAGACUGAGCCGGGAGGCUUUGAAUCAAUCUGAUUAUAAACAAACAUUUGUAUUUGCUGUAAGUAAAGAGGGCACAGAGAAUCAGAACAAAGGUAACACUGGAAUGAAACCUUUAUUGGGUAAAUAUGCUGUAAUCACUGUCAGGAAGUGUUCAUCACCGGUAUGGAAAAGGAAAAGACUUAUUUAACCCCUCACUGCCUGGAAUAUUUCAUAUUUAUACUUCUCAUGUUUUGUUUUUGUUGUACCAAAAAGGAUCAUAUUCAGAGGUUUGCAGAGUUCACAGAGAUCACUGCCCCGUCCUCUAAAUGUCAGAUUAUUAUCAGUUUCUUAUCAAACUGCCCCCCCCACACACACACACACACACAGUCAGAUAUAUGACUGUAAACAGAUGAAGAAACACGAAUGGCAGCCGAUUGAUUUAGUGUUGCUGAGCUGUGAGGACAUUUCGGUUCCCGAUACAAUAUAACAGAAAACAAGACCUGAAUUAAUUACCAAAGUGAAAUUCAUUUGUCUGGAAUCUCGUGAAAAAAUUUAACAAACCGUGUCAAUCCAGUCAGGUGAGAGGGGAGGGUGACAUGCUUAAAUUCUCCUGAUAUUAUAACAAGUGCCUCAGGAUGUUGAGUCUGUAUCCUAGCAACGGUAUAAUGUACAAGGCUUGUUACGCUAUGAGUGAACUCCCUCGGAACAAACACCAGUAUCUCGACAACGCAACUUCUCCUUGACAGUCAUGUGUGAAGAGUGAAGAAAGCCAGACCUCCUCCUUUCUUCUCGCCACGAGUUUGAUCAUCUCUGUCUGACCUUAUGAGAGUGAAACCAGGUAGAUCCACACUGAAGUUCAAGAUGUUUUGAUUCAACCAGGUUUCAGUAAAACACAGGAGACUCCAGUAUCUGCAGCUCAUCGUUGGGCAGAGAGUUGAUGUUUCCCAUGAUGACUGAUAGAAGAAAGGGUUUAUAUCUCCAUUUCUAAGCUUUCAACCAAACCUUCAUCUGUGCACCAGUAUGACAACCACAAUAACUCCUACUGGUAUCCUCUGGAAUUGGAUGUUUUGUUUUGCAGAUUUGAUGAAAGAAUCAAAGGAGCUCUUCUCUUGAAUAAACUCCUCUCCCAGCAAAAAUAUCCAUCAGCAGCAAAAAACAACAAAAAUACGGAAACAGAGAAAAACUGCAGAGAAUUCAGCGAGACUUUAAAGCUCCAGCAAAAUUACAUUCUUGUCUUAUUUGUCAUUUUUCCUUUUUUCUUGUAAGUUUCCGAAUGUUAUUAGUUUCAUAUCAGAAAAACCUUAUAUGGAUUGUGUAUCUGGUUUGGCUUCAUAUAAUUUUGAAGUUUCAGGGAAAAGUUGCUGAAUUUUCCAACAACAGUAACUAACAACAUCUGCUCAGUAGAAAAGAGUGCAGAGACAUUACUCUGAGAUAUUCUGACAUGCAGUUUUCCAUGUUAAAAUAAAAAAUUGUUCUCAAAUCCUGAAAGACAACAAAGCCUGUUAAUUGGGACAUUUAUUUGGUGAUGAGUGAGUUUAUGUUGUGUUUGUUUUCUCCCCAGGGGGCUGUUCCCAACAGAAAAAACCGACCAAAGUCAGACACUGCCAUCCUCCCUGCACUAAAGCCUUCUCUUACUGCACACCGGUAAGAGCUCUGCGCUUCCAUCUGGCAGCUUUGUUUAGUUUUCACUCUUUCUGCUUCCCCCACAGUCUGAGAGAGGAUUAUUGAUAUUGUACUGAUACCUUCUCCGCAGAGACAGAAGUGGAGGAGAGUUAACCCCACCUCUGUCAAAGAGGUUUCCUUAGAUUCAGGAAGACGUAACAUAUUAUCUUUCACUGUGUCUAUUAUAAUAUCCAAAUUUGACAAUGAAAAAUAGGAAAUAAUCUUUAGAAAAUGAGUUAAAGCACAGCGAACAGUUCUGUCAGUAAUGCUGUUGGCUGUGAAUGAUAUCUGGUUGGCCUUGCUCCCCUUCUCCUGUGUAGAGCAGAGUGUGUGGGUGUGAGAAGGGUUACACAGAAGUCAUGAGUAUGCAUGGCUUCUUGGACUACUGCACCAGAACCCCAGGGAUGGACAACAACAAGAAAGCUGAUGUGAAGACAAACACUGGGAGAUUAAAACCCGGACCGUCUCAGGCUGAAGACCAUUUCAGGGAGUGGACCUUAAGACCGGUCGGCCCAGGUACUGAGAGAGAGAUCAGGGAGCUGACCUGGAGUGAUUUCUGUGAUGAAUUUGUUCCACUUUGCUUCAUUACUGCUGUUAAAAAGUUCACCUUAGCUGCUCAUUAGAGGGCGAAGAGCUUAAUCUCUGCCUCUAUAUGUAAAAAAAACAUGUUUUAGUUUUUUUAUUUUUAGAUAAAAGCUAAACGUUCAGACAGAAUUUACCAACAAUCUGUAUUCAGGAUCCUUUCUGCUUUCACAGAUGGAAGAAUAAAGCUCUGGGUUUAUGCCGUGACUGCCGUUGGAUUCAUCUUACUACUCUUCAUUAUUGCGUUGUCAUUCCUGGUCUGGUAUGUAUAUUGCUUUCCUCACUAUAUCAUUUAAAGAACAUAAAUCAUUGUAGGUCAAAGGCGUUGGAGAUGAAAACAAGCUCAACGCUGAAAAGCAAAGUGAAUUUGAAACCAUCUGUUUUCUGCGGAGAGGACUGUCUCAAGUGUGAUUUAUAUGUCUGACAAUGUUUUGUCUGCAGCUGCUAUCAGAUAAUGGGAUUCUUUGUAAAGGAAAUAAAAUUUUGCUGCUGUAUGCUCCUAAGUCACUGACAGCCACCCUGUCCUGUCUUUUUUCAGUUCUCCACCCAAAACCACCAAGACGUCUCCUCCACCUCAGAAACCCCUGACCAUGGCCUAUGACGGGGACAUGGACAUGUAACUAGGCUGCUAUACCUCUCAAAGAACAAGCCCAGCCGUGGAUCCACUCCUGACUGCAUUCAGAUGGAAAUCUAGUCCAUCAGCUACCACAGAUUUUUGGCAAGCUUGGGCAGCAGGCCGGGUUGUGGACGAGCCAAAGGUUUUCAAAGAAACAGCGGCUGCAACCUGAUUCUUGAUUUGUAAGUGCAGGUCUAUCCUGCUAAACGGCAAUAAGCCUAAACUUGGCUGUGGCAAACUGUUUUCCCCAGAGAGGAGGAACCAAAGCUGAGCGUAAUAUUCACGAUGGUAGACGUGUCUACACAUGGGGGAUAACUGGACCUGGAGUCUGUUCUUGUUUACUGUCAGCAAAGGGAACACACAGUGGGAGCACACAGUGGGAGUGGGAUUCUCUACCCCAAAACCAAGAUGACUCUUCGACAGAGCCGUCAGGGGGGUCUGGAGAUGUGAAUUUUUUUUAUCGUGUGUGUGUGUGUGUGUGUGUGUUAAUGUGUGUGUGUGUGUGUGUCGGGAGGACCACCUGGUCAACGGUGUUUUGGGGAAGUCAGCGGUCACUCAUGACAUUCAAAGACAACAUUUGUAUUCCUCUCAUCUUGUACAGAACCGAGAUAAAACAAGAUGCUCUUUGCACUACAUUAGUGCUGAUUCACUGUCGGUGUUUCUUUUCAAAAGACUUUUCUAGUGUUGAACUGAAUUGCAGGUUGUUGCUGUUGGAUUGUGUUUGUUGAUAAUGCCUAUAUGUUGUGCUGAGUGGAGACAAAAAGCAGGCUUGCCUUGAACACGGUGAUGCAGUAGUUUCUCUUUCUUGGUUGUCUGAAGAUUCUGCCAAUAAAACCGAACCAGAACCAACUGAGAACCUGAAGGCAGAGCAGGCGAGUCAAGGACGGACAGAAACUAUUGCUUUAACUAAAUAAUUAAAUUCACCAGCAUGACAAAUACCAUACCUCAUACACCUUUUCACAGACGACAGAAAAGUACGGAUCAGUCAAAGGAGAAAUCAUGAAUUGACUUGACGUAUUUGAAACAGGUUUCAAACAAUAAAAGAAGCACAAAAAACUCCAGAACUUUCUCUUAUUUCUGUUUGACUCUAUCAAAGUGAUGACCCUGGAUCAUCUAUAGUGAAAAAAAGGUGACACCAAGGUCUCUUGAUGAAUUCUCACAUGUACCUUCAUUUAGGAAACAAAAACGUUUUAUUUUGACGGUUCAUUUUUUAAAUAAGUUCCUGUUCGUUCUGCACUACUUGAUGGUUUGACACUGACCGAAGUACGAGAAUGUUCUCCCUCUGCCUCCGUAAACGAAGGACGUAACUUGUGUUUUCUGACCCCUCUGAAUGUAUUUUACUCUUAACUGUUUAUUGUGAUGGUUGUACAAAUACGGUUGUUACCGAGCGUGACAGUCGUAUUCUGAGAGCUGAUUGUAUUUAGGCAUGCUUUAACCAUUUUGAAGGAAGUGCUUUCUGUGGCCUUUCAGAGUUCUGUUUUCAAAGUCGACAGGCAGGUUCGAGUUUUCCUUUCGAAGAACUCUUUCUAUUAUUUGGCCGACAAAAGGGCGUCUGUUCGAUGUUAAACCAGUGUGAAAUCCAAUCGUGAUUCAUGUUGCCAACUAUUUUCAAACUUACUAGCAUUUUUCUUGACUUGACAAAGAACAGUCCACUUCAGAAAAGAAACAAAUGUUGAACCAAUUUUACAGUAACAUGCUGUUUGUGCUUGUGUAUAUGGAGAGCGGGACAUAACUGUAAAUAAACGGUGAGAUAAAGAACGC